GCAUUCCCAGCCUCGCCUCGGGUGGAGGGAUUGCGAGGGAAACAAAACUACACGGCGUCUCUGUGUAGUUUUGUUUUUUUGGGGGGGUACACGGAGGCUCGACCUGUUCUCCUCUUGGAUUUGUUCAAGUCUUUGUGGAUAAGGAGACCGCUCCGGGCCGGCCGGGCUCCGUCCCAUCACUCCACGGCACCUUCGUGGAAACAAGGUGCCGACCAUCAUGUCAACACAAGCGCCAACGUUCACACAGCCGCUACAGAGCGUCGUGGCACUAGAGGGUAGUGCCGCAACGUUCGAGGCUCAAAUAAGUGGUUCUCCAGUUCCUGAGGUGAGCUGGUUCCGUGAUGGCCAGGUUCUUUCCGCCGCCGCUUUGCCCGGCGUUCAGAUCUCAUUCAGCGAUGGCCGCGCUGUUCUGAGGAUCCCCGCUGUGACCGCCGCACACAGUGGACGAUUUUCUGUCCGAGCAACCAACGGCGCCGGACAAGCAACAAGCACCGCUGAACUCCUUGUCACAGCGGAGACAGCGCCCCCCAGCUUCCUUCAGAGACUGCAGAGCUCAGCAGUGAGACAGGGCAGCCAGGUGAGGCUGGAUGUCAGAGUCGCAGGUAUCCCAACACCUGUGGUGAAGUUCUACAGAGAAGGAGCAGAGAUCCAGAGCUCAGCCGACUUCAGGAUCCUCCAGGAGGGAGACCUGUACAGUCUGCUGAUCGCCGAGGCCUUCCCAGAGGAUUCUGGGACAUAUUCUGUGACCGCCACAAACAGCAGCGGACGAGCCACGUCCACCGCUGAGCUGCUGGUUCAGGGUGAGGAGCCCAAAAUCGACAGUGAAGAAGCCGUUCCAGCUAAGAAAACCAAGACAGUGAUUUCAACCUCUCAGAUUUCACAGACCCGUCAGACCAGAGUGGAGAAGAGAAUGGAGGCCGGUUUCCAGGCCGGCGCCAUGAUGGAGAUGCACAUGGAGGGCGGCGAGCUGACACAGCAGCUGGCUCACAAGACUCCACCCAGAGUUCCUCCUAAACCCGCAUCCAAGUCCCCGACCCAGCCCUCGCUGGUCGCCAAGGUGGCCGGAGGACGCCAACAGUCGCCGUCACCUGUCAGACACGUGAAGGCACCCACACCCACACCAGUCAGGCCUGCCUCUCCCACUUCAAGAAUCUCAGUCUCCUCCAUCAGGCCCGUCAAGUCCCCCAUCACCGCACGCAAGCAGGUGGCCGUCGGCGCAGACGUCCUCCCGCCCUGGAAACAGGGAGACUACGUCGUCGCAGAGGGCGGUUACACCACCAUGACCACUAUGACCUGCAGAACCAUCACCCAGCUGGGCCAGGAGCAGCGCCAGGAGCAGCAGGUCAUCGGGAUCAGAGAGGCCGGGGGAGGGAAAAGAGCCGGGGCGAAGGCCACAGUCAUGGCCGCUGUUGACCUGGCUCGGGUCCGUCAGCCCGUGCAUGUCGAGGGCGAACGAGCUGAAGAGGAAGAGGAGGCUGAGGCUGUAGAGGCAGAGUUAAGGCAGCAGGAGGUGGCCGCCGCCGCCGCCGCCGCCGCCGCCGCCGCCGCCGCCAUCGCUGCUGGUCAACAAUAUCAAGCAGGAUGGACAACAACAACGAGAGCACAGGCCGGCCAAAUGCUAACCACUGCUCAGGAGUUUAGACCUGAACCGACCCCGCCGCCGCCGCCGCCUCAGAUUCAGAGAAUGACAGAAAUCUCCACCCAUGUGGACUCCGGUGCGAUCGCGUCUCCGGUUCCACAUUUCACAGUUUCUAAAGUUUCUGUCCCAAAACACGACAUUAGCUCUGAGGUUUCCAUCGCUGGCUCAGCUAUUGCCACUCUGCACAAAGAGUUAUCUUCAUCCUCUGCCGGCGCUAGAAAGAUCAUCAGACCCGUCAAGUCUCCCAGUCCGUCUGGUCGAGUGGCGAGGAGCAGAGAGACGCCGGAGCCCGUCCCUCCACCAUUCAAAGACUAUCAGAGUCAUUAUGGCACUGAGUUACAGACCGGGGUGGUGUACUCGGGGGGCAUGCAGAGAGUAUAUGAGGACUGGGGAGCCCAGGUGAUGGAGGGAGCAGCUGUACCUUCAGCAGGCGGCGUGAUCCCGCCUACGCUGGUGUCUGGCUUGAAGAACACAAAUGUGACGGAGGGUGAGUCUGUGACCCUGGAGUGCCAGAUCAGCGGUCACCCCAAACCCGUCAUCAUGUGGUUCAGGGAGGACUACAAGAUCGAAAGCUCCAUCGAUUUUCAGAUUAGCUAUGAGAACGGAUUCGCCCAGUUGGUUAUCCGCGAGGCGUUCGCCGAAGACAGCGGACGCUUCACCUGCACCGCCACAAACGAGGCAGGAACCGUCAGCACCUCGUGCUACCUGCUCGUCCAAGUGUCCGAAGACAUUGAGAGCAGAGAGGAAAUUGCUGUUGUCACUGAACAUAUUGAAACUGCUGAGAAACUAGUUACCGAAGAAGCCAGAGAGGAGACCAUGUCUCAGGUGAGCAUGGCUGAGUCAGAUACUACCGCCACAGCUCCCUUCUUCAUCAAGAAGCCAACCUUCCAGAAGCUGGUGGAAGGAGGAAGUGUCGUGUUUGAAUGCCAAGUGGGAGGAAGCCCCAAACCACACAUUAUCUGGAAGAAGAGCGGUGUACCGCUCACUACCGGAUACAGAUACAAAGUUGCCUACAAGAAAGACACUGGAGAAUGCAAGUUGGAAAUCUCCAUGACUUUUGCCGAUGACGCCGGAGAAUACUCCGUUUUUGCCAAGAACCAGCUCGGGGAGGUCUCAGCCUCUGCCAGUCUGCUGGAAGAAGAGGAAUACGAAGCCUACAUGAAGAAACAGGAAGCAACCUUUAUGACUGAAGUGACGGCCGUGGUGCUGGAACCCAAAGUAGGAGAUGUUCCCCCUGCUGUCCUUACGACAAUGGAACAGAUGACCACCACCACCAUUAUUUCUGGACAGGAGUUUCACCUUUCUGCAAUUGAGCUGAGGAUCAUUCAGGAGAUUGAACUCUGCAUUAUGAGGAUUACCUACAAAGAGAUUGUGACAGAGGAUGGAGAGUUGAUGGUGACCGCUGACCCCACCGAGGCCGUGGAGCCCACCUUUGACACUCCUGUCAAAAACUACAGGAUCAUGGAGGGAAUGGGCGUCACGUUCCACUGCAAGAUGGCUGGAAUGCCACUCCCCAAGAUUGCUUGGUUCAAAGAUGGUCAGCGAAUCAGGCCGAGCGACCGUUACCAGAUGGAAGUUCUUCAGGAUGGACGUGCUAGCCUGCGUUUGGCUGUGGUUCUGCCUGAGGACGAGGGCGUGUACACCGCCUUCGCUACCAAUAUGAAAGGAAAUGUUGUCAGCUCUGGGAAGCUCUACGUGGAGCCCUCCGGAGCUGGAGCACCCCAGAGAUACACACCAGCAAUGCAGAGGAUCAGGUCCACAUCUCCUCGUUCUCUGAGUCGCUCUCCCGGACGUUCUUCCAGCCGUUCACCUGGACGCUCUCCUGCUCGCCGGCUUGAUGAGACAGACGAGGCUCAGCUGGAAAGACUCUAUAAGCCUGUGUUUGUCGUGAAGCCUACCUCAUGUAAAUGCUCUGAGGGGCAGACUGCCAGGUUUGACCUGAAGGUCGUUGGCAGACCGAUGCCCGACACAUACUGGUUCCACAAUGGACAACAAGUGGUGAGCGACUACACCCACAAGAUAGUGGUUAAAGAGGAUGGUACCCAGUCCCUGAUCAUUGUCCCAGCCUUGCCACAGGACUCUGGAGAGUGGACCGUUGUUGCUCAAAACAGAGCUGGAAGGUCGUCCAUCUCCAUCACUCUCACUGUUGAUGCUAAAGAAACCUUGGUGCGUCCCCAGUUCACUGACAAACUAAGGAACAUCAGUGUAAAGCAGGGCACUCUGGUUGAACUGGCUGUCAAAGCCAUUGGAAACCCCCUGCCUGAUAUUGUCUGGCUGAAAAACAGCGACAUUAUCACACCACACAAGCACCCAAACAUCAGGGUUGAAGGAACCAGAGGUGAGGCCAAAUUCCAGAUUCCCUCAGCAAUUGGCUCAGACAGUGCCUGGUACACUGCUACAGCCAUCAACAAGGCUGGUAGAGACACCACUCGCUGCAGAGUCAAUGUUGAGGUGGACAUGGCUGAACCUGAACCAGAGAGGAAGCUCAUUAUUCCCAAAGGAACCUACAAAGCCAAGGAUAUUGCCCCUCCAGAGGUGGAGCCCCUUCAUCUACGAUAUGGUCAAGAGCAGUGGGAGGAGGGUGACCUUUACGACAAAGAGAAGCAGCAGAAGCCACAGUUCAAGAAGAAGCUGACCUCUGUCCGCAUGAAGCGCUUUGGUCCAGCUCAUUUUGAAUGCAGACUGACCCCUAUUGGUGACCCCACCAUGGUAGUGGAAUGGCUGCAUGACGGCAAACCUCUGGCAGCUGCAAACAGGCUGCGCAUGGUCAAUGAAUUUGGCUACUGCAGUCUUGACUAUGAAGUUGCUUAUGCAAGAGACAGUGGCGUCAUCACCUGCAGAGCUACCAACAAGUACGGUGUUGACCAGACCUCAGCUACCCUGGUUGUCAAGGAUGAGAAGGGCCUUGUCGAGGAAUCCCAGCUCCCUGAAGGCCGAAAGGGAGCACACCGAAUUGAAGAGAUCGAACGCCUGGCUCACGAGGGAGGACCCUACGGAGUCACUGCUGAAGAAGAAACCGAGAAAAUGAAACCUGAGAUUGUACUUCUUCCUGAACCAGUCAAAGUUUUGGAGGGCGAGACAGCCCGUUUCCGUUGUAGAGUAACUGGUUAUCCAGCACCAAAGGUGAACUGGUACAUCAACGGACAACUUAUCCGCAAAAGCAAGAGAUACAGACUGAGGUAUGAUGGUAUUUACUAUCUGGAGAUCACUGAAAUCAAAUCCUAUGAUUUAGGAGAGGUCAAGGUGGUAGCAGACAACAACCUGGGCUCAGCCGAGCACACUGUGAAGCUAGAGAUCCAGCAGAAAGAGGACUUCAGGACUCAUCUGCGCCGUGCCCCAGAGGCAAAGGCACCUGAAGCUGCACCUGAACCUGGAAAAAUAACAUUUGAGGUUGUGAAGGCUGAGAAACCUGCAGAGGACUCUCAGCUAAAGGAGGUGGUCAAGCUCAAGAAGGCCCAGAGAAUCGUCCACGAGAAAGCCACAGAGGAGUCAGAGGAGCUGAGGGGCAAGUUCAAACGCAGGACAGAAGAAGGCUAUUACGAGUCCAUCACAGCUGUGGAGCUCAAGUCACGUAAAAGGGAUGAGUCUUACGAGGAUCUGCUGAAGAAAACAAAGGAGGAGCUGCUUCACCGUGCCAAGGAGAAGGAGGAGGCCGAGAAGAAGAAGGAGGAGGAGCGCCGUAAAGUUACAGCUAAAGCUCUUAAACCAGAGAGGGUCAAGCUCUCAGCCAGCAUGGAAGCUCCAAAGAUCCUGGAGCGCAUCACGAGCCAGACCGUUGCACAGGGCGACGAAGUCAAGUUCAGAGUCAGAGUCGUCGGCAGACCAGAACCUGAGUGCCAGUGGUUCAAGAACGGCAUUCAGCUGGAGAAGACUGAGCGUAUUUACUGGUACUGGCCUGAAGAUCAUGUUUGUGAGCUGGUCAUCAGGGACGUCACAGCAGAGGACUCUGCUAGUGUCAUGGUUAAAGCUUCAAACACUGCUGGAGAGACUUCAAGCCAUGCUUUCCUGCUGGUGCAAGCAAAGCAAGUCAUCACCUUCACGCAGAAACUGGAGGACGUCAACGCAAAGGAGAAGGACACCAUGGCUACCUUUGAAUGUGAAACCAAUGAGCCUUUCGUCAAGGUCAAAUGGCUGAAGAAUAACGUGGAGAUCUUCUCCGGAGACAAAUACAGAAUGCACUCUGACAGAAAGGUUCACUUCCUGUCUGUGCUGAUCAUUGACAUGAGAGAUGAUGCAGAAUUCACCUGCUUGGUCGUCGACGAUGACGUCAGGACGACUGCCAAGCUCAAUGUUGAAGGAGCUCCACUGGAGAUGGUGAAGCAGUUGGAGAGCACAGAGGUUCCUGAGACGUACUCUGGAGAGUUUGAGUGUGUCGUGACUCGUGAGGACGUCGAAGGUAGCUGGUUCUUCGGAGAAAAGCUGCUGUCUCCCAGUGGUAAACACGUCAUGACCUCCCGCCGUGGAAGACACACCUUGUCUGUCAAAGAUGUGAAGAAGGAGGAUCAGGGAAAAUAUACCUUCAAAGUGGGCGAGUUCAAGACGAGUGCCUCACUGAAGAUGAAACUGCGUCCAGUGACCUUGAUCCAGCCUCUGACUGACCUGACCGUCUGUGAGGGCGACAUCGCACAGAUGGAGGUCAAGUUCUCCCAAGAGAACGUUGAAGGCACCUGGAUGAAGAGUGGGAAGCCGAUCAUGGCCUCAAGCCGUGUGCAUAUCAUUAUCGACAAACAGAUCCACAAACUUCUGAUUGAAGACACCACCAAGGAGGACUUUGGGGUGUAUUCCUUUGAGGUUCCCGCUCAGGAGAUCACAACAACCGCUAAGCUGGUCAUUCAAACAAUUGGAGUCUUGGUCCCACUGAAGGACACCAGUGCUAUUGAAGGCACCAAGGCUGUCCUGGAGACAAAGAUCUCUGCUCAGGAUGUCAGCUCAGUCAAAUGGUACCAUGACGACCAACUGCUGGUUCCCAAUGACCGAAUCCAGAUGGUGGCAAAGGGAGCCAAGCAGCGUCUGGUCUUCAACAGGACCUACGCCUCCGAUGAAGGACACUACAAACUGGUGGUUGGUCGUGCCGACACCAGCUGCAGAUUCUCUGUUCAGACUGUCCAGAUCGUGAAGGCGAUGAAAGACAAGGAGUGCUCAGAGUCUGAGAACGUCACGUUCGAUGUGGAGGUUUCUCACCCUGGCAUCGAUGCCUACUGGACCUUUAAAGGGCAGCCACUGAAGGCUGGACCCCAGUACAAGAUGGACUCCAAGAACAAGAACCACAGCCUGACUGUCAUGAACGCAAUGAAGGAUGAAGAGGGCGAGUACAUGUUCGCUGCUGGUGAGAAGACAUGCAGCGCUCUACUCACUGUAACAGGUGGCGCUAUCAAGAAGCCCCUGCGUGAUUUGAUAGUGGCCGACUCCCAGACUGCCGUGCUCCAGUGUGAGGUAGCGAACCCCUCCGCUGAGGGCAAGUGGCUGAAGGACGGCCACCCAGUCGACUAUAACGAGAACACCCUGAGUGAGGUGAGCGGCGCCGUCAGACGCCUCAUCAUCAUUAUCACCAAGAGCACAGACAUCGGAGAGUACACCUAUCAGGUGGCCACCUCCAGGACCUCCGCCACCCUGAAAGUCGAGGCUGUGAAGGUCAAGAAGACCCUGAAGAACCUGAACGUGGUUCAGACCCAGGAUGCCGUUUUCAGCCUGGAGCUGACCCAUGAGGAUGUGAGAGGUGCACAGUGGAUCAAGAAUGGCAUCGAGAUCCAGCCCAGCGAUAAACAUGAGAUCAGUAUCGAAGGCACAGUCCACACCCUGACGAUCAAGAACUGUACCACACAGGACGAGUCUGUUUACUCCUUCAAACUGGGGAAACUGUCUGCAAGUGCCAGGCUGAACGUUGAGACCAUCAAGAUCCUGAAGAAGCCAAAGGACGUGACAUCUCUGUUGGGUGCGACCGCCGUCUUUGAGGUGGGCAUCUCAGAGGACAACAUCCCCGUGAAAUGGAUGUUUAACAACGUGGACCUGAAGCCGAACGAGCACUACAGGAUGAUGUCUGAGAAGAAGACCCACAAACUGAUCGUCCAGGACGUGGACUCCAGCAGAGAGGGAGAGUAUACCGCUGUGGUGGGCCACCUCCAGUGCAGCGCUCACCUCACCGUCGAGUCCCUGCGUGUCACACGGCCCCUGAAGAGCACAAAGGUCAACGAGACCCAGGUGGCCACGUUCGAGUGUGAAGUCUCUCACUUCAACGUGCCGUCCACCUGGCUGAAGGACGGCGUGGAGAUUGAGAUGAGCGAGAAGUUCAGGAUUGUAGUUCAAGGAAAACUCCACCAGCUGAAGAUCAUGAACACCAGCAGGGACGACUCUGCCGAGUACACCUUUGUGUGCGGGAACGACCGAGUCUCUGCAACGCUAACCGUUGACCCCAUCCUCAUCACAACCAUGCUGCAGGACAUGAAUGCUCAGGAGAAAGACACGGUUACGUUCGAGGUGAAUGUCAACUAUGAGGACAUCACGUACAAAUGGCUGAAGAACGGCGUGGAGAUCCGGUCCACGGACAGAUGUCAGGCUCGCUGCAAACAGCUCAGUCACACUCUGAGCCUCAGAAACGUUCACUUUGGAGACAGCGCCGACUAUACAUUCACGGCUGGCUCUGCAGUCACUACAGCUAAACUCUACGUGGAGGCUCGUGUGGUUGAGUUCACCAAACAUCUGAAGGACCUGAAGAUCACAGAGAAGAAGAGAGCGACUUUUGAAUGUGAAGUUACUGAACCAAACAUCCAGGUGAUGUGGAUGAAGGACGGUCAGGAGCUGGAGAUGUCUGACAGGUACAAGAUGUCCUCAGAUAAAUUUGUGCACCGUCUGGUUAUGCCGUCAGUGCGCUUGUCCGAUGCCGGAGAAUACACUGCCGUGGCUGGGUCGAGCGUGUCCAAGGGCCACCUGGGAGUUGAGGGACGGGAUGUCAGAAUCUCAGAACCUGCAACCAGGGACAUUACUGUUGUUGAGAAGCAGAGGGCAACCUUUGAGUUUGAUGUGAACGAGGACGAUGUGGAGGGUCGCUGGAUGAGGAAUGGAGUGGAGAUCCAGUUCUCAGUGGAGGAAAGGUUCAGCUAUGUGGCCAUCAGGAAGCUCCACCGCCUCACGAUCUCUGAGACCUACAGGGAUGAUGCCGGAGAGUACACCUUCUUAGCCGGCAAGAACAGGAGCACCAUGAACCUCCACGUCCGACUGCCGGAGCCUCCUCAGAUCGUCCGCCACAUGCAGCCCCAGACGGCGACAUCCGGUCGAUCAGUGCGCUUCUCAGUGCAGGUGAGCGGCAUCCCUCAGCCUCAGGUGUCCUGGUACAAAGACUCCCAGGCCCUGUCCACCAGCUACAAGUGCAAGUUCCUCCACGACGGAGACGAGCACACGCUGCUGCUGCUUGAAGUCUUCCCCGAGGACGCCAGCGUCUACAGCUGCGAGGCCAAGAAUGACUAUGGAGAAGACACAAGCUCCGCCCCUCUCACGGUGGAAGUUCCUGAGGUGGUUGAAACUGUUCGGGUCUCUCCUCCCGUCCUCGUCGCUCCCCUCCAGGACGUCCUGGUCACGGAGGGACUUCCUGCCCAGUUCCAGUGCACUGUCUCUGGGGAAGAUCUGCAGGUUUCUUGGUUCUGUCGUGACAGAGAGGUCAGACAGUCAGACAUUUUCAGGAUGUCUCAGUAUGGUGAAACCUGCCAGCUCGACAUUUCCAGAGUUCUUCCCGCCCAUGAAGGAGAGUAUUCAUGCGUGGCCACAAAUUCAGCAGGAAUGGUCACAUGUGCCGCCACGCUGAACAUUGAUGUAACGGCAGUGGAGAAGGAACCUGAGGUUCAGGUCCAGGAGGAAGUCAAAGCCUUCUCUAGCUCGACCAUCACGGUGACCGAGGAAACUCAGGAGUCGUUCUACACCGGCCUGAAGUUACCAGAUAAAAACAAAACACUUGAACUUAAGCCAGAGUCCAAACGCUUCUCCAGCUCUUUGGAGAAGAAAAAAGAGAAACCAGUUUUCCUCAGUGAACUUUCUCCAGCAGCCGUGACUGUCGGAGAAACCGCUACAUUUACCGUCAAAGUGUCCGGUUUCCCGAAGCCUGCCGUUCAGUGGUUCCACAAUGGGCAGACGAUUACGAGCUCCUCCCUGUACACGUUUGUUCAUGAGCAAGAUGAGUAUAGUCUGGUCAUUACCAAAGUUCAGAGGGAGUUUGAAGGAGAGUACUCCUGCACUGUCAGCAACAGAUUCGGACAGUCGACUUGUACUUCUUAUUUGCAUGUUCAGGUGAAGGAGCCUGGAAAACCUCCAAAAUUCACUAAAACCAUUGAGUCUCUUCGUUUGUCUGAGGGAGGUCAGGCUUUCUUCAGGUACAUGGUGACCGGAGAUCCUCUCCCUGAGAUUCAGUGGCUCAAAGGCAGCUUCCAGAUCCAGCCUGGUGGGUUCUGUAUCAUUGUGAACAACCCGGACGGAUCGGGCUUUAUUAAUAUUAAGAGUGUCAAACAAGAGCACAGCGGCGUCUACACCUGCAAAGCCUUCAACCAAUAUGGGGAAGCCUCUUGUAGUGCUGAACUGCUGGUUUUCAGGGAGAAAGUUCAGGAAGAGCACACUUUGGUUAAGAAGCCAAAAGGUUUGAAGAUAUCUUUGACUGAACAGACCACAGAGUCCAGAUUGUCUGAAGAGAGGACUCUGUCUGAUCAGAUGAUUUACACCAUCAGCACAGAAGACCGGCAGAUUAUUCCUAGUGAGGAGGUGGGAACCCUCAGAGAGCUCAACAUCUCUGCUGCCACCCUCCAUCGAGAGCAGCUCACCCACCAGGCUGCAGUGCUGCAGGCUCAUGACAUCCAGGAGAGGGUUUCUUUGGCUCCGUCUCAUCCACUUCAGGUCUCAGCUGUUCCCAUGAAACAGCUUCACAUGGCGACUUUCUUAUCUUCAGUCCAGGAGCGACAAAAGAUCACAGAGCAGCACUCUGAACGGAUCCUCAGCCCUGAGAUCAUCGAGCUCGAGUUAGCCAAAGAGCAGCCGUCGAAGCUCAUGUCAGCCACAUCUGAAGAGGUCCUCCUGCUCGCCACAGUAAGAGCCGAGGCCUUGACUGAUCGAGCUCCUGAGCAGGUGAAGAGUUUUACUGAACCCAGGCAGCUUGUGAGAGGUCAUCAAGUAGGGUCCACCAUGUCAAUCCACGAUGAAACCUUAGACGUCACCCACAGACCAGAUGAAGAGAGGAGCUUCAAAAUCACAGAGGGGGUUAAGAUCUUAUACUCAGCUCAGUCUUCAGGGCAACUACCAAUCACAGAAAGACACUCUGAGCCGCUGCCAGCUCUAGACGCAGCCACCAAACCCUCGAUUAAGAAAGAGCAAUUCAAACCAGUCGUAGCACCAGUGAGUGAAACGAGAGUUCCUUUGCUCAAAGAGCAGCCGUUUGAAAUAACCAGACCAGAGCAGGAGAGUAUCACCCCACGCAAAGACCUGGUCUGUAAGUCAGCUAUGACUGCUGAAGAGAAGUACGAACUCCAAGCUGACGUGGCAGUACAGGUACCAGGUGUACCAUCUUCUAUGAGUCUGCAGCCUGAGCGAGAGGGCGAGCGAGUCCUGAAUCUGCAGGUCAUCAGUGAUCAGGAUGUUUUACAGUCUGAGGGUAGGUUCAGCAGCAAGAAGCCUUCGACAGAGCAGGCAGAAGUGAGGAAGAGUCCAACUUUAUUACAUUCAGUGACUCAAGAAGAGCAAAGAACAGCAGUUUGUGAGGUGACUUCAGAGUUCACAGCAAAGACUGAUGCCACCUCCGUCCAGCCGAGGAAAGAGUUACCACCAACAAAAUACCUUCAAUCAGUUCACUCUCUGUCAGUUUUACCAAAGGAAGGCACACUGACCAUCACCAAACCUGACCAGCAGGUGGCAGCGCAGAAACAGGAAAAGGCUCUGAAGCAUGCAGCUGCCUCUGAAGAGAGAAGAGAGAUCACAGCAGAUUAUCGCAAAGACCUUGAUGUGUCAGUGACCGGGGUUCAGUCACAGCUUCGAACUGAACCCAGGCCAUCCAGCAUCCUCUCGGUCUCCUCACAGCCCAUUCAGCUGCCGAAGGAGAUGCCUCUGAUCACCGAUGUCAAGCAGCAGCGAGCGCUCGUCCAGAAAGAGGACUACUGGAACAUCAUGCAUUCUCUGAAUGUCACAGACACUCAGACUCUCGAGGAGGGUCACACCGUUAACCUUAAAACUGAUGAGAAAUUCAAGCCUGAGAUGAAAACUGAGCCAAAGAUCUCCAAAAGAACUGUUUUCAUUGAGGAGAAGGCAGUGGCCACUGAAAGUUGUACCAUCUUAGAGGCAGCUGAGCAAGACUUUGCAGUCCAGAUCCAGGAGGGUCAGUCAGUCCGACAGUCGGUGCUACUUGAAGAGAAGCAGGUCAUCAUGGGAGAGCGGUCGAGUGAGAUAUGUAAAUCGGAGAGCUCGGCUGUUAGCAUCACGACGCAGCCUAAAGGAGUUCAGUUUGUUCAUGAGUCUCAGGACGCUCUGACUAUACCUAAAGAGCUCAACUUUGUCAUUCAGAUUCCCAAACCGUCCAGUCUAAAUAUACGACGUCAGCUCAGAAAUGCUCUACAGUCUGCUGUGGCCAGAGACCAACCAAUGUUACUUGCCGAUGUUGUAGGAAGGUUAGAGGCAGUGGAUGUACAGGAGGUGAAGGUUCAGAGAGAGCCCAGACAGGCCAGGUAUACAUACCUGAUCACAACACCAGGUGCCCCCAUGGAGAUCACACUGUCUUUUGAAGGUGAAUACCCUCAGACAGCUGACCUCAGGUCUGAACUCCAGGUAGCUCUGCAUGCAAUGGUUUUUCAUGAGCAGCAAAGUCUUACAUCAGAGCAGCCAGGUUUGAUGCAGACUGACAAGCCUCAGAGAGCACUGGUCAGCUUGGCGCCCUCCAAAGAGGUGCUGUCAUCUGUGGUGGACAACGUGACCAUGGUUGAGAGUACAGUUGGGUUUGCUGCUGCUGUAUCUCAGUCUGCAUCCGUCAAAACUGAAGCCAAGGCUUCCUUCAAGAGUGCAACCAUUCAGAGUCGGUCUGAAAUCUGUGAGUCUGUCCACAGAGAAACCAGAGAGGAGUAUCUAUCAGAGGCGAUCAUGAUCAGUGAGUCCUCUGACAGUCUGGUCGAUUAUCCAGUUGUCGUUGAUUCGCUGGAAGACGUUUGCACUGAGGAAAACGGGAAGGCUGUUUUCACUGCCACCAUAAAGCAUGUCUCCAGAGUUAACUGGUUCUUCAAAGGCCAAUUGGUGAAAUCUGGCAAAGAGUUCAAGUGUUCUAAAGACCACGACACAUACACACUAGUUAUCGACAGAGUUUUCAAGGCCAAGCAUCAAGGAGAGUAUAUCUGUGAGGCCGAGAACGAAGUCGGCAAGACUACCACGUCUUCAAGACUCACUGUGGUCUCAAGAGUGAAACCUGUGUUCAGACACAGGAUUGUCCCUGUGGAGAUCAACAUUGGCAACGCUGCCAAGUUUGAAUGUGAAACCGAAGAUGCUCCCAAUGUGAGCUUCAAGUGGUUCAAAGAUGGACACCCCAUCAAAGAGGGUGAUAAGUACAGGAUUAUCAGUCGCUUCAGCACUUCCUGUCUGGAACUCUUAAGCCCAACCAAGGACGAUAGCGGUGAAUACACCUGCAAGGCGUCCAAUCAGCACGGCAGUGACGAAUGCUCCGCCUCUCUCAGCGUCACAGAGCAAUUCCCUCCUGCCUUUGUAACUAAACCUGACCCUCAGACUAUGUAUGUUGGAAAGAGGGCAGUGAUACAGUGUGUAGUAUCAGGAUCUGCCCCACUGAAUGUUGUCUGGCUCAAAGACAACCAGGCCGUACCCAAAGGGCCAAACUACCGAACCUCUUGUGAAAAGAAUAAGCACACUCUUGAGAUAAGCAAACUUGAGCCAGCUGAUGGUGGUCAUUACGUGUGCAAAGUAUCUAAUAAUGUUGGGGCCGCUGAGUGCAGCACGGAGCUGCUUGUUAUUGAUAAACCCAACUUUGUAAAGCCCCUGGGUCCGAUCGCCGCUGUGGUCGGAGCUCCUCUGCACCUGGAGUGUCAGGUGGAUGAGGACACUGGAGUAACUGUCACCUGGACCAGAGAUGGUAGAAAGGUCCACCAGUCUCCAGACUGUAAACUGUCCUUUGAGAAAAAGGCAGUUACUCUUGAUAUCCUAAAGACCACACUGAAAGAUUGUGGAAAUUAUGUAUGCACGGCCACAAAUGAAGCCGGCAGUGCAACGUGCUCCACCUCGGUGAAGGUUCAAGAGCCACCAGUCUUUGUCAAGAGGCUGGAGGCCACCACCGUUUGGAAGCAAGGCAGCACUGCCCGGCUGCAGUGCACCGUCAAAGGAUCCCCUGAACUUCACACCAGCUGGUUCUUUAACAACAACGAGCUGUCAGCCGGUGGCAGAUAUGAUAUCAGUCUGAAGGAUGGUGUUGGCACUCUUGAGAUAAAGGAUGUCACGUUGAGUGACGGUGGAAAUUACACCUGUGAGGUUCUCAAUGAGUCUGGGUGUGAAAGCUGCAGCACAAAAGUGACAGUGAAAGAACCUCCAUCUUUCAGAAAGGAGUUAAUCCCCCUCGAGGCAGUCAGAGGAUCUGUAGCUGUACUGGAGUGUGAGCUUGCAGGUUCUGCACCGUUUGAGGUGGCCUGGAGAAAGAAUAAGAAACGCCUGUCCACAGAUAAGAAAUACAGAAUUGUGUCACAGGGGUACCUCACCACUCUGGAGAUCCAAUCAUUCGAGAGCGCCGACAUCGGUGAAUUUGAAUGUGUCGUAACAAAUGAGGUUGGGUCAGUGUCCUCAAAGUCAGUGGUUAAACAGAAAGAGCCACCUGUGUUCUCAAAGAGGAUUGAGAGUGCUGCAGCGGUGUUGGGGAAUACAGUAAAGCUACAGGGAACCCUGAAAGGCUCAGCUCCCAUCACUAUCAAAUGGAUGAAAGACUCUGAGCUGCUCAGAGACGAUGAUCCAAAUGUUAAAAUGACAUUUGAGAAUAACAUCGCAAGCAUUUCCUUCUCAUCUGUUGAAAUAAAGCAUGGUGGCAAGUACACUUGUCUUGCUGAAAAUGAGGCUGGACAGCAGAAAUGUGAAGCUGUCUUAACAGUUCAAGAACCUGCUAGGAUCUUAGAGAAAGCGACGUCCAUGAGCGUGACCGCUGGAGAUUCAGCAGCACUGCAGUGCACGAUUUCUGGAAGCCCGGAGCUCAAAGUGAAAUGGUUUAAAGACGGCAAAGAGAUGAUCAGUGGCCGCAAAUAUAAAAUGAUGGUAAAGGAGAACACCGCCAUCUUAAAGAUUCUCGCAGCAGACAAAGGAGACACUUCAGACUACCAGAUGGAAGUGUCCAAUAAAGUCGGAAAAGACCAGUGCACCUGCUCGGUCACUGUUAUAGAUCGUGCCGCUCCUCCAUCCUUCACCAAAAUUCUAAAGAAAGUGGACGGCAGUAUCGGUAGUAACGUUACGUUGGAGUGCAGAGUUGCUGGAUCUCAGCCGCUGGCUGUUGCUUGGUACAAAGACAAUAAAGAGAUCCACAGUGACAACAAAUACAAGCUUGAUUUCAGUGACGGUAUAGCCUCUGUGACCAUAACUGGCCUGGAGCAGAGUGAUGGUGGAGUGUUUACAUGCCAGGCCACUAAUAAUGCUGGAGAGAAUGAGACCAGCGGUACUUUGUCCGUCAAAGAACCACCGGUCUUCAUGGUAAAACCUGAAUCCCAGGACGCUUCACCAGGAUCAAAUGUUGUCAUUAAAGCAGCCUUUACUGGAUCAGCUCCUCUGGUUGUUAAAUGGUUCAGAGAGGAGAAAGAGAUUUUCACUGGGGGAAAGUGUUUCAUUAAGAAAGACGCCUCUUCGAGCUCUCUGGAGCUUCACUCUGUGAAACCCAGUGACUCUGCUAAAUACACAUGCCAAGUAUCCAACGACGCUGGGAAGGUGGACUGCACUGCAGCCCUCUUUGUGAAAGAAGCCCCAACAUUUACAAUGAAGCUUGAGCAUUCAGUGCUGCUGAAAACAGGAGAGCCUCUAAAGUUGUCUUGCAAAGUGCAGGGCACCCCUGUUAUAACCAUUGCAUGGUUUAAAAAUGGCUCCCAAAUCACUUCAGACCACAGACACACAAUGUCCUUUGACAACUCUAUAGCAACUCUGGAGAUAGACAACUGUUCUGUCGAGGACAGUGGACAUUAUGUCUGUACGGCGUCCAGCGGGGCCGGCAAAGACGAGUGCAGCGGCUCAGUAGCAGUGAAAGAGCCUCCAGUGUUUGUGAGGCCUUUUGAAUCAGCUGAGCUUGUAAAAGGAUCCGACAUUAUCUUGGAGGGAACUGUCUUAGGUUCUCCUCCGUUUGAAAUAAGUUGCUUGCUCAAUGAUAAGCUGAUCAGACCUGACAAAAACCAUGAGAUCAGUGUUGAAAACAACACUGUCACUCUUCACAUCUCAAACUGUGAGAGCGGAGAUGCUGGGACGUACCAGUGCAUUGUUGCAAACGAUGUUGGAGAAACAUCUUGUUCUUGCCAGAUUAUACUGAAAGAACCACCAUCAUUUGUUCAGAGACUAGAAGACAUAUCCUGCAUGGUGGGCUCAGAGAUCUCUAUGAAGUGCAUGUUGUCUGGAUCACUUCCCAUGACUUUCUCUUGGAUUAAGGAUGAUCAUGAGCUCACAGAAGAUGAGCAUGUUAAGAUGUCCUCUGAAAUCAAAAGUGCCGUGUUGAAUUUGAAAAAUGCUCAGUUAUCACACUGUGGGAAAUAUGUGUGUGAGGCACAGAACAAAGCUGGGACUCAGAGAUGUGCCGCUGUGCUCAUUGUGACAGAACCAGCAAGGAUUUUAGAACAUGCACAGACCAUCAGUGUAACCCAGGGUGACCCGGCCAGGCUUGAAUGUAGAUUCUCAGGUACCAAACCACUCACGUCCAGAUGGAUGAAGGCGGGGAAGGAGCUGACCUCAGACCAGCAAUACAAAAUUCAGAGCACAGACACCAGAUCUGUGCUAAACAUUACUAAAACAGAGAACAGUGAUGGUGGUGAAUACACCUUUGAGGUUUCAAACAGUGCUGGGUGCAGUUCUUGUGUGACAGACAUAACUGUUUUAGAACCACCAUGCAUUCUUAAAAAGCCUGAAUCCAUGAGUGUUUUGCCGGGGUCAAAGGUUAAGUUUAAUGUAUGCGUGUCCGGCACGCCGCCUCUCACCACCAAAUGGUUCACCAAGAAGAAAGAGGUUUUAUCCAGCUCCGAGUGCUCAGUGAUUCAAAGCGAUACUUUGAGCUCGCUGGAGUUCUUCUUCGCCAAAUCUUCUGAUUCUGGUGACUACGUCUGUGAAAUACAGAACGAUGUGGGCUCCUGCUCAUGCCAGGCAACACUCUUUGUAAAAGAGCCCCCAUUUUUUAUUGAAAAACCUGAAGGUGUUUCAGUAGUCAGAGCAGGAGACCGGAAGGUGUUUGAGUGCAUGGUUGCUGGUUCUCCAGAGAUCUCUGUGCGUUGGUUCAGAGAUGGAGGUCAGAUUCACCAAAGUGUCAAACACAAAAUGUCGUUUUUCAACUCUGUCGCCACCUUAGAGGUUUGUCAAGUCAGUGAAAACGACAGCGGCAACUAUGUCUGCGAAGCCUGUAAUGAAGCAGGCACAGAGAGUUGCACUGUCGAGCUGGAAGUGAAAGAGCCGCCUUCGUUUGUCGAAGAUGUGACGUGUCUUGAAGUUGUUAAAGGUUCCACAGCAAUGUUUGCAUGCAAAGUGGCAGGAAGUACUCCAUUUAAGGUCACAUGGAUCAAAGACAAACAGCCAAUCAAAUCCAGCCAGAAGUAUAUUAUCGUUGAUAGUGAAAAUGUGAGCUUGAAAAUCAUGGACUGCAGAGUGGAAGAUGUUGGUACUUAUCAGUGUGUGGUAGCCAAUGAGGUUGGAACUUGUUCUGGCUUUGGAGCUUUGUCUCUGAAAGUCCCUCCGACGUUCGUUAAGAAGAUCGAAAACGUCUCCACUGUUCUGGGAGAUGUUGCAGUCUUUCGCUGCACCGUGGACGGUUCGCUGGCUCUUUCUGUACAAUGGCAAAAAGAUGACAGCUGGAUCCCUGAGGAUCCAAAUAUCGAGAGAACGUUUCAUAACAGAGACGCAAUGCUCAGGAUUCCUGCAUGUGAGGCGACUCACAGCGGGAAAUACACCUGCCAGGUCGUCAAUGACGCCGGGCAGGACAAAUGCUUUGCCACCCUUGUAGUGCAAGAACCACCUAUGAUCCAAGAGAAGCCAGAGGUAGUCAGAGUGACUUGUGGAGAUCCAGUUAGUCUUGAGUGUAAAGUAGCUGGAACUCCUCAGAUCAGUGUCAAAUGGAAUAAAGAUGGCAAAGAGCUCCAGUCAAGCAGAAAACAUAAUCUGUACUUUGAGAACAACCUCAGCUGUCUGAACAUACAGUCGUCUCAGCUGGAAGAUGGCGGAGAGUACCAGUUUGAAGCCACAAACUCUGUCGGGACUAGCAGCUGUAAAGUCUUGCUAGUUGUUUUAGAAGAAACAGUUCCUCCAAUGUUCGUUAGGAAAUUAACAAACAUUCAAGCGAACAUGGGUUCGGUGGUCACCAUGGAGUGCAAAGUGGCCGGUUCUCUUCCAAUAUCAGUUGAAUGGAGCAAAGGGAAACAAAAGAUCAUUGAGAGCUCCAAGUAUAAAGUUGUGCACAUUGAGAAUACUGUGUCACUGGAGUUAAAUCUGACUGAAGCUGCUGAUACGGGAGAAUAUUCCUGUAGACUUACCAACAGCACAGGCAGCUGUGUGUGCAGCGGAGUGCUCACAGCUAAAGUGCCACCAACAUUCCUAGUUGAGCCUGAGUCUCAGGCGGUUAUUCCAAAGUCUGCUGUACUCUUCAGAAGUGUCUUUGAAGGAACGCCUCCGUUCACUGUGAAAUGGUUCAAGGAUGACGUCGAACUCAUCACUGGGCCAUCGUGCAUGAUUAAACUGGAGGAAUACUCUUCCUCUGUUGAGCUCUAUUCAGUCGACAGUCUCCACGUUGGGAUUUAUUCUUGCCAAGUUAGCAACGAAGCAGGCACAGUGAAAAGUGAAGCCAAGUUGUUGGUGAAAGAACCUCCUCAGUUUAUCCAGAAACUUCCUCCCACUACCUUUGUGAAGCAGUGUGAGGGACAUCGUUUUGAAUGCCAGGCCACCAGCUCUCACUCCCUGAAAAUGUGCUGGUUCAAAAAUGACCAAAAGAUAACUGACGGAAACAACUAUAAAGUAAUGUUUGUUGACUCAACUGCGUACCUCCAACUGCACACCACGAGGUUUGAGGAUAAUGGAGUCUACACCUGUGAGGCUUAUAAUGAUGCUGGCAGUGCAAGCUGUAGCACUGUUCUGACAGUUCAAGAGGCCCCAUCCUUUAUUAAAACUCCAAAGCCUGUAGAAGGCAUUCAUGGGAAAGAUGCCAGCCUGGACUGUGAGGUAUAUGGCACUUCACCUUUCCAGGUUAACUGGUACAAAGACAAAAGACCACUGAAGGAGAGCAGGAAAUAUAAGAUGGUUAGUGUGGGCAGCUCUGCCACACUUCACAUUAUUAAACUGGAGAAAGAUGACGCUGGUCUUUAUGAGUGCAAAGUCUCCAACAAUGUAGGAACGGGAUCCUGCCGCACUACCAUUAGCCUGAAAGAACAACCAGCGUUUGUCAAGAAACUGGUCGACCAGUCGGUGAGAGCUGGUCAGCAGCUGACGCUGACAGCUACAGUAAGAGGCUCAGAGCCUUUGACUGUGUCCUGGGUUCAGGACAAAGAUCACAUUCUCAGAGACGGUGACAACAGGAAGAUCACCUUUGAGAAUAAUGUGGUCACUCUUGUAGUACCCAAGGCCGACCCGACCACGGCUGGUAAAUACACCUGCCAGAUCAGGAACGACUCUGGACUUGUGGAGUCUGUUUCCCAAGUGACAGUUCUAGAACCCGCUGCUAUCGUUGAUAGCCCCGAGUCCUUGAACGUGAAGUCAGGAGAAAAUGCAGCUCUUGAAGUCACAGUAUCUGGUUCACCAGAACUGAAAACUAAGUGGUUCAAGGACAGCAAAGAGCUCUCUGCUGGUGCCAAGUAUCAGAUGUCCUUCACAAAGAAGGUUGCCACCUUGAAGAUUCGGUCUGCUGACAAAGCAGAUGCUGGAGAAUAUAAGCUAGAGGUUAAAAACCAUGUUGGUACAGCCUCUAGCAAAAUUAAGCUCUCUGUUUCAGAUAAAUUGAUUCCACCGAGUUUCAUAAGGAAGCUGAGAGACACCCACCUCGUUGUGGGUAAGCCCGGUGAAAUGGAGUGUAAGGUCGCAGGCUCUGCUCCGUUAACAACUUCCUGGUUCCACAACGGCCAAGAGAUCAAGAGUGGGCCAAACUAUGACAUUAGCUGCACCGAUAACAACUGCAAACUGAGAGUCCCGACAAUCAAGAUGUCCGAUUCUGGCAAAUACACAUGCAAAGCUGUAAACGCUGCAGGGGCCAGUGAAACGAGUGCCUCAAUGAAUGUGACAGAACCUCCAUCUUUUGUGAAAACACCCGAAGCAAAGGAAACGUUGCCCGGCAAAAACGUGUCUUUCUCAGCCAAAGUGAAAGGCAGCACCCCCUUGAAAGUCAAAUGGUUCAGGGGAGCCAAGGAGAUGCAGCAUGGACGAGGCUGUGAGAUCUCCCUGAAGGACGAUGUUGCCACUUUGGUUCUUCACAAAGUUGAAAAGUCCCAUGCAGGAGAGUACACCUGCCAGAUCAUUAACGACGCAGGGAAGGAAAGCUACCCCGUUAACCUGUUUGUGAAAGAACCAGUACACUUUGUGAAGAAGCUGAAAGACAUUUCCUCUGAGAAGGGCAAGCCUCUGAGGCUUGAGGUCACAUUUGCUGGAACCCCCACAGUAAAUGUGACAUGGAAGAAGGACGGUAAACUCAUCUGGGCUUCCUAUCAGUACAACGUGAUCACCACAGACACCUCCUGCAUCCUGGAGGUUCUUAACGCUGACAGGAUGGAGGCAGCCGGUAGAUACUCUUGCGAAGUAGACAACGGAGUCGGAAGUGACAAAUGUGAAGCACAAGUGACAAUGCUAGAACGACCAUACUUUGUUGAAAACAUGGAGCCAGUGGAGGUAACUGUGGGCGAGGCGGUUACCCUGAAAUGCCGUAUUGCAGGAACUCCUGACAUCUCCGUAGUUUGGUUUAAAGCUGCCGGAAAGCUGCGCAAGUCCAACGUUUGCUCGAUGGACUUCACAAAAGGUGUUGCCACUUUGAAACUGAUCAAAACAACCAAGUUCGAUCACGGCGAAUACGUCUGCAAGGCAGAAAACCGGGUCGGUUCUGCCUCUGUCAGCUGUAAUGUGACAGUGAAAGAACCCGUACGGUUUGUCAAGAAACUGGAGGACGUCUGCCACGAGCUGGGUAAACCCUUGAGGCUGGAGUGCACUUACACCGGCAGCCAGAGGGUUUACGUGACGUGGAAGAAGGACGACAAGCUGAUCUGGGCUUCUUACCAGUACAACAUCAAAACCACCGACUCCUCAUGCGUUCUGGAGGUCCUCAACAAUGACAGAGCUGCAUCUGCAGGAAAAUACACGUGUGAAAUUUCCAAUGCCGAAGGAACUGACACCUGUCAUGCUCAUGUUAAAAUAGAGCGCAAAGUCCCUCCAAACUUCACCAAGAAGCCCUCUGAGUCCAUGAUGGAUUCAGUGGGUAAGACAGUGAAGAUGGAGGGUCGUGUGUCUGGUUCCCAACCACUGACGGUCACCUGGUACAAGGACAACAAUGAAAUCUACGGCUCUGACAAAUACGAUGUCAGCUUCAAAAACAACAUGGCUGUGCUGUGUGUCACAGACUCUUCCACCUCUGACAGCGGUGUGUACACCUGCACAGCCUCCAACGAAGCUGGACAAGCUUCAUGUCGGGUUUCUCUCUCCAUCUCAGAAACUAGCCAGGCUCCCAAAUUUGACCACCUUCUGGAGCCGGUGUCGGUGAGUGAGGGUGAGAAGCUGACCCUCAAAUGCCACGUUAGUGGCUCUCCUCCACUGACCAUCCAGUGGAUGAAGGACAGGAGGGAGCUGAAGUCCACUGGAAACACCAGAAUCACAUUUGUUAGUGGGACGGCCUGUCUGGAGAUCAGUCCAGUCUCAAAGACUGACACAGGAGAUUACCUCUGCAAGGCCAGCAACGCAACCGGCAGUGACUUCUGCAAGUCCAGGGUCACUGUGAGAGACAAAGGAACCAAGGCCGCCCCCACCGAGGCCGCCGCCCCGGCUUCAGCUGCCCCAGUCAAAAAGCUUGACAACCUGUUCUUCAUUGAGGAACCUAAAAAUGUUUCUGUCACAGAGAAGGGAACUGCAACCUUCAUCGCCAAGAUCGGAGGUGACCCAAUCCCGAGCGUGAAAUGGAUGAAGGGAAAAUGGAGGCAGAUCACCCCUGGUGGUCGUAUCUCCAUCGAGCACAAGGGCCAGGAUGCCAAAAUGGAGAUCAGAGAGGUGACCAAGUCCGACUCCGGUCUCUACAGAUGUGUCGCCACCAACAAACACGGAGAGAUCGAGUGCAGCACUGAGAUGGAGGUGACCAAAAAGGAGGAAGCAGAAGCACUCGGAGACAUAAGGACAAGACUGAAGAAAACUCCCUCAAAGCAGAAGAGUCCAAAGAAAGACGAAGAGAUUGAUAUUGUGGAGUUGCUGAGAGGUCACGACCCCAAAGAGUACGAGAAGAUCCUGCGGGAGCACGGCAUUCAUGACUACCGCGCCAUCCUGCAGGCCAUCGAGUUCCUGAAAAAGGAGAAAGAGAUGGAGACUGGACGAGUGGAGUUGGAGCGUGGUGGUCGCGUUGAAGAAGAGGACAUGGCCCGACUUAUCCAGCAGCUGGAGAGCCGUGUCGACACGGAGCCCGUCACUGUCAUGGAGGACAUCAGCGACCAGACAACAACUGAGAACAAAGGUGCCACCUUCGAAUGCAGAAUCCGCAUCAACUACCCAGAGAUCACUCUCACCUGGUACAAAGGCACCCAGAAACUGGACAACAGCGACAAGUAUGACAUCAGCAGCGUGGGCGACCGCCAUUACCUGAAGAUCAAGAACUGCCAGGUCAAAGAUCAGGGAAACUACCGCGUGGUGUGCGGUUCACACAUUUCCAACGCCAAGCUCACCGUCACAGCCGAACAAAUUCAGUUCACUAAAUGCAUCAGAAGCAUCGAGGUCAAUGAACGCCACUCUGCCACCUUUGAGUGCGAGUUGUCCUUCGACAGCGCCACCGUCACAUGGUACAAAGACUCAUGGGAGCUUAAAGAGAGCCCAAAAUAUAACUUCAGGACCGAGGGCCGACGCCACUUUAUGACCAUCCGCAACGUAACCCCAAAGGAUGAAGGCGUUUACUCUGUGAUUGCUCGUCUGGAGCCAAUGGGAGAAGCUCGAAGCACAGCUGAGCUUUACCUGUCAGGCAAAGAAAUUGGGUUAGAAAAGUUUCCACAGGACGUUCCAGACUCGUCCGUUCAUGUCCCAGAAACAGCUUCUAUGGUUGUUCGAGAUUCGUCCGAAUUUUAUCACUAUGAAGAACGAACGGAAGUCAAAGCUUUUCAAAGUCUGACCGUUGAAGAAGAGACGCUUUCUGUUCACUACUCCUCCGUCACAGAAGAGAAAAAACCCAUUGAGGAGAUUGUUGAGAGGACUCACGUGGAGAUCAGAGAGAAAGUCCCUGAAGUUCCUGAGGUUUACAGGACACCAGAGGGAAAACCCUCUGAGCCUGAAGCUCCGCCUCCGGCGCCAGUCAAAGUACCUGAAGCAAAGAAGCCGCAGCCCGAAGUAACCGUCGACGCUCGGCCUCGGCGAGAGGAAGCUCAGCCCCCUGAAGAACCUUCAGUAUACACCAAACCAGAACCGGUGCAAGAGAGAGUGACUGUUCCCAGAAAGGUCACUCCUGAACCUUAUCAACCUGAACCUACUAAGGAGCCAAAAACGGUUCCUCCAGAGCCUAAAGUGGUACCUCAGAAACCGGCUGAACCUGAGCCUAAGGUGCCCAAAGUUAAGCCUGAACCCAAAGCACUGGAAGUCCAACCUGCCAAGAAAACACCAGAAGCCCCGAAAGCGAGAGUGCCAGCUGUAGCCAAACCCGAGGAAAUUCAGCCAGUUGCUGCCAAGAUUACUCCACCAAAGACUGAAGAUAGAUUCACAAAAGCACCAGAACUACCAAAGCCUGAAGAACCUGUAGUUCAACCAGCUAAGGUUACUACCCCAGCACCAGAACGUCUUCCAACUAAAGUGCAAGAUGUAACCAGACCAGAAGAACCUAAAAUUCAACCAUCUGCACCCAAGAUUUCUCCACCAAAGCCUGAAGCUGUUCCAACUAAAGUUGUCUCAGAACCAAAGACAUCUGAACCUCCAAGAACACCACAUCUGCUGGCUGAUAAACCUGAGCCAGAAGCAUCAAGGUAUAUCUCUGAAACAAAACCAGAAGAACAGAAGAAGGUUCUGGAAGUGACAAAGAAGGUUCCAGAAGCACCAAGUAAGGUUUCUGAAGAACCCAAGAAAGUAUAUGAAGAAAUACAGACCGUUCCUGAAGUACCAAAGAAGGUCCCAGAAGCCCCAAAGAAGGUUCCUGAAGCCCCAAAGAAGGUUCCUGAAGCCCCAAAGAAGGUCCCAGAAGAACCAAAGAAGGUUCCUGAAGCCCCAAAGAAGGUUCCUGAAGCCCCAAAGAAGGUCCCAGAAGAACCAAAGAAGAUUCCUGAAGCACCAAAGAAGGUUCCCGAAGCCCCAAAGAAGGUCCCAGAAGAACCAAAGAAGGUUCCUGAAGUACCAAAGAAGGUUUCAGACACACCAAUGAAGGUUCCUGAAGCCCCAAAGAAGGUCCCAGACGAACCAAAGAAGGUUCCUGAAGUACCAAAGAAGGUUUCUGAAGCACCAAAGAAGGUUCCGGAAGUACCAAAGAAGGUUCCAGACACACCAAAGAAGGUUCCUGAAGCCCCAAAGAAGGUCCCAGAAGAACCAAAGAAGGUUUUAGUGGCACCCAAAAUGGUUACACAGCCACCAGUAGAGCUAGAGGCUUCAAAAUUAGUAACAGAGGAACCAAGGCUGCAACACCAAGCACCUGUGCAACCACAAGAUUUGGAAACACCAAAACAAAUUCCUCAGGCAAAAAAGCCUCAGCAAACAGUUCCCUUGAAGACUGAAACUGAAGACAGGAGGAAGGAAAGGAUUAUUCUGACAGAAGAAGUUGGUCACAAGCAAGAAGAAGUCAGGACAUAUGAAAGUGGAGUGGAGGUCAAGGAGCAGACUACAAGACAAGAAAUCACUUUGAAAUCAGAGAUAAAACAACAAAUGCUUCUUGCAAAAGAUGAAGUUUCUCCAUGUUACAGUGAAGAUCAGCUGGAUGAGCCAUUAGAGGACAUUGAGCCAGCAUCCUCAGAGUAUGAGGCUGUGAAACUGGAGGAGACUGAAUCUCAAGAUGAAGAAGACUUUGAUCGAGAGGACAAAGCAGAGGACCAGAUAGAAGAAAUGUCUUUGAGGUUUAUCUCUCCACCUGUGAAGGAAGCUGCCGUUCUUCCAUCAAAAAGUAACUUCACAACUCCCCCUGAAACGACUCGCCCCACAAAGAAAGAAGAUCCUGGAACCAAAAAAGAGGCUUACAAGAAAACUCAAGACAAGAUAUUCAAGAAAGCCGUCGAGCAGAGAGAAGUAACAUCAUCUGUAUCGGUACGACAUGAGGAAACGGUCUCUCCAGUGGAAGAAAUCACUGUACCAAAGACUUCUAAAAUACAUAAAGAAGUCAGUCUUAUGAAGCAAGAUGACUCUAAUAAAGUGGAAGAAGUCAUGCCUCUUAGAAAAACUGUUUUGCCUCCAUCUGACGAAGACUCACCCCGACAUCGUCCCACUGUUCCUCCCAAACAAGAAAUAAUUGCCCCUACAAAGAUGGAGUCUCCACGGAAAGAAACUCCUGUUGUACUUUUGGAGAAACCAACUUCUCUGACGGAACAAGUGUCUACUGAAGAACAUGUCCAAGCAAUAGUGUCUCCAGUUCCAGCUCAGAUUCCUUCACCGAAGAUAGAAGUGUAUCGUGAGGUAGAAAUUUCACCUCCAAAAGAAACUGCUCUGACUACAAAGAAGACCUCCACUGCACUUCCCAAAGCAGCUGUUAGUGUUAAAGAAGACAUUGUCCCUGAAGAAGUGAGAAGUGAGAAACAUAUCACUAAAGAUAAGAUUGCUCCAAAUAAACAAUCUCAAGUUCAACCACAGAAGAAACAUCUUCCCCCUAAAGAAGAAACUCUUCAGUCUAAGAAACCUGCUUCUUAUCUGGUCGAAGUGGAUUCAUCUGAAGAAGCUAGACAGGCGACAACUAAACCUCCACCAACAAGAGGAGAUGACAAGAAAGUAAAGAAGGGAACACAGGAAGUUGACCAGCAAACUCUUCAGAAAGUGUCUCCUCCAGAGGAGAAGAAACCAUCUGUACCAGCACCAGUAUCAAAGCCUGCACCUCCUCCUCCUGCAGCCAAAGUUCCACCUCCUGCAGUAUCUCCCCCAGAGGAGAAGAAACCAUCUGUACCAGCACCAAAGCCUGCGCCUCCUCCUCCUGCUGCAGAGAAAGUUGCUCCUGCAGAGAAAGUUGCUCCUGCAGAGAAAGUUGCUCCUCCUGCAGUGUCUCCUCCAGAGGAGAAGAAACCAUCUGUACCAGUAUCAAAGCCUGCACCUCCUCCUCCUGCAGCCAAAGUCGCUCCUGCUCCAGUUUCUCCUCCAGAGGAAAAGAAACCUUCUCCACCUACAGCAAAGCCUCCGGCAGAAAAAGAGAUUCUUCCUACAGCUCAAGUUACUCCGGUGGAGAAGAAACCCUCUCCACCAGCCGUAAAGGCUGAACCCUCUCCUGUACCACAGGAAAUUUCUCCUCCUGAAGACAAGGAGCCAGUUUCAGCACCUGGACCAACUAAAGUGCCACCUCUUAAGCAAAAGGGUAAGAUUCCUGUUCAGGAGGCGAAAACACCUGAAUCACCAAAGAUGAAGAGUAAGCUUACCAGAAUACCCAAAGAGAAGGAGCCAGAGCCGGAGGUCAUUAAGCUGAAGAAGGUUCCAAUGAAAUCUCCAGAGCCUGAGAAACAAGUCGUAACUCAUAAAGCAGAAGUGACGAGGCAUCAUAAUCCAGAACUAACGGUUCAUGGACUUCAUGACAGAGAAGAUCGAGAGGUAAUAACUCUGGGAAGAACUGAACGAGUCUUCACUGCAGAUGAAGAGGCGGUUCAGUUUGGUUUUUAUGAGGAAGCUGAAAGGGUAGUAGUAGUACAGAAAACCGAAAAAGAAGGAUGGACAAGAACCCCAAAACCACAGAAAGAGGAAGAACCCGAGCUGCCAAAUGUUGAUAAGAAGAAAAUAACUAAACUGCCAAAGGCAGAUGAGCAGAAGGAAUCAAUCAAACUAAAACCAUUUGAAAAAUCAGGGAAACCAGAAGAAGAAGCGCAAAAGAUCAAACUAAAGAAGGUGCCAACAAAGUCCAAAGAGCCUGAGAAGGAAGUCAUCACUCAAAAAGUUGAAGUGACAAGGCAUUAUGAUUCAGAACUAACAGUUCAGAAACCUCAUGACAGAGAAGAUCGAGAGGUAAUAACUCUGGGAAGAACUGAACGAGUCUUCACUGCAGCCGAGGAGGCAUCCGAACUGGGUCAUAUGGAAGAACCUGAGAAGUUAGAAGCAGACAAUGAGAAAUCGAGAUGGGCACGAACUCCUAAAGCACCGAAAGAUGGAGAACCUGAACCAGAUUUAACUAAAAAGAAAAUAAAGAAAUUGCCAAAGAAAGAAGAGGAGCAAGAACUAAUGACACUGAAACCAUUUGAAAAACCUCAGAAACCUGACGCAGCUGCACCUCCAAAAGAUAAGAAAGACGCUGAAGCAAAGACAGAUACUGAACGCAGUCCACUGAAGAGAGCUGAGAGACCGUCAAGGGAUCAACCCACCUCUGCUAUAAAAGACAGAAAAGGUGAAGAAGACGCGCCCUCCAUGAGUCCAAAAGUAACUCCUGAUGUCAGCAAAGACCGAGAGGAACUCCCACAGAGGACAAAGGUUGAUAAACCACCCAAAGACGAAGAACCGCCUACAGCUGCUGACAAACUCUGUGGAAAACCUAAACAUAUUUCCACACCAGAUAAAGAGAAAGAGCAGGUUUUGUUGAAGCCUUUCACUAAACCCGGCAAGCCUGAAGGAAAGCCAGAUAAAACAUCUGAGGAAGAGAAAAGGAAGCCUGUGGACACAACGGUACCCAGCCAAAGUCCAAGAGAUGAAGCUCGUAAAGAGCCAAAGGAACAACAGCUCAGAAAGGUUGAAACACCUGAAACACCUAAAGAGGAGGCCAAACCUCAGGAGGAGAAAGAAGAGCCAGCUGUUUCACCCAAGAAGCCGAGUCCACCAGCAAAGAAAGAAGCAGAAAAAGAGAUCCCACUGAAACAAACAGAGGCUUUUAAGAAAGGCAUUCAACCCAAAAAGACUCCUUCACCCAGAGUGGGUAGAGACAAGGUUGAAGAAGAGAAACUGCUCAAACCUAUUGAACAACUGAAGAAGGUUGAGCUAAAAAAGACACCGUCACCAAAAGUUGAUAAGCCAAUACCCAAAGAACUGGAGCAGGUCCCCGUUGAGAAGAAGCCAUCUGCUGAAAAACUCAAACAGAUUCCCAAAACGGCGUCACCAAAAGAUUCGAUUGAAGCUGUGACACUCAAAAAGGUCCCAAAGAAGCCAACGCCAGAAGAAGCUUCUGAACCAGAGAAGCCUGGUAAAGGGCGUAUUCCUCUGGUGAAGGAGGUCUCUCCUGGAGCCGUGCACAUGAAGAAGGUGCCUACUCAGCAAGAGGAAGAGGUUUAUGAAGAAGAGACAGAAAAAAUGGAAGGCAAUGAAGAAGAGGAGGAAGUCUGGGGCUGGGAGCUGGUUCCUCCGGAUGACUGGGAAGGUGAAGGGGUGGAUGGGGCGCUGGAGACUCCAGGCUUCCCCGGUGGUAAACGAGAUGGAAAACCAACAGAGGAGCCACCCAAAGGCCGAGGCCGAGGAUUUGGGGCAAGACAAACCCCGUCACCUGGUGAUGGUGGCAGAGGCCGGGGCCUGAGGCCCGGUGGUAAAGGCCCAUCACCACCGGAGGAACCCUUCGGAGGAUUCGUGCUUAAGGCCGUCCCCCUGAAGUUCAUCAAGAAGAUUCAGGACAUCGUGCUGCAGGAGGCCGAGUCUAUCGGCUCGUCUGCUGUGUUUGAGUGUCAGAUCUCUCCAUCCACUGCCAUCACUUCAUGGAUGAAAGAUGGCAGCAACCUCCGCGAGGACCCCAAACACAAAUUCACUUCUGACGGCAAAGAUCGCAAGUUGCACAUCAUUGAUGUCCAACUGUCAGACACCGGUGAAUACACCUGUGUGGGAAAGAAUGCUGGCAAAGAAAUAACAUGCACAGCCAGGCUCAUCGUUGAAGAGCUGCCUGUGAAAUGGCUGAAAGAACUGGAGCCAGAGACUUCCUGUAUGAAGAGUCAGCCCAUGUAUCUGACCUGUGAGCUCAACAAAGAGAGAGAUGUGAUCUGGAAACGUAACGGCACCGUCAUCAAGAAUCAGGCUGGAAAAGUGGCCAUUAAUAUCAUCGGCAUGCAGCACGCCAUAACCAUCCAGAAUGCUGGUGAUGAGGACGCCGGCUGCUACACCUGUGAGGUCGACGGACAGGAGGAUGUCAAGACUACGACCAACGUUAAAGUAAUCGAAAUCAUCAAAGACUGGCUGGUGAAGCCUCUGAGGGACCAGCAUGUGAAACCGAAGGCCAAGGCCACGUUCAAAUGUGAGCUGUACAAGGACACUCCCAACUGGAAGUGGUUUAAAGGAGACAAUGAGCUCACUCCUUCUGACAAGGUGGAGAUCGUCAAAGACGGAAAGGACAUGGCGCUUAGCAUCAAAAACUGUCAGCCUGACGACGUCUCUGAUUACACCUUAGAGGUCGAGGACCGCAAAUACUCCGCCAAACUCACACUUGGAGAGCGUGAGGCUGAGGUCCUGAAGCCUCUCUCCAGCGUGGAGGUGGUUGAGAAGGAGGAAGCCAACUUUGACACUGAAAUAUCUGAGGAUGAUGUGGUUGGUGAAUGGAAACUGAGAGGACAGGUGCUGAUGAGGUCUCCGACGUGUGACAUUAAAGCUGACGGCAGGAAACGUUUCCUCACCUUGAAAAACGUGCAGCUGGAUCAGGCUGGUGAAGUUUCCUAUCAGGCUCUCAACGCCGUCACCAGCGCCAUGCUCACCGUCAAAGAGAUCGAAAUGGGCUUUGUUGAUGCACUGAAGGACGUUUCUGUGCCUGAAAAGAAACAGGCUAAGUUUGAAUGCACUGUCACCAAGGAGGUGUCAAAGGUCAUGUGGUUCAGGGGGGCGGAGGUCGUCACCCCGAGCCCUAAAUAUGAAAUCAUUGACGAUGGAAAGAAACACAUGCUGAUCAUAAACAGCUGUGAGUUUGACGAUGAGGCUCAGUACACCAUCGAAGUGCUGGGCCAGAGAUCGAGCGCUCAGCUGCUGGUGGAAGGCAUGAGGCUCAAAUUUGUGCAGCAGCUUCGAGACCAAACGGUGAAAGAAGGUAAAUCAGUUUACUUUGAGCUCGAGCUGACGCACGAGAACGUGCCAGUGGUUUGGUACCGAAACGAAGUGAAACUCCACGUGAGCCGAACGGUGAUCACACACGUGGAAGGAAAGAAACACACUCUAGAAAUGAGGACGUUGUCUCUAGAUGAUACCUGCCAGAUUAAGGCAGAGGCCAAAGGGAUUUACUCCAUGGCAAAACUGACGGUCAUAGAGGGUGACGCUGUGUUCGUGGUGAAGCUGCAGGAUUUCACAGCCACAGAGAAAGACGAGGUGACUCUGGACUGUGAACUGAGCAAAGACGUCCCCGUCGUUUGGUAUCACAGCGAAAAGGAGAUUGUCGCCUCCAAGAUGGUGGUCAUGAGGUCGGAGGGCACUCGCAGGUCUCUGGUCCUGAAGAAAGUGGAGCAGAGCCAUAAGGGAAAAUACGUAUGUGAUUGUGGGACGGACAAGACGGCGGCCAACAUCAACAUUGAAGCUCGUGACAUCAAGGUAGUCCGGCCAAUUUACGGCGUGGAGCUCUUUGACGGGGAGACAGCUCGUUUCGAGGUGGAGAUCUCUGAGGAUGACGUCCACGGCCAGUGGAAGCUGAAUGGAGAAGUCCUAAGUCCGUCAAAGGAUGUUGACAUCAUCGAGGAGGGAGGCAAACACACCCUCAUCCUGUACAACUGUAAAGUGCCCAUGACUGGCGAGGUGGCGUACACCGCAGCCAACGCCAAGUGUUCUGCUAACCUGAAGGUCAAAGAACUUCCUCUGAACUUCAUGACGCCACUAAGCGACGUUCAGGUGUAUGAGAAGGACGAGGCGAGGUUUGAGGUCGAGCUGUCAAGACCUCCAAAGAGUUUCCGCUGGCUGAAAGGAUCUCAGGAGUUGCAGAGUGAUGAGAAGUACGAGAUGAUCCAGGAAGCAAACAUGUACGUUCUGCUGAUCCGAUCGGCUGCCUACGACGACGAGGCGAAGUACAUGUUCGAGGCCGAGGACAAGAGGACGACUGCCAAACUGGUAAUUCAAGGUAUUCGUUUGGAGUUUGCCAAACCAAUCAAGGACGUGACGGUGAAGGAGCGCGAAACAGCCGAGUUCAGCGUCGAGCUCUCCCACGACAAGAUCUCUGUGGUCUGGUACAAAAACGACAUCCGCCUGCAUCCCAGCAAGGUUGUCCACAUGUCAGACCAUGGAAAGAUCCACACACUGGCCUUCAAGGAGGUCACCAUCGACGACACGUCCAUGAUCAAAGUGGAGGCCAUGGACAAGACCAUGACCGCCAUGCUCACCGUCAUCGAGGGCGACCUUUAUUUUACCACCAAGCUGCAGAACUACACCGCCGUGGAGAAGGAUGAGGUGAAGCUGGUAUGUGAACUGAGCAAAGCCAUCGCUGAUGUCAAAUGGUUCAAGGAUGGGAAGGAGAUCACUCCCUCCAAGAACAUGGCCAUCAGCACCGACGGCAAGAAGCGCAUCCUGACCGUGAGGAAGGCGGAGAAGGCCAACAUCGGAGAGUAUACCUGUGACUGUGGCUCUGAUAAAACUACAGCCAAACUCAACAUUGAAGAGCGUGACAUCAAGGUUGUUCGUCCGCUGUACAGUGUUGAAGUCACGGAGGCAGAAACAGCCAAGUUUGAGACAGAGAUUUCAGAAGAAGACGUCCAUGGAAACUGGAAGCUGAAGGGAGAAGCCCUGCACCAGUCUCCUGAUGUUGAGAUUAAGGAGGAAGGAACUCGACACAUGCUGAUCCUCUUUAACGUCCGCAUGGACAUGGCGGGAGGCGUCGACUUCUCGGCAGCCAACGCCAAAUCCAACGCUCAGCUCCGGGUCAAAGCUCGCUCCAUCGCCGUGCUGAAUCCUCUGAAGGACGUCACGGUGACGGCCGGAGAGACGGCGACCUUCGAGUGCGAGCUGUCGUACGAAGGCAUCGUGGUCGAGUGGUUCCUGGGAGGACAGAAGAUGGAGGCCAGCGACCGGGUGAAGACUCGGGUGGCGGGUCGUAUUCACGCUCUGACCAUCAGAGACGUGAAGCUGUCGGAGGCCGGCGAGAUCAAACUGACCUCCAAAGACUUCAAGACCCAGGCUCAGCUCAUCGUCAGAGAGCCGCCGGUGGAGUUCACAAAGCCUCUGGAGGACCAGACGGUGGAGGAGGAAGCCAUCGCUACGCUGGAGUGCGAAGUUUCUAGAGAGAACGCAGAAGUACAGUGGUUUAGAGAAGGACAGGAAAUCAGAAAGACCAAGAAGUACGACAUGAUCGUCGAUGGACGCAAGAGAGCGCUCGUCAUCCAGGACUGCUCUCCGGACGACGCAAAGAUGUACACGUGUGACGCCAAAGAGUUCAAGACUUCCUGUUUCCUGGAGGUUACACCUCCUCACGUGGAGUUUACGAAGCCUCUUCAGGACGUCGAGGUCAAAGAGAAAGAAUCCGCUAAGUUUGAAUGUGAAGUGUCCCGCGAGUCUGCCAAGGUUCGCUGGUUCAAGGAUGGCGGUGAGAUCAGGAAAGGAAAGAAGUACGAGAUCAUCGCUAAGGGAGUCCAGAGGAUCCUCAUCGUCCACAAGUCCAUGUUCGACGAUGAGGCUGAGUACGAAUGUGACGCCAGGACCUCCAAGACGUCCGGCAUGCUCACUGUCAUCGAGGAGGCAGCCAGGUUCACCAAGAACCUGUCCAACGUGGAGGGGAUGGAGACAGACAGCGUGAAGAUGAUUUGCGAGGUGUCCAAGGCCAGCGCUGAGGUCACAUGGUACCGUGGGGACGAGGAGCUGCCGGAGGGCGGACGCUACGAGCAGAUCAUGGAUGGACGCAAGAGGAUCCUGAUCAUCCAGGACCUGAGGAUGGAGGAUGCUGGAGAGUACAACUGCAGGCUGAGUUCCACCGUCAAGACGUCCGCCGCGCUCAAACUCAACGAACUCGCAGCCGAGUUCAUCGCUCGCCCUCAGAACCAGGAGGUGGUGGAGGGUGAGAAGGCCGAGUUUGCCUGCUCCGUCUCUAAAGAGACAUACGAGGUGAAGUGGUUCAGAGGUGACAAGGAGGUCCAGGCCGGGGAUAAGUACACCAUCGUGAGUGAAGGAAAGAGACGAGCUCUUAUUGUGAAAAACUGCGAGCUGAAGGAUGAGGGAGGCUAUGUUGCCCACAUCGGCAGCGUUAAAGCCUCAGCCGAUCUGUAUGUGAUUGAAAAACUGAGGAUCAUCACGCCGAUUAAAGACACGGAGGUGAAGGAAGGAAGUGAGAUUGUGUUCAACUGCGAGACAAACGUUGAGGGAGCGAAGGCCAAGUGGCUGAAGAACGAGGAGACCAUAUUCGAGAGCAGCAAGUACAUGAUGGGUCAGAGGGACAACGUCUUCUCCCUGAGAAUCAGAGACGCCCACAAGUCCGACGAGGCCACCUACACCAUCACUCUGACCAAUCAGAGAGCAGAGCAGGCCAAGAGCAGCGCCAGCGCUAAAGUCGCAGAGGAGAAGCUGAAGUUCCUGGAUCCCAUCGAGGACAUCGAGACUCAGGAGAAGAAGACUAUCAGCUUCAGCUGUAAGGUGAACCGACCUGAGAUGACCGUGAAGUGGAUGAAGGCCGGCCAGGAGUUGACGCUCAGCAAACGCAUCGUUUACAGAGUCGACGGCCUCAAACACACCCUGACCAUCAAGGACUGCAUGAUGGACGACGAGGGUGAGUACACUGCCACAGUCGGUGAUGACAAGUGCUCUGCCGAGCUGAUCAUCAGUGAGGCGCCGACAGACUUCACGGCACAGCUCAAAGACCAGACCAUCACCGAGUUUGAGGACGCCGAGUUCACCUGCAAGCUGAGCAAAGAGAAGGCCGUGGUGAAGUGGUACAGGAACGGACGGGAGAUCAGAGAAGGACCCAGAUAUCACAUGGAGAAAGAAGGCAAGACGUGCAGACUGAUCAUCAAGGUGUGCAGAGCUGAUGAUGAAUGUGAAUACGCCUGUGGUGUGGAUGAGAGGAGGACCAGAGCCCGCCUCUUUGUUGAAGAGACCCCAGUGGAAAUCGUCAGACCUCCUCAGGACAUGUUCGAACCUCCGGGUUCAGACAUCGUGUUUGAGGUGGAGCUCAACAAAGACCGAGUUGAGGUGAAGUGGAUGAGGAACAACAUGAUCAUCGUCCAGGGAGAUAAAUACCAGAUGAUCAGCGAGGGUAAAAUCCACAGACUGCAGGUCUGUGAGAUCAGACCUCGAGAUCAGGGAGAGUACAGGAUCGUGGCCAAAGACAAAGACGCCAGAGCCAAGCUGGAGCUGGCAGCUGUUCCAAAGAUCAAAACUACCGACCAGAAUCUAGUAACGGAUGCUGGUAAGCCCUUCGUCAUGAGCGUGCCCUAUGAUGCCUACCCUCGUGCCGAUGCAGAGUGGUUCUUUGCGGACGCCAUGUUACCUGUCCAGAACAUUGACACCUCCAUCGACAAGACUGAGUACCGCCUGAAGAGCCCCAGCAAGGAGGACCAGGGCCGGUACAAGGUGGUGAUCAAGAACAAGCACGGCACCGGAGAGGCAAUCAUUAACCUGGAUGUGAUCGAUGUCCCCGGACCUGUCAAGAACCUGCGCGUGGUCGAUACUGCUGAUGGUGAGGUCAGUUUGGCCUGGGAUGAACCUGAGAGUGAUGGUGGAAGCAAGAUUAUUGCCUACAUAGUGGAGAGACGUGAUGUGAAGCGUAAGACCUGGACGUUGGCUACAGACCGUGCUGAUAUUCCAGAGUACUGUGUCAGCGGCCUCCAGAAGGACUCCAUGUACCUGUUCAGGGUCUGUGCCAGAAACAGAGUCGGCAGUGGACCCAUUGUCGCCACUGAGGAUGCUGUUCAGGCCAAGAACAAGUUUGACGUUCCCGACGCUCCGGAGAACGUUGCAGUUGCCUCUGUGAAUAAGUUUGGUGUCACCGUCAACUGGGAGCCUCCCAAGUUUGACGGUGGAUCUGAGAUCACCGCCUACGUGAUUGAACUCCGCGACAGGACCUCUGUCAAGUGGGAGGCAGCCUUGGUCUGCGGUGCCAGUGACCGCUCUGCGGCGCUGAACGACGUGGUGGAGAACAAGGAGUACAUCUUCAGAGUCCGAGCAGAGAACAAGGCCGGCAUUGGCAGGCCCAGCGCCGCCACAAAACCCGUAAAGAUAAUGGAUCCCAUCGAGAGGCCAAGUCCACCUCUGAACCUAAACUUCAGCGAUCAAAUCCAGACCGCCAUCACGCUGACCUGGGAGACUCCCACCAGCAAUGGUGGCAGCAUGAUCACCGGCUACAUCAUUGAGAAAUGUGACGACGGCACCAACAAGUGGCUCCGCUGCAACGCCAGACUGUGUCCUGACCUCUCCUACCGGGUGUCUGGUCUGAAACCCGGUCAGAAGUACCUCUACAGAGUUUGUGCUGAGAACGCCGCCGGAGUCUCCGAUCCAGCCGAGAAAAUCGGACCACUGCUUGCCGACGAUCCUCACGUUGGUCCAACCUUCGACCUGAGUGGUUUCAGGAACGGCCUGGAGGUGAUCGUUCCUCAGCCUCUCACCAUCAGAGUCCCCAUCACUGGAUACCCGACUCCCGUUGCCAAGUGGACCUUUGGAGAGAAGGAACUGACCACUGAGGAUGAGCGUGUCUCCAUGGUGACAAAGCCCACGUACACGGAGCUGACGGUCACACCGAGCGUCCGUCCAGACAAAGGCACCUACACCCUGCAGCUGGAGAACGACGUUUCCUCUGUCUCUGGAGAGAUCGAAGUCAACGUCAUUGCAUGCCCAAGUGCUCCUAAGGACUUGAAGGUGGCUGAGGUAACCCGCCACCAUGUGCACAUGAUGUGGGAGGUUCCAGAGCACGAUGGAGGAAGUCCAGUCACCCACUACCAGAUCGAGAAGAGAGAAGUGUCUCGCAAGACCUGGGCCAAGGUGGCCACCGGUGUUUUGGACUUGGAGCACACGAUAACAGACGUCAUUGAAGGAAAGGAGUAUCUGUUCAGUGUCACCGCCUGUAACAAGUGUGGACCCGGAGAGCCAGCUUACAUUGACGAGCCUGUCAGUGUCUCCUCUCCUGCCACUGUACCCGAUCCUCCUGAGAACCUGAAGUGGCGCGAUAAGAGUGGCAAGUCCAUCUUCCUGUCCUGGGAACCUCCAAAGUACGAUGGCGGUGCCCCGAUCAAAGGCUACGUGGUGGACAAGUGUCAGCGUGGUACCGAUAAGUGGGAGCCUUGUGGUGACCCAAUCACUGAACUGAAGUUCCAGGUGACUGGUCUGAUUGAGGGUCAGUGGUACGCCUACAGAGUCAGAGCUCUAAACAAACUGGGAGCCAGCCGACCCUGCCGGGCCACUGAUGAGAUCCAGGCCGUUGAUGCCAGAGAGCCUCCAGAGAUCCAGCUCGAUGUGAAACUUCUGGCUGGUCUGACCACUAGGGCCGGUACGAAGAUCGAGCUUCCCGCUGACGUCAAAGGAAAGCCUGAUCCACGGGUGAAGUGGACAAAGGCCGACUUGGUUCUGCGGGCAGAUGACCGCAUUGCCAUUGACACCCAGCCGGGACACUCCAAGCUGUCCAUUGCCAACACCACAAGAGGCGACACUGCAACCUACAUCAUUGAGGCAGUCAAUGCUUGUGGACGCGCCACCGCCACUAUCGAUGUCAACGUUCUUGAUAAACCCGGCCCUCCAGCUGCAUUCGACAUCUCAGAGAUCACCAACGAGUCGUGCUGCCUGGCAUGGAACCCUCCUCGAGAUGACGGCGGCUCAGCCAUCACCAAUUACAUUGUGGAGAAUCGACAGACAGACAAAGAGGAGUGGGUAAAGCUGUCAGCCACAGUGAAACACACAACGUUCAAGGCCUGCAAGCUCACUGCUUUGAAGGAGUACAUCUUCAGGGUCAGUGCUGAGAACCAGUAUGGCAUCGGCGAACCUGCAGAGCAUGUGCCAAUUGUUGCCAAGUAUUCCUUCGAUCCUCCUGGUCCUCCAACCAGAGUCACUCCCUCUGAAAUUGCCAAGGAUGCCGUGACUCUGAACUGGAUCGAGCCAGAUGAGGAUGGCGGCAGUCCCAUCACCGGAUACUGGGUCGAGAAGUUUGAUCCAGAGAGCGACAAGUGGAUCAGAUGCAACAAACUUCCAAUUAAAGACACGACGUUCAGGGUGAAGGGGCUUCCCACCAAGAAGAAGUACCGCUUCCGUGUUCUAGCUGAGAAUCUGGCUGGACCUGGAAAACCAAGCGCAGAGACCGAUCCAGUCCUCAUCAAAGAUCCCAUCGAUCCUCCAUGGGCUCCUGGUAAACCUGUCGUCAGGGACAUCAGUAAGAAAACAGCCCUGUUGGCAUGGACCAGGCCGGAGCAUGACGGCGGGGCAAAGAUUGAAGGCUACAUCAUCGAGUUUCAGAAGACCGGAAGUGAGGAAUGGAUCCGCAUCGCAGAGGACGUUCCUCAGACUGAGCACCAGCUGCAGGGUCUGAUAGAGAACCAGGAGUACUCAUUCCGGGUCAAGGCUGUCAACAAAGCCGGCGAGAGCGAACCCAGUGAUCCCAGCGACCCUGUGGUCUGCAAGGAGAGACUCUACCUACCAUCUGCUCCUCAGUGGCUCGAGGUGUCCAACAUCACGAAAAUCAACGCCAGCCUGAAGUGGCAGGCUCCCAGCAACGAUGGAGGCUCGCCCAUCACCAACUACGUGGUUGAGAAGAGGGAUGUGAGGCGGAAGGCCUGGCAGACUGUCGACACCACCGUCAAGGAGCUCAAGUACACGGUUACUCCUCUUAAUGAAGGAUCGCUGUAUGUGUUCCGUGUUGCUGCAGAGAACGCAGUGGGAAUGGGUGAAUUCUGCGAGCUAGAGGACGCCGUCCUCGCCAAAGACACUUUCACAACUCCUGGACCUCCUUAUGCUCUGACAGUGGUGGAGGUCACCAAGCGACAUGUGGAGCUGAAAUGGGAACCUCCCAAGAGCCACGGAGGAAGGCCCAUUACCAAGUAUGUGAUUGAGAAGAAAGAGAAGGUGGGAACUCGCUGGUUGAAGUGCUGCAAGACUCCAGACAAACAGACUCAGUUCAAGGUGACGGAUGUGGAUGAAGGGUCUGAGGUGCAGUUCCAGGUCAGAGCCGAGAACGAGGCUGGGGUUGGAGACCCAAGCGAACCCACCGAGAUCCUCACCAUUGAAGAUCCAACCAGCGCUCCAUCCCCUCCACUGGAGGUGAAAAUCCCAGACGCCAGCAGGCAGCACAUCAAUGUCACCUGGAAGCCUCCGGCCAAAGAUGGCGGCUGCCCAAUCACUGGUUACCAUGUGGAAGUGGCUGAGGCCCGUCCUGAGCUGAAGUGGCUCAGGGUCAACAGCAGACCCAUCAAGGAGCUCAACUUUAAGAUUGAUGAUGGAAUCAAACCAGAGAAAAAAUACGUCAUCAGGGUCCGUGCCAUCAACCCUGUUGGUGUUAGUGAUCCCUCUGAGAUUUCCGACAAGGUCUUCACCAAAGAUCCUGACUGUGGUCCAACCAUGGAUUUGGAGGCACAGGAUGUGGUUGUGGUUGAGGGUGAGAAGCUGCACCUGAACAUCCCGUACAUGGCGAUCCCGACACCCAAGAUGGUUUGGCAGAAAGAUACCGUGGAGUGUAAGGCUGAUGACCGGCUAUCCAUGACAGUGGAAAUGAGCAAUGCUCACUUAGAGCUGCUCAAGUGCACACGUGCCGAUGCCGGUGCCUAUGCCAUCACCCUGGAGAACAACCUGGGAACCGCCACUGGGACCGUCAAUGUCAAAGUCAUCGGACUCCCUGGUCAGUGCAAAGACAUCACCUCCAGUGACGCCACCAAGAACUCCUGCAAGAUCAGCUGGGAAGCCCCAGAGGAUGACGGUGGCACCCCGAUUGUCAGCUACACCCUAGAGCGCCGCGAGGCCUCCAAGAAGACAUACAUGCCCGUCUUGUCAGGAGAGAACGUCCUGACCUACACCGUCAAAGACCUCUACAUGAACUGCGAGUACUACUUCAGAGUGAAGGCUGUCAACAAGGUUGGCUCUGGAGAAUAUCUGGAGCUUCGCAACCCAGUCAUCAUAGAGGAAAUCAAACAGAAACCAGACCCACCCAUCCAGGUGGAGGCUCAGGAUCCAACAUCCAAGUCCAUCACGGUCACAUGGAAGGCUCCCGACAACGAUGGCGGCUGUCCCAUCCAGGGCUACAUUGUGGAGAAGAUCGAGAAGGACGGCGACAACUAUGAGAAAGUCACCCCAAGCCUCGUACCUGGUUUCUCCUACGUGGUAACAGGCCUGAAGGAGGACAUGGAGUACCAGUUCAGGGUCCGAGCUGAGAAUGCUGCCGGAGUCAGUGAGCCAUCCCGCAGCACACAGCUCAUCAAGGCUGCAGACCCAGUCGAUAAACCAAAGGUCACCCUCCACGCCCGCGUGCAGUCUGGUCUGUGCAUUAAGAAGGGUGAGGAGAUCCGAAUUGAUGCCUACAUCUCCGGUUCACCGUAUCCCAAGGUCACCUGGCUGAGGAACAACGAGGAUGUCACCAAAGAGCCAGCCAAAACUGUGGUCCCUAUUGUAAGGAAGAAGAAGACCAAGGCCAAGGUUCCUGAACCAGAGGAGGAAUUUGUGACUCCACUUCGUGAGCGUCUGGGUCUGGAUCAGACCAAGAAGGGUCAGUCUGUGGUGAUGAUACGUGACGCCGUCAGAGCUGACCAUGGCAACUUCACCAUCCAGGUGGAGAACACUCAUGGUGUUGCCUCCGCCUCCUGCAAUGUCAAUGUCCUUGACAAACCCCGUGCUCCAAUCAACUUCACCUUUGAUGAGAUCAGGAACACCUCGGUUAUUUGUAACUGGGAGCCUCCGGAGGAUGAUGGUGGCAGUGAGAUCCUGAACUACAUCCUGGAGAAGAAGGACAACAAGAACGAUGAGGUUGGCUGGAUCACCAUUACCUCCACUCUGAAGGGCACCAGCUGCCCCAUCACCAAACUCAUUGAAGGGAAGGAGUACAUCUUCAGAGUCACCGCAGAGAACAAGUUUGGCUGCGGACCGGCAUGUAUCUCCGAACCUCUGGUCGCCAAGAACCAGUUUGAUCCUCCCGAUGCGCCCAACACCCCCCGAGUCCACGAGGUGACGGCGAGCAGCGCCCACAUCUCCUGGCAUGAACCUAAGGAUAAUGGCAGCCCAAUCCUGGGCUACUGGAUCGAGAGGAAGGAGGUGAACAGCAAAUACUGGACCCGAGUCAACCGGGCCCUCCUGAACUCUCUGGGGGUGAAGAUCACCGGCCUGCAUGAGGGUCUUACUUACAUCUUCAGAGUGUGUGCCGAAAACUUGGCCGGGCCUGGGCCCUUCAGCGAGCCCUCCGACCGCACCAUUGCCAUGGAUGCCAUCCUGCCUGCUGGCCCUCCCACUCCAUGGGUUGUGGACACUGGGAAGGACUUCGUCAUCGUGGCCUGGAAGCCUCCUCUGUACAACGGCGGAGGAGACAUCUCAGGAUACCAUGUUGAGAAGGUUUUGGUUGGAGAGAAGGACUGGUCUCGCAGCACAGAGCACAGGUGCAAAGAGCUGACGUACACUGUGACUGGUCUGACCGAGGGAGCAGAUUAUUACAUCCGUGUCAUGGCCGUCAAUGACGCAGGUCUUGGAGCUCCUGGUGUGACUGAACCGGUCACUGUCACAGAGCCUCAGGAAACUCCCGCUGUGGACUUUGAUUCUUCCGUGAGGAAUGGCGUCAUUAUCAAGGCCGGUGAACCACUUAAGCUUCCUGCCGUGGUGACUGGCCGACCUCAGCCUGAAGUGAAAUGGGCCAAAGAUGAAGCCGAAAUUGACAAGGAGCGGAUGAUCGUUGAGACAGAGGGCAAGAACAGCGCUUUGUUCAUCAAGACGGCUGUGAGAGCGGAUCACGGAAAGUACCAGAUCACCGGCACCAACAGCGUUGGCACCAAGACCGCAGAGACCAGAGUGGAUGUUAUGGACGUCCCCGGACCAGUGGUUGACCUGAAGACGGUGAUGGUGACCAAGAAGAACAUCACCCUCACCUGGUCUGACCCCGUGGAUAAUGGUGGCAGUGAUGUAAUCGGCUACGAGGUGCUGAGGAAAGACGCCAAGAUGAAACUUUUCCGCCAGCCCAUUGAGACAGCGUCCUGCAAGUGUGACAUUCAGGGCCUACUGGCUGGUGAGGAGUAUGACUUCAGGGUUGUUGCCAGAAACAAGUUUGGUGAUGGAGCUCCAGCCGACCUCGGACCCAUCCUGGCCGAGGACCCCAAAGGUACUCCAUCUGCUCCAGAAAAGCUGCACUAUACCGACAGAAGCAAGAGCACCAUCACCCUGGCUUGGCAGCCACCUUGUACGGAUGGAGGCAGUCCCAUCAGUGGCUAUUAUGUUGAGAAGAUGAGGUCCGACAGCACUGAGUAUGACGUAGCAAACCGCAAGAUCUUCACAGAGUGUUGCGGGACCAUUGAGAACCUGUCUGAGAAUCAGGAGUACGAGUUCCGCGUUUUUGCAAUGAAUGAGGUUGGAGAAGGAGAUCGCUCGAAGCCCAUCACCGCCACGAUCCAGGACGAUGAAAUUUCUCCAGUUAUUACCAUCCUGAAGUUCUUUAAGAGCAAUGCCAUUAUUGUGAAGAAAGGCUCUGCCAUUGACAUCCCGGCAGAGGUGAAGGGACUUCCUCUGCCGACCCUCCAAUGGUUGAAGGAUGACGUUGUAAUCGAGAAGCCUGAUGAAGAGAAGAUGACGAUGGAGACUGAGGAGGUGAACCGGACGACAAUCAAGACUAAGAUUGCCAUCCCUGAAACCAUCAGGCAGGAUAAGGGCAACUACAAGCUGCUGGCUGAAAACUGCUAUGGCAAAGCUCAACAUGUCAUCCGAGUCGAGAUCCUUGACCGCCCACUUCCUCCGAGGAAUAUUGUGGUCUCAGACAUCAAGGCAGACUCGUGCUACCUGACCUGGGAGGCCCCAGAGGACAACGGAGGCAGCGAAAUCACCAACUACAUUGUGGAGCGCAGAGAUGCCAGCAAGAAGAAGUCCGACUUUGAAGUUCUGACCAUCAACCUCAUCGACAGGAGAUACGGGGUCUACAAACUGGACAUGAACGGUACCUACCAGUUCAGAAUCAAAGCUCAAAACAAGUAUGGUGUCAGUGACGGCUGUGAUUCAGAGAAAGUCGAGCUCAGGGAUCCAUUCGGCCUCCCUGGACCUCCACGCAACCCCAAAAUCAUUGCAGCCACAGCAACCACCAUGACCCUGACCUGGGAUCCUCCUCUGGACAAUGGAGGCUCCACCAUCCAGGGAUACUGGCUAGAGAAGAGAGAGCGUGGCGCUGUGUACUGGGGUCGUGUCAACCGAGCACCGGUCACCAAACCCGCCGUGAAGGGUCUGCAGUACACAGUGCUCAGGCUCAUCGAAGGAACCGAGUACCAGUUCAGGAUUGCAGCCUGCAACGCUGCAGGAGUCGGACCGCCCAGCGAGUCCUCCGAGUGCCGCUUUGCUGAGGAUCCAUACAACCCUCCUAGCCCACCUGGAGCUCCCGAGGUUAAAGACAAGACCAAGAACAGCAUCACGCUUACCUGGAGCCCGCCAGACAAAGAUGGUGGCAGCCCCAUCAAGGGUUACAUCAUUGAGGUCCAUGAGGAAGGCUCUCCUGACUGGAGGAGGGUGAACCCUGCUGACAAGCUUCACCCAUCCACUGUAAUCACUGUGCCCGACCUGAAGGAGGGCAAGAAGUGUAAGUUCAGGAUCUAUGCUGUGAACGCCGCUGGAAACUCAGAGCCCGCCAGGACAGGGGACAUCUUGGUUCAGGACAUCCUGAUUGAGCCGACAGUGACUCUGGACGUGAGUGCUCAAGACCUGCUGAACUGCAGAGCUGGAACGACCAUCAAAAUCCUCGCCACCAUCACUGGGCGACCCGUUCCUAAAGUCACCUGGACGUUCGAUGGAACUGCUGAGACUGAGAAGAAGAACGAACUCCACACACUGCCCAUCGACUCUGAGGUCCACUCCACUGACACAACCUCAGUGGUCGUGAUCCCAGAGUGCAAAAUGAACCAUAGCGGCCGUUACAUCAUCAACGCAGAGAGCCCCGCUGGACACAAGGUGGUGAAAGUCAGAGUCACCGUGCUCGACCUGCCCGGACCUCCAAGAGACUUUAAGGUCAGUGAUGUGACGAGGGGAACCUGCAGACUGACAUGGAAACCUCCAGAGUGCGACGGAGGCGAAAGAGUGAAGAGCUACUUCAUUGAGGAAAAGGCAGUGCAGGGCAAAGCCUGGACUAAGGUCAACCCAGCCUGUGCUGCUCAGUCUCUGGUGGUUGCAGACCUGAUCAAUGGCCAGGACUACAUCUUCCGUAUCCGGGCUGAGAACCGCUUUGGGUUUGGGCCGGUCGUAGAGACCACCGAAGGAAUCAAAGCCAGAGAUCCAAUCCAUCCUCCUGAUCCUCCAACGAGGUUGAAGAUCGCGAACGUGAGGAAGGGCACCGUGACUUUGACUUGGAAGGCUCCAAAGAAUGACGGCGGUGCACCUGUCACCCACUACAGUGUUGAUCUGCUCUGCUGGGAUGCCAGCGGCCAGAAGGAUGCCUGGAGGAGAUGUAACAGGAGAGAUGUGGACACCACCAGAUUCAAGGUGGAGGACCUGACCGAGGGAGAAGAGUAUGAGUUCAGAGUGAUGGCGCACAACGAUGCUGGAGCCAGCCGACCUUCAUCCACAGUCGGACCCAUCAUCAUUCAGGACCAGAGCUGUGCUCCAUCUAUUGAGCUGAAGGAGUUCAUGGAGGCUGAGCAGGGCUCAGACAUCAGCAUUGUGGCCACGAUCCGCGGCUGUCCAUUCCCCACACUCACCUGGUACAAAGCUCCACCCCACAAGUCUGAUGACAAGGUGGAGGUUCAGUACGACGAGCACAUCAACAAGAUUGUGUCUGACGACAGCUGCACGCUCCUCAUCCAGCAGGGCAAACGUCCCGACACUGGCCUGUACACUCUGGUGGCCUCCAACAGCUUUGGCAAGGCCUCCAAGGAGAUGAGGCUCAAUGUUCUCGGGCGACCUGGUCCUCCUUCUGCUCCCAUUAAGUUUGAGGAGAUCGGAUCUGAGAGGAUCACACUGUCCUGGCUUCCACCAAAGGACGACGGUGGCUCCAAGGUCACAAACUAUGUCAUCUGGAGGCGUGUGGCCAACAGGAAGACCUGGGUGCCUGUCACCAAUGAGCCCAAAGAGCGUAUCUGGACGGUGGAGAGCCUGAUGGCAGGACAUGAGUAUGUGUUCCGCAUCAUGGCCCAAAACAAAUAUGGAGUUGGAGAGCCACUAGACAGUGAGCCCGAAGUCGCCCGGGACCUCUUCAAGGUCCCCGGGCAGUGCGAGAAGCCAACAGUCACCAACAUCACCAUGGACGCCAUGACUCUUAACUGGGAAGAGCCCGAAGAUGAUGGUGGCAGCCCAAUCACCGGCUACUGGCUAGAACGUAAGGAGACAACAGGUAAACGCUGGACACGUGUCACCCGUGACCCAAUCCGUCCCAUGGGCAUGGGCGAGUCUUUCGUAGUGAGUGGACUCAUCGAGGGCUCUCAGUACCUGUUCAGAGUCUCCGCCAUCAAUGCCGCUGGACCUGGACUUUCAAGCCCUCCCACAGACCCCAUCUUUGCCAGAGACCCCAUCUCUCCACCCUCUCCCCCAACCCCGAAGGUUUCUGACUGGACAAAGUCUACAGUGGACCUGGAAUGGAUCCCUCCUCUGAAGGAUGGAGGCUCCAAGAUCAUCGGCUACUGGGUGGAGUACAAGGAGGAAGGCACAGAGGCCUGGGUCAAGGCCAAGGAGAUUGAAAUCCGUGGCACCCGGUUUGUAAUCACUGGUCUGAAGACUGGUGGUAAGUACAAGUUCAGAGUGACUGCCUUCAAUUCUGCUGGUAACGGCGAGCCAGGAGAAGUCCCAGAGGUGCUGGAGGUCAAUGACAGAAUCAUUGCUCCUGAAGUCGACCUGGAUGCUUCAGUAAAGGAGAGGAUGGUGGUCCAUGCUGGUGGUGUGAUUCGUAUCAUCGCCUACGUGUCGGGCCAGCCAGCCCCAGAGAUCACCUGGGGCAGAGACGGAGCUGCACUGCCUCCUGAGGCUAAAGUAGAGACCACAGCCAUCAGUUCAUCACUGGUCAUUAAACCCUGCAUCAGGAGGCACCUCGGCGUCUACACGCUGACUGCCAAAAACACUGGAGGAGAGAAGAAGAAGACAAUCACUGUGGAAGUUCUGGAUGUUCCUGGGCCCAUUGGCAUCCCCUUCACCACUGAGAACCUGAGCAUCGACUCCUGCAAGCUCAACUGGUUCUUCCCUGAAAAUGACGGUGGUUCUCCCAUCAGCAACUACGUCAUCGAGAAACGUGAGGCUGAGCGUAAGGCCUGGACCUCUGUGUCCUUCACCGCCAGCAGGCAGAAUGCCGUGGCUCAGGGACUCACUACUGGAAAGUCCUACUUCUUCAGAGUAGCCGCAGUGAACGCUAUCGGCAUUGGACCUUUUGUUGCGACCGCAGCAGAGGUUAUCAUCAGGGAACCAAUGAGUGUACCUGAGCGCCCUGAGGAGCUUGAGAUCACAAAGGUCACCAAGGAUUUGAUCAGCAUCACCUGGAAGGCGCCCAAGUCUGACGGCGGUUCUGAGAUCACCAGUUACAUCCUGGAGGCACGUAUGAUUGGCAAAGACAAGUAUACCAGAUUGACAAAGGAGAAGCUCAUGGAGAGGAAGUACACCUUUGAUGGCCUGAGGGAGGGUGACACCUACGAGUUCAGGGUCAUUGCUGUCAAUGAGGUCGGCCCCGGCAAGCCGUCAUUCUCCACCAAGCCAAUCACCUGCAAGGACGAACUGGAACCACCAACCAUCGAGCUGGACUUCCGUGAUAAGAUCAUCAUUCGUGUGGGUGAAAGCUGCCUGCUGCAGGGCCGCUACACCGGCAAACCUUCUCCAUCCAUCUCAUGGUACCGUGACGACGACGAGCUAAAGGCCGACAAACACAUUAUGUUCAAGAACACGCUGACCACCAUGUCGCUUGGCCUCAUUAAGGCAGAGCGUGAGCACAGCGGCAAAUAUAUAGUGGUGGUAGAGAACAGUACCGGAUCCAGGAAGGGAGUUUGCAACAUCACAGUUGUCGACCGUCCGACUCCUCCCGUUGGCCCAGUGGUCUUUGAGGAGGUACACAGGGAGUACAUGGUUAUCUCUUGGGCACCUCCUCUGGACAGCGGUGGUGUUGAUGUCUCCAAUUACAUCAUCGAGAUGAGAGACGUCAACAGAGACACAUGGACCACAGUUACAUCUGCCAACACCAAGACCACAUGCAAGAUUCCAAAGCUGACAGAGGGCAGAGAGUACAUCAUGAGGGUCUCUGCUGAGAACAUGUACGGCAUCAGCGACCCUCUGGAGUCGGAGGAGAUGAGAGCCAAAGAUCUGUUCAGAGUGCCCGAGGCCCCUGAGAUGCCAACGGUCAGAGAGGUUUACGCCACCAAUGCUCUGGUUCUGUGGAACCGGCCUCGUGAUGGUGGAAAGCCCAUCACCAACUACAUCCUGGAAAAGAAGGAGCCCUCAGCCAAGAGGUGGUCCAGAGCCACCAGAGACCCGCUGUACCCAGCCACUCAGUACAGAGUCCAGGACUUGGUGGAGGGCUGUGAAUACGAGUUCAGGGUGAUGGCUGAGAACGAGCUGGGAACUGGAGACCCUAGUGUGCCCUCCAAACCCAUCCUUGCCAAAGAUCCCAUCGUCCGUCCCAGCCCUCCAGUGACCCCCGAGGCUUACGAUAAGACAAAGGACUCAGUCAGCCUGAGGUGGAAGAUGCCCCGCCACGAUGGAAAAGGCAGAAUCUUUGGUUACCUUGUUGAGUACCAGAAGCCCGGUGCUGUGGAGUGGACUCCAGCCAAUGAGACUCCUGAGCAGUGUCCCGACCUUCACUACGUGGUGACAGGCCUGAACGACGGACAAGAGUACGACUUCAGGAUCUUCACUGUGAAUGCUGCCGGCAAAUCUGACCCAGCCCGUGUCAAACAGUCCAUCAAAGUCCACGACAGACUGGAGGAGCCAGAGCUACUGCUGGACGCCAACAUGGCACGUGACCACCUGGCCAUGCUCGGCACUGACAUCACCCUUAGUGCCGCCAUUAAGGGUGUACCGACACCCACCGUCAGCUGGAAAAAGAAUGAUGGUGACAUGCCUUCUCAUAUCACUGUCGCUGUCACCGCCACCGGCAGCAAAGUCUUCAUCCCUAAGUCAGUGCGUCUGGACUCUGGAAACUACACCAUCACUGCGGAGAAUGCUGCUGGAAAGAAGUCAGCAACUGUUGCUGUGCUUGUGUUGAACAAGCCUACUCCUCCCAGGGACCUGACGAUUUCCGAGAUCACCAGCGAGUCUGCCUACCUGCAAUGGAAGGCUCCAGAAGACAACGGUGGUGCCGUCAUCUCCCACUAUGUUGUGGAGAAGAAGGAUGUGGCUGCUGAGCAGUGGGUGCCCGUCUCUGCAGCCAAUAAGAAGCUUAGUCUGAUGGCCAUGUACCUAAUGGAAGGAAUCCAGUACAUGUUCAGAGUGGCUGCUGAGAACCAGUUUGGCAGGAGCAACUAUGUGACGACCAAAACACCCAUCAAGGCUGUCGACCCUCUGUAUCCUCCUGGCCCACCAAAAAACCUGCACCACACUGAUGCAGAAAAGACAGAGGUGUGGCUGGCAUGGGAAUGGCCCGACCGCACAGGCGGAAGUGAAAUCACUGGCUUCAUCGUGGAGCACCAGGAAGAGGGCCAGACUGACUGGGUAACCUUCAAGACGGUCAGCGACAACUACGCUCACGUUACCGGUCUUGUGGAGGGCAAGACUUACCGUUUCAGGGUCAAGGCCCAAAACGCCAUUGGUAUUAGCCGUCCUGACACCAGUGUCCCUGUCACCUGCCAAGAGAAGACAUUGCCACCAACCAUUGAAGUUGAUGUGAAGCUCAUUGAGGGUCUUAUUCUCAAAGCUGGAGGUACUAUCGUCCUUCCAGCUAAGAUGACAGGCAUCCCUGAUCCUACUGCUAAAUGGAUGACUGAUGGAAAGGAGAUUGCAUCUGAGGGCCGCUAUCACAUUGAGUCUGCUGGAUCUUCCACUGUCCUUAGCAUCCCUGAGUGCAAGAGAGAAGACACUGGAGAGUAUGGCCUCACUGUGACCAAUCCUGUAGGUAGCAAGACUGUGGCCCUGCAUGUUACUGUACUGGAUCUUCCAGGUCCACCCAUUGGACCUGUCAACAUCUUGGAGGUCACCCCUGAUUAUAUGAUGAUCCAAUGGAGGGCGCCCAAGGAUGACGGUGGCACACCUGUCACCAACUAUGUGGUAGAAAAGAAGGAUGUGAAGAAGCCAUGGGAGCCCUGGUCUGUUGUUAGCUCCAGCGGCACAAGCACCAAGGCAAAGGUGCCCAGGCUGGAGCAGGGUCGUGAGUACAUCGUCCGUGUCCGUGCAGAGAACAAGAUUGGUAUUGGUGCAGGGCUUGAGAGUCCUCCCACUAUUGCCAAGCACAUGUUUAACCCCCCUGGUCCACCAGGCCCACCAGAGUGCUCUGAUAUCACAGAGAAUGCUGUUACAGUGUCAUGGGCCCUGCCUGACUAUGAUGGAGGCAGCCCCAUUAGUGGCUACGUGGUUGAACGCAGAGAAUUGACAGGAAAGUGGAUCCGUGUCAACAAAACUCCUGUGCUGGACCUCAGAUACAGAGUUUCAGGCCUGUUUGAGGGCAACAGCUAUGAGUUCAGAGUGUUUGCUGAGAACAUUGCUGGAAUCAGUGAACCUUCACUCAACUCUGACCCUAUCAAAGCAACACGUGCCAUCACCAAACCCGGACCCCCUGGAAAUCUUAAGCUGAAGGACUGGAGCAAGUCCUAUGCUGACAUCUGCUGGACGAAGCCAACAAGAGAUGGAGGCAGUCCCAUCCUGGGCUAUGUGGUUGAGGCUCAAAAGUCAGGAACCGCCAAGUGGGACAGAAUCAACAAGGAUCUCAUCAAAAUGUGUGCCUACAGAGUGCCAGGCCUCUUUGAAGGAAUGGAGUACAGAUUCCGCAUCAGAGCCACCAACAAGGUUGGAGACAGUGAACCUAGGGAGCUGGCUGAAACUGUCAUAGCAAAGGACAUUCUUGUGCCCCCUGAGGUUGUUGUUGAUGUGUCUUGCCGUGACUCUCUGACGGUCAGGGCAGGCCAGAUCAUAAGUUUAAUUACCAGGGUGAAGGGUAGACCAGACCCAGAGAUCACAUGGACCAAAGAUGCCAGAGCCUUAACUAGAGACAAGCGCACUGAGUUUAACAACAACUAUCCUCUGUGUGAAUUUGUCAUCAAUGAUGCAGUCAGGUCAGACUAUGGUAAAUAUGCCAUUGUUGCUAAGAACAGCAGUGGACAAGCACAGGCCACCAUUAUUGUCAAUGUUCUGGACACUCCAGGAGCUUGCCAGAACCUGAAAGUAGCAUACGUGACCAAGAAAUCCUGCAUGGUGUCCUGGGAGAAUCCUGAGGACAACGGAGGCACUGAGAUCACUCAGUACAUUAUUGAGUGCCGUCAGCCUAGCCAGAGAGGAUGGACGGUGGUCUCCAAUGACUGCACCAAGCGCCUGAUAAAAGCCCCUCUGACUGAGGGCUGUGAGUACUUCUUCCGUGUCAGUGCGGAGAACAAGAUUGGUGCUGGUCCACCCACUGAGAGCAAGACACCUGUGCUGGCAGUUGAUCCCGUUGAGAAGCCUGGUGAGCCUAUUGACUUUCACAUUUCUGAGAUCGGCAAGACCUUCUGCUUCCUUAAGUGGAAGAAGCCAGAUUAUGACGGUGGUAGCCGUAACCUGGGUUAUCAUGUUGAGAAGAAACCAAAGGACGGUGAGGAGUGGGAGAGGCUUCACAAGGGUGCCAUCAAGGAGACUUACUUCAUGGCUGACAGGUGCAUUGAAAACCAGAUCUACCAGUUCAGAGUUCAGACUAAGAAUGAGGGAGGUGAGAGCAACUGGGUGACCACACCUGAAGUACUGGUUAAGGAACAGCUUGUGGAACCUGAAAUCAAGAUUAAACUGGAUGGAACACUCGUGGUCAAGGCAGGAGACUCAAUUCCUAUUGAGGCAACCGUGAAGGGAAAACCCCAGCCAAAUGUCAAAUGGACCAAAGAUGAGAGCACAGAAGAGAUCAAGAAGAGCCCUAGACUUCAGAUUGAAAGUGGUGCUGACUUCUCAAAGCUUCUGCUUACAGGUGCCAAGCGUACCGACAGUGGCAAAUAUGUUGUUACUGCCUCCAACGGUGCAGGAACCUGCUCUGCUCAUGCUAAGGUCAAUGUCCUGGAUAGACCUGGCCCCAUCAGGGAUCUCAAGGUGUCUGGUGUCACCAUCGACAGGUGCAAUCUGGCCUGGGAAAUCCCAGAGGAUGAUGGUGGCUGCGAUAUAUACAACUACAUUAUUGAGAAAUGUGAGACUAAGAGGGGAGUCUGGUCAGUCCACUCCAAUGCUGUCAUCACCAAUAAAGCUAAAGUUACUCGUCUUAUUGAGGGCAAUGAGUAUAUCUUCAGAGUUCGUGCUGAGAAUAAGAUGGGCCCUGGCCCUGCAGUCCAGAGUGAGGCCGUUGUUGCUGGCACCCAGUUCAGUGUACCUGAUGCUCCUGAGGCACCACAGGUCACCAAGAUUUCCAAAGAAGAGAUGACUGUGGAGUGGUCAGAACCAGAGAAAGAUGGCGGAAAGCCAAUCACAGGUUAUCUGUUGGAGAAGAUUGAAGAGCACGGCAUUAGGUGGUCUCCUGUCAACAAAGAUCCAAUCCCUGGAACUCGUCUCACCGUCACUGGACUCCUGCCCCUCCAUGACUACCAGUACAGAGUAAAGGCUGUCAAUGAAAUUGGCAUCAGCAACCCAAGCAAGGCUUCCCGUGCAAUCACUGCCAAGGACACAGUCGAGCCUCCUGCACCUCCUACCAACUUGAAGGUCCUGGAUAGCAGCAAGUCCACAGUCACCCUCGGCUGGGUCAAGCCUGUAUCAGAUGGUGGAGCUCCCAUCAUUGGCUAUGUGGUGGAGAUGAGGGCACAGGGAAGCGCCAAGAAAGGAGACGAUGGUUGGAAGAGGUGCAAUGUGGCAGCUCAGCUGGUCGUGUGCGAAUUCACAGUCACAAGUCUGGAUGAGAAGCUUGUGUAUGAAUUCAGAGUGUCAGCUCAGAACCAAGUGGGCAUGAGCCUGCCAUGUGACCUGGAGGGUGCUGUCAUACCCAGGGAGAUUCUAGAGGCACCAGAGAUCGACAUGGAUGCCAACCUGAAGCAGGGAUUAACAGUGAGAGCUGGUUGUCCCAUCAGACUGUGUGCCACCAUCAGAGGUAGACCACCUCCUACAGUCACUUGGAGGAGGAUGGGCAUCGACAAUGUGGUCAGAAAGGGAAAAGUCGACAUCAUUGACACCAUGACGUUCCUGGUCAUCCCUGAUAGCACCCGUGACGACUCUGGCAAAUACUGCCUGACUCUGAAGAGUGCUGCUGGGGAGAAGGCUGUGUUCGUCAAUGUUAAGGUUCUGGACACUCCGGGACCUGUGAUGAAUCUCGAGGCUACCGACAUCAAACAAACAUCAGCCAUGCUGUCCUGGAGUCCUCCAGAUGUUGAUGGUGGCAGUGAGGUCACACACUACAUUGUUGAGAAGCGCGAGAUUGACCGCAAGACUUGGGCAACUGUGAAGGGCCAAGUUGAGAAGGAUAAGAUUCCCUUCAAAGUCACUGGACUGAUGCCAGGCACUGACUACUACUUCAGAGUCACAGCUGUCAAUGAGUAUGGCUCUGGAGUUCCCAGAGUGUCACCCACUUCCUACCUGGCCUCUGAUCCUGUCAGCAAGCCAGAUCCUUGCGAGAAGAUUGAGGUUCUGGAGAUCACCAAGAACAAUUGCACAGUCGGCUGGGUGAAACCAGCAAGGGAUGGUGGUGCCAAGAUCGAUGGUUACGUGAUUGAAUACAUUGAGGUCAAACCUCCUCCAGAGCCUCCAGCACCUGUGGAGGUUCCAGAGGGAGAGGAGGCUCCUCCACCACCACCUCCACCUCCAGUGGUAGAGGAUGAAGAGGAAGCAGAACCUGAAAAAGAAGUCUGGAACGCCUACACUACUGUGAAAGGUUUAUCAGUCAGCAUCAGUGGCCUGAAGGAGGGCAAGAAGUACAAGUUCAGAGUCGCUGCUAAGAACAUUAUGGGCAUGAGCAUGUUCACUGAGACCCGACAGCCGAUCGAGAUUAAGGAACAGAUGUUAGAGCCAAAGAUUGUCAUGCCUGAGACAGUCGGUGCCAGAGCCGGUGCCAAGCUCAGAGUGGAAGCCCUGGUUUCUGGAAAACCUGCCCCAACCUGCAAGUGGAUGCGUGGUGAGAAAGCGGUGGUCCCAUCCAGCCGUCUAGCCGUGCACCAGUCUGGCAACAUGUGUGUCCUGAUUAUCAAGGAUGUGUCAAGGACUGACAGUGGAGAGUACAGCCUGGUGGCUGAAAACAGUUCUGCAAAGGUGGUCCAGUCCCUGAAAGUUGUCAUCAGAGACAUCCCUGGUCCGCCCGAGGGCCCUGUGGAGAUCAGUGACAUUGAUGCUGAUGCUUGCUCCCUGUCCUGGAACAAACCUCUGGAGGAUGGAGGCAGCAACAUCACUAACUACAUCGUGGAAAAAUGCGAUGUGAGUCGAGGUGACUGGAUGACGGCUGCGUCUUCCGGCUUGAAGACAAGUUGCAGACUUGGAAAGCUCAUCCCCGGGAAGGAGUAUGUGUUCCGUAUCCGUGCUGAGAACCGCUUUGGCGUGUCAGAUGCCAUUCAGUCUGACAGGAUGGUGGCCAAGUUCCCCUUUGAUGUUCCUAGUGAGCCCCUCAACUGCCGCAUCAACAAGACCAACAAGGACUGUAUGUUUGUGGCCUGGGAUAAGCCCGAGAGCGAUGGUGGCAGUCCCAUCACAGGUUAUUACAUAGAGCGUAAGGAGAGGAACAGCCUGCUGUGGGUGAAGGCCAAUGACACCGUUGUUCGCAACACCGAGUACCCAUGUGCCGGCCUCAUCGAGGGACUGGAGUACACCUUCAGAGUGUCCGCCAUGAACCGCGCUGGCCAGGGCAAACCAAGCAAGAAGACUGACUUUGUCACAGCCAGAACGCCUGUUGACACUCCAGGUAAACCCGAGGUCCUGGACAUCACCAAGAACUCUGUCUCUCUGUUGUGGGCCCGUCCCAAAAAUGAUGGUGGCAGCAAGAUCAUUGGAUACUAUGUUGAGGCCAUGCAGGUGCCGGGAGAUACCUGGAUACGCUGCAACACCAGCAGCCAGAAUGUCCCAAGGGAAGAGUAUACAGUGACUGGCCUGGAGAGAGACCUUCAGUACCAGUUCAGAGUCAUUGCCAAAACUGCUGUUAACCUGAGCAAGCCUUCAGAGCCAACAGAGCCUAUCCUGGUCUGUGCCGAGAAUGUUCCUCCGAGGGUGGAGCUUAACGCCAGGAUGCAGAAGGGUUUGAAGGUAAAGGCCGGAACUACAAUUCUCCUGGAGGCUGAGGUACUUGGUAAACCCAUGCCUAGAGUGACCUGGAAGAGAGGCGAUGAUAGCCUAAAGUCAGGUGAAGGUCAGGUCAUCACCCAGCAAAGGAAUCACUUCCAGCUGGAGAUGACAGAUGUCACCAAGGAGCACACAGGAACCUACACCAUCUUGGCUGAAAAUGCCAGCGGCUCCAAGACCGCCGAAAUCCAAGUCAUUGUUCUGGACGUGCCCGGCCCUCCUGCCAGUGCCAAAUACGUAGAGGUGUUCGCCACCAGUAUCAAGGUGUCCUGGGAGGCUCCUCUGAAGGACGGUGGUGCCCCCAUUAAGAACUACAUCGUAGACAAGCGUGAAACCAGCAGAGCCAACUGGGCCCAGGUCUCGGCCAAGAUCAAGGGUGACCUCCAUGAGCUCAACGUGGAGAAGCUGAUCGAGGGUCAUGAGUACCAGUUCAGAAUCCGUGCUGAGAACACAUGGGGAGUGGGAGAUCCCCUCACCACUUCCCCUGUCAUCGCCAAGAACCCAUUCACUGUGCCUGGACCUUGCGAGGCCCCAGUUAUCACCAAUGUGACUAAGGAUCAUAUGACUGUGAGCUGGAAGGAGCCAGCAGAUGAUGGAAAAUCCACCAUCCUGGGCUACAUGCUGGAAAAGAAAGAGACCAAGGAGAUCAGUUGGACCAAGAUGAACAGGAAGCCCAUCACAGAGAGGAGCCUGGAUGUGACAGGCCUCACAGAGGGAAUCGAGUAUGAGUUCAGAGUCAGUGCCAUCAACAUGGCAGGGGUUGGCAAACCAAGUGAGCCCUCUGCUGGCACCACAGCACAGAAUCCCAUCACUCCUCCUGGCCCCGUGGUGAAUCCCAGUGUGAGAGACACCACCCACAGCACCAUCAGCCUCACCUGGACAGCUCCCGCCAAUGAUGGUGGAAGCCCCAUUAUUGGAUACUUAGUGGAGUGCAAGAGGACUGACACCACUGACUGGAUCCGCUGCAAUGUCCCCAGGAACCUCCAGGAGACCAGCUACAUCAUUCAGAACCUCAUCGACAAGUCAGAGUACCAGUGCCGCAUUACUGCUGUCAACAAAGUUGGCUUUGGAGAGGCAGUUGAAGUACCUGGCAAGCAUGUUGCCAAGGACAUUAUUGUUCCUCCUGAGGCAGAGCUGAGUGCAGAGCUGAAGGAAGUUCUGGAGCUGAACGCUGGUGCCACCAUGAGGCUGAAGGCCACCAUCAAGGGCCGUCCUAUUCCCAAAGUCACAUGGGCAAAGAUGAACACCAACAUCAAGGACCGCCAGGGCAUUGUCAUUAAAUCCACCAACACAGACACCAUGGUGAUGGUGGAGAAGGUCAACAGAUAUGAUGCUGGCAAAUACAUUCUGAGUCUGGACAGCUUGGCCGGCAUGAAGAUGUACACCAUCGUUGUCAAGGUCUUUGAUACCCCCGGACCACCAGUCAACCUAAUGGUGAAGGAAACAUCCAAGGACGCUGCUUCCAUCUACUGGGACGCUCCCCUGAUUAAUGGUGGCUAUGAAAUCACCCACUACAUUGUGGAGAAGCGUGACACUGAGAGGAAGGCCUGGUCUAUUGUCUCCAACAAUUGCACCAAGACAUUAUUCGAUGUGCCAGACCUGGAUGCUGGACGGUCUUACUGCUUCAGAGUGUCCGCCGUUAACCAGCUUGGUUCUGGAGAGUGUUGUGAAACAGCUGACUCAGUCAGAGCAUCUGAGGAGCCUGGGCCUGUCAUGGAUUUCAAGACCCUGCUGGUUACCAAGGACUCUUGCACUCUUAGCUGGAAGAAGCCCCUCACCGAUGGUGGAAGCCGCAUCAUCUGCUACGUGCUGGAGGUUCUCAAUGGUGACGACAAGUACAAGGAGUUGAUGAGAUCUAAAAACAUGCAGUACAGUGCUAAGGACCUGGUGGAGGACAAAGAGUACACCUACAGAGUCAAGGCUGUGAAUGACACAGGAGAGAGCUCUGCCAAGGAGCUCAAGUUUGUUGCUAAGGACCAGAUCAUUCCUCCCAGCUGUGACUUGAGGGAGCUGCCUAACAUGUGCUACAUUGCUAAGGAGGGUAGCACCGUCCGUCUGAAGAUCCCGAUUAUUGGCAAACCUACACCCAAGGUCUCCUGGAAGAAGGGAGAUGAUGAAGACCUGACAGACACAGGCAGAGUGUGUGUAGAGUCCUCUCCAGUCACCACCACCCUCCUGAUCAGGGACUGCCAGAGGAGUGAUGCCUCCAAAUACACCAUAACACUGAGGAACAGUGCUGCAACCAAGGAGUCCACCAUUUUCAUCAGGGUGGUGGGUAAACCUGGCCUCCCUGUUGGACCCGUUAAGUUCAAAGAUGUCACUGCAGAUGGUGCCACGCUGAAGUGGGGUGCUCCUAAGGAUGAUGGCGGCUCAGAGAUCACAAACUAUAUCCUGGAAAAGAGAGACUUUGUCACCAACAUGUGGGUGACUGUAUCCUCCACUGUGGAGACCAACUCCAUGAGGGUAACUGGUCUCCAUGAGGGCACAGAGUAUAUCUUCAGAGUCUGUGCUGAGAACAAGUACGGUGUUGGAGAAGGACUUAAGUCUGAUCCUAUUGUUGCUAAACAUCCAUUCAACGUUCCUGAUGCUCCUCCUCCACCUGAGCUCAUGAGCAUGCGCCACGACUCUGCUUAUUUGGCCUGGUGUGACCCCAGGAAGACUGGAGGAUCUCCCAUCACAGGCUAUCAUGUUGAGUUCAAAGAGAGAAACAGUAUGUUGUGGAAGAGGGCAAGCCCGACCGCCUUGAGGAUGAAGGAACACAAGGUCACUGGGCUGACUGAAGGUCUGGAGUAUGAGUUCAGAGUUAUGGCAAUCAACCUGGCAGGCAUUGGCAGACCAAGCGCUCCCACCAGUCCACAAGUGGCUCUCGAUCCCAUUGAUGCUCCUGGUAAACCUGAUGUGAUCAGCAUCACCAGAAGCACCGUAACUCUCCAGUGGACCGAGCCACAGUUCGAUGGUGGCCACAGACUUACAGGCUACAUUGUUGAGAAGAGGGACCUGCCUUCUAAGAUCUGGGUGAAGGCCAACAAUGUGAAUGUUGUGGAGCCUGCAUUCACUGUAACCGAUCUACAGGAGGGCUGCAAAUACGAGUUCAGAAUCAGGGCAAAGAAUGCCGCUGGUGCUCUCAGCCCGCCCUCUGAACAGACAGACACCAUUAUCUGUAGAGAUGAAUAUGCUGCCCCAACCAUUAUCAUUGAUGCUCAGGUUAAGGAGGGUCUGACUGUCCGAGCUGGUGAUACUAUUGCCAUCACGGCAACAAGCAUUUUAGGAAAACCUGCACCAACCUCAUGCUGGUCAAAGGGAGGAAAGUAUUUCAAACCCUCUGAUCUGGUUCAUAUUGAGACCACUGCAAGCUCCUCUACUCUUUCCCUCAAGUAUGCUAGCAGGAAUGACACUGGGGAGUACAUCAUUACUGCCAGUAACCCCUUCGGUGUGAAGGAAGAAUCUGUCAAGGUCACCGUUCUGGAUGUUCCUGGUUCUCCUGGACCUAUUGAAUGCAGUGGUGUCUCCUCUGAAAAGGUCACUCUUACAUGGACAGCUCCUACUGAGGACGGAGGCUCUCCUAUUAAGUAUUACACCCUGGAGAAGAGAGAGACCAGCCGCCUGCUCUGGACUGUGCUGGAAGAGAAUGUCAUUGACUGUCACUAUGUGGCCAACAAGCUCAUCCAGGGAAAUGAGUACUUCUUCAGAGUCUCCGCUGUUAACCAAUAUGGUGCUAGUGAGCCAUCUCACUCUGAGGCUGUCAAGAUGGUUGACAGAUUCGGUCCUCCUGGUCCACCAUCUAGACCAGAGGUUGAGAAAGUUGAUGGACACUCAGCCACUGUGACCUGGAGGAGACCAGCUGAGGAUGGAGGAAGUGACAUCAUUGGUUACUGUGUUGAGAAGAAGGAGAAAAAGGGUAUGAGGUGGGUUAGGGCAUCCAAGAAAUCCAUUGCUGAGCUCAGCUAUGAAGUUACCGGUCUCACAGAGGGCAUCGAGUACGAGUUCCGUGUUCUUGCUGAGAACAAGGCUGGUUUUGGAGAGCCAAGUGAGCCAUCCAUGCCUGUCAGAACAAUAGUUGCUGCAUAUGUACCAGGACCUCCAGUCAAUCCAAGAGUCACAGACACAACCAAGACCACUGCCACCGUAAACUGGGGAAAGCCUCUUGAUAAUGGCGGACUUGAAGUUACUGGAUAUGUUGUUGAGCACAAGAAAGAAGGGACAGAAGAUUGGGUCAAGGACACACCUUCAUCUCCUCUCAGGAUCACAGAGUUUGUUGUUCCUGGCCUGGAAACUGGUGCCAAAUAUCAUUUCAGAAUUAGUGCUGUUAAUGCCAAGGGGGCAGGUGAACCUGCUGAAACUCAGGAACUGGUGGAGAUUGUGGAGAGAGCAGCUGAACCUGAUUUUGAGCUGGAUGUUGAGCUGAGAAGAACCCUUGUUGUCAGGGCUGGCUGCUCCAUUCGCCUCUUUGUGCCAAUCAAGGGACGUCCCACACCUACAGUUACUUGGACCAAGGAGGGCGGUCCUAUCCCACGUGCAGUCAUCGACAGCACAGAGUCAUUUACAAUGCUGAUCAUUCCUGAGAGUUCAAGAAUUGAUGCAGGCAAAUAUGAGCUUACCAUCGAAAACUCUUCUGGAAAGAAGACUGCCCCUAUACAUGUGAGAGUUUUGGAUUCACCUGGACCUCCACUUAACCUAAAACCAGUCAAAAUUGACAAGGAAAGCAUUUCUCUACAAUGGGAGAUGCCUCUCAUCGAUGGUGGAGCCAAGAUCACAAACUACAUCAUUGAGAAGAGGGAAUCAACACGCAAAGCUUUUGCUACUGUGGUCACAAAAUGUCCAACUACUUCAGUCAGGAUUGGUGAUCUGGGUGAAGGCUGUGAGUACUACUUCAGAGUGUGUGCUGAGAACGAGUAUGGAAUUGGUGAGCCGGUUGAAACUGCUGAUCCAAUCCGGGCAUCCCAGGCACCAACUCCUCCAGAAAGUAUUAUUCCUACUGAUAUCACCAAGAACUCUGUGAGCCUGGCCUGGACCAAACCCAAACAUGAUGGUGGAAGCAGAAUUACAGGAUACGUUCUUGAAGCCCAGAAGAAGGGAACUGAUCAGUGGGCACAUGUAACAACAGUGAAGAACAUGGACUUCACAGUGAAAAAUCUCAAUGAGAAUGAGGAGUACAUUUUCCAUGUAAUGGCUGUCAACCUCUCAGGUAGAAGCGCUCCACGUGAGAGCAAACCAAUCGUUAUCAAGGAUUCUGCAUCCCUGCCUGAGUUUGACCUUCGUGGUGUGUGUCAGAAGACUGUCAUUGCCAAGGCAGGAGACGACAUCAAGGUGGAAAUUCCUGUUAUGGGACGUCCUAGACCAACUGUCUCUUGGCAAAAGGGUGGCGCAGCCCUAAAGCUCACACAGAAAUGCAAUGUGGAAACUACUGCUGCUACUGUUAUCCUCAGCAUCAGUGAAUGCACCAGAGCCGACAGUGGUGUAUACACCAUGACAGGAAAGAACAUUGUUGGUUCCGUGACAGACAACAUCAUUGUCAAAGUACAUGAUGUACCUGGGCCACCCAAGGGACCAAUUAAGAUAGUGGAGAUAUCUCGUACCUAUUGCGUCUUUGCAUGGGACACACCUGAGAAUGAUGGAGGUGUUCCAAUCAACAACUAUGUAGUUGAGAUCAGAGACACCACUUCCCAAACAUGGACAGAGCUAUCUUCUACUGUCAUUCGUACCAUGUUCAAAGCCAUUCGUUUAACCACUGGAUCCGAAUAUCAGUUCAGAGUAAAAGCUAAGAACAGAUAUGGUGCUGGACCAUCCAUCACCUCAGAGUCAGUAGUGGCCGCCUAUCCAUUCAAAGUCCCUGGACCUCCCGGUACUCCUGGUGUUGUUGCAUUUACAAAGGACUCAAUAACCAUUGGCUGGAAUGAACCUGUGUCUGAUGGUGGAAAUGAAGUCAUUGGUUAUCAUGUUGAGAGGAAAGAAAGAAGUGGCAUUGUGUGGCACAUGAUAAGCAAAGGUCUUGUGAAAGGAAACAUCUUUAAAUCCAGCGGUCUUGAAGAUGGAACUGCCUAUGAGUUCCGUGUCAUGGCUGAAAACAUGGCUGGAGUUGGUAAGCCCAGCAAGGCCUCAGAAGCAAUCCUGGCCUUGGACCCUGUAGAUCCACCAGGUCAACCUGUGCCAAUAUUUGUCAACAAGAAUGUUAUCACUAUUCAGUGGACAAAGCCUGAGUAUGAUGGUGGCUUCAAAAUCACCGGCUACACAGUGGAGAAGAGAGAACUGCCUGCUGGUCGCUGGAUGAGAGCUAACUUCACCAACAUCAUUGAGACGACAUUCACUGUCAGUGGACUGACUCAAGAUAUGUCAUAUGAGUUCCGUGUCAUCGCCAGAAACUCAGCAGGUGCAGUGAGUUUGGCCUCUGAGCCCUCAGAUCCAAUUAUAUGCAAAGAUGACAUUAUCGAGCCACGCAUUAUGGUUGAUGCCAUCUUUAAGGAUGUGGUGCUACUGAAGGCAGGUGAGUCCUUCAAACUUGAUGCUGACAUCGCUGGUCAACCAACUCCAUCUAUGGUUUGGACCAAGAAUGGAAAGGAGGUUGAGAACACAAUGAAGCUCGAUGUGAAAUUCACAGAACUGGCAACCAUUUUGACCAACAAGGACUCUAUCAGAUCAGAUGGUGGAGAAUUUGUUUUGACUGCCACUAACGUUGGUGGAUUUGCUAAGCACAUAUUUAACGUUAAAGUGCUUGACAGACCUGGACCACCAGUUGGACCUCUUCAGGUGUCUAAUGUCACAGCUGAUAACUGUGUACUCACCUGGGCUCCACCUGCAGAUGAUGGUGGUGCCAAGAUUGAAGGAUAUGUGGUCGAGAAGCGUGAGUCCAGCAGACUGGUCUGGACCAAUGUGGUUUCAGACCUGCAAGUUACACAACAAAAGGUGACCAAGCUGCUGAAGGGAAAUGAAUACAUCUUCCGAGUUAUGGCAGUGAACAAAUAUGGUGUUGGCGAAUCUCUCGAUUCUCAACCCACUAUUGCAGAUAACCCAUAUGUGGUUCCAGAUCCUCCAGAGAGUCCUGAGGUAACAGCUAUCACUAAAGAUUCAAUGAUUCUUAUGUGGCAAGCACCAAAGAGUGAUGGUGGAGCUCCCAUCACUAACUACAAUAUUGAAAGGAAAGACAGAAUAGGCCUCCGCUGGGUCAAAUGCAACAAGAGGAAGGUGAAGGAUCUACAGUUCAAGGCAGCAGGUCUUGUUGUUGGACAUGAAUAUGAAUUUAGAGUAAUUGCUGAGAAUGCUGCUGGACUGAGUGCACCAAGUGUCACCAGUCCAUUCUACAAGGCCACUGAUGCACUGUACAAGCCAGGGUCUCCAUGCAACCCCAGAAUCUUGGACACAACCAAGUCCUCAAUUACUGUUGCCUGGAACAAACCUGUAUAUGAUGGCGGCUCUGACAUCACUGGCUACAUUGUUGAGACCUGCAUCCCAUCUGAAAAGGCAGAAGAGGAGGAAUGGACCAUUGUGACACCCAAAGGGGGUCUCCUUGCUACCUCAUUCACUAUCAUUAACUUGAAGGAGAACCAGGAGUACAAGAUUAACAUCUCUGCUGUCAACAAUGAAGGCGUUGGAGAGGCAGCAUCGGUACCUGGCAAUCCCAAGGCAGAGGACAGACUCCUCCCUCCUGAGUUGGAUUUGGAUGCUGAGCUCCGCAAGGUUGUCAGUCUUAGAGCCUGCUGCUCACUUAGACUGUUUGUGCCUAUCAGAGGCAGACCAUCUCCUCAGGCUAAAUGGACCAAAGGAGAUGGUGAGCCUGUUGAGAGGGCAACUAUUGACACCACAUCAUCAUACACGUUACUUGUAAUUGAAAAUGUCAACAGAUUUGACAGUGGAAAGUAUAAUCUUACAGUUGAAAACAGCUCUGGUUCCAAGACAGCUACAGUCCAAGUCAGGGUGCUUGAUACACCAAGUGCCCCAACAAAUCUGAAGAUUACUGCUGUAACAAAUGAAGCUGUGACUCUGACCUGGGAGCCACCAGUGAAUGAUGGAGGAGUGAAGGUUAAGAACUAUAUUGUUGAAAAACGUGAGUCCACAAGGAAAGCAUAUGCCACAGUCAAUGCUAACUGCCACCACACCACCUUCACAGUUGACCAACUCCUGGAAGGAUGCAACUAUUACUUCAGAGUUUUGGCUGAGAAUGAAUAUGGCAUCGGUCUACCCAUUGAGACUGGCGAAUCAGUCAAAGUGUCUGAGAAACCACAGCCACCUGGCAAAAUCACUCUUAAAGAUGUUACUAAGUCCAGUGUCACCCUUACCUGGGAGAAGCCAGAGCAUGAUGGUGGCAGCAGAGUGGGCUGCUAUGUUGUUGAAAUCCAGCCUAAGGGUAGUGAUAAGUGGACCCAGGCUGUGAUUGUAAAGGAACCAGAAGCUACUAUUAGUGGACUCAAUGCAGGUGAAGAAUACAUGUUCCGCGUAGCAGCAAGAAAUGAAAAGGGAACAAGCGACCCACGUCAAAUCGGUGUGCCUGUCAUUGUAAAAGAUCUUGUGAUUGCACCCGUUGCCAAAAUGUUGUUCAACACAUUCAGUGUGUUGGCAGGAGAAGACCUCACAGUGGCCAUUCCAUAUGUUGGACGUCCAAAAGCAGCUGUCUCCUGGAUUAAAGAUGGUCAGCCUCUGAAGAGAACCAGCAGAGUAAACUUUGACUCCACAGAGACAAUGCUGAAUCUCAACAUAAAAGAGGCUACUAAAGAUGAUGUUGGACAGUACCGUAUUACUCUUAGCAACACAGCAGGAGGGACAACUGCAGAUGUUGGCGUUGUUGUUCUUGACAAACCAGGCCAACCUGGUGGUCCAGUUAAGGUGGAGGAGGUCACAUCUGACAGUAUAACAAUCUCUUGGAACCGACCAGAUUAUGAUGGUGGGUGCACCAUCAAAAACUACAUUGUUGAAAAGAGAGACACAUCCACAACUAACUGGAUGGUUGUAUCUUCUAACCUUGCAAGGACCAAAAUCAAGGCAGGCAGGUUGAAGACUGGCUCUGAAUAUCAGUUUAGAAUCACAGCAGAAAACAGAUAUGGAAAAGGCCCAGCUCUUCUAUCAGAGUGUAUUGUCGCUCAAUACCCAUACAAACUCCCAGGACCUCCAGGAACACCAUCCAUUGCAGCCUGCAGCAAGGACAGCAUGACAGUUGCCUGGAAUGAACCUGUGAUUGAUGGUGGAAGUGCUAUCUUGGGCUACCAUCUUGAACGCAAAGAGAGAAACAGCAUCUUGUGGGUAAAACUUAACAAGUCUCUUAUUACUGAACAAAUCUUCAAGACCACUGCUCUGGAACCAGGAAUGGAGUAUGAAUACAGAGUUUAUGCUGAAAACAUUGUUGGAAUAGGCAAAGUGAGUAAAGUGUCUGAGGGACGUGUUGCUAGAGAUCCUUGUGAUCCUCCUGGCACCCCGGAGGCAACAAAGAUCACUAAGGACUCAGUGGCUAUUGUUUGGACCAAGCCUGAGUAUGAUGGUGGUGCAAAGGUUACAGGCUACAUUGUGGAGAAGAAGGAGCUUCCUGAAGGUCGUUGGCUGAAGGCUAACUUCACUAACGUCAUUGAAACAGAAUAUGUUGCGACUGGACUUGUGCAAGACAAUCAGUAUGAGUUCCGCGUCAUUGCCAGAAAUGCAGCUGGGGUUUUCAGUCUUCCCUCUUUCAGCACUGGUCCUAUCACUGCCAAGGAUGAGAUUGAACCGCCACGCAUCAGCAUUGACCCAGAGUACACACAGACUAUUGUGGUUAAUGCUGGAGACAACUUCAAGAUUGAUGGAGAUGUUCAUGGCAAACCACUGCCCUCUAUCCACUGGAUGAAGGAAGGACAGGAACUUGGAAACACAAUUCAUAGAGAGAUUAAGAACACACCCACCAAAGCCUUUAUAUCUGUCAAGGAAGCAAAACUUUCUGAUGGAGGCCAAUACACUCUGCUGUUGAAAAAUCCAGGAGGAGAAAAGGCUGUACAGGUCAAUGUGGUUGUUCUAGAUAAACCUGGAGAACCACAGGGACCUCUUGUUGUUACAGGAAUAACCAAAGAGAGAUGCUGCCUUGCAUGGAAAGCACCACUACAAGAUGGUGGCAGCAAGAUCUCCCAUUAUGUUGUGGAGAGGAGAGAGACAAGCAGACUUGUCUGGACUGUUGUUGACCCAAAAGUUCAAAAUACUUGUAUAAAGGUUAAUAAGCUCCUGGAGGGAAAUGAGUACGUUUUCAGAGUCCAUGCUGUUAACCUUUUUGGAGCGGGCCCAGCAAUUGAGUCUGCUGCUGUCAUAAUUAAAGAUCCAUAUAUGCCACCUGGAACACCCAAGGCCUUGGAAGUUUCGGAUGUUAAAAAGGAUUCGAUGGUGCUCACCUGGGAGGCUCCUUCUGAAGAUGGAGGCAGUCCUAUCACUGGCUACAUAAUUGAGAAACAUGACAAAGAAGGUGUAAGAUGGAUCAGAUGCAAUAGGCAAAUAGUCACUAACUUGACUUUCAAGGUCACUGGUCUCAUGGAAAGCCAUAUCUACGAAUUCAGAGUUGUAGCUGAGAAUGCCGUUGGUGUUGGAGAGCCAAGCUCCCCAACUGUAUUCUACAAAGCCCUUGAUCCCAUCUUCAGGCCUGGCCCACCACACAAUCCAAGAGUUACUGACACAACAAAAUCAUCAGUAUUCUUGUCAUGGAGCAAACCCGCCUGUGAUGGGGGCAGUGAGAUUGAAGGGUACAUCGUUGAGUGCUGCACUACCACAGCAGUGCCAGCUGAGGCCCCUGCUGAAACCCCAACAGCCACAGAUGCACCUGCUGAGGAAUGGAUAAUGUGCACACCACCAACAGGAGUCAAAAAGACCAAGUUUGAAGUUGUAAACCUGAAGGAAAAUCAGGCUUACAAAUUUAGAGUAUGUGCUGUGAACAAAGUUGGAGUUGGUGAGCAUGCUGAUGUCUCUGGAGCUGUGGUUGCCCAGGACAAGGUAGAGGAGCCUGACCUUGACAUUGACCCAGAACUGAGAAAGAUUGUAACCAUCAAAGCUGGAGCAUCCCUUAGACUGUUUGUUCCCAUCAAAGGAAGGCCCAGUCCUAUCAUCAAGUGGGACAAAGAUGAAGCUCUCCUUAAAGAGACUGCUCAGGUCGAGGUGACCAGUAGUUACACAUCCCUUGUAAUUGACAAUAUGGGCAGGAAUGACAGUGGAAAAUACAAUCUCACUGCGGAGAACGCCAGUGGAACCAAAUCUGCAUUUGUUGUUGUGCGUGUUCUUGACACACCUAGUGCUCCUGUUAACCUGAAAGUGGCAGAGAUCACAAACCAGUCAGUGACCCUGGCAUGGGAACCACCUCUGUUGGAUGGUGGCUCCAAGAUCAAGAACUACGUUGUGGAAAAGAGAGAAAGCACACGCAAAACAUAUGCAGCUGUUGUAACAAACUGUCAUGCUCUUUCUUGGAAGAUUGAGUCACUCCAAGAGGGUUGCAGUUACUACUUCCGAGUGCUUGCUGAGAAUGCACAUGGCGUUGGUCUGCCUGCAGCAACUCUUGACCCUCUUAAGGUCUCAGAGGUGCCCCAGUCUCCAAAGAGCUUGAUUGUUACAGACCAAACUAAAACAAGCAUCUCUUUGGCCUGGGAGAAGCCUGAAUAUGAUGGUGGUAGCAGAGUCAUGCAGUACCUGGUUGAGAUGCAGCUUAAGGGCCAAGAUAAAUGGUCUGGUGUUAACACAUUUAAGACAAUGGAGACUAAGGUUUCCAAUCUGAACCCAGGAGAGGAGUAUCUGUUUAGAGUUACAGCAAUCAAUGAUAAGGGAAAGAGUGACCCCAAAGUCCUUGCUGGUCCAGUGAUGGCCAAGGACUUAGUCUUUGAACCAGAUGUUCGGCCAACAUUCAGCAAUUACAGUGUCCAUGUGGGUAAAGACUUGAACGUUGACAUUCCCAUCUUUGGACGUCCUAACCCAACAGUCUCAUGGGGUAAAGAUGGAGCUCCUUUGAAGUUCACUACCAGAGUUAACAUCCAAAACACACCAACACAUACAACACUGAGCAUUAAGGAGGCAGCAGGUGAUGAUGGUGGCAUGUACAGCAUAAAUGUUGCCAAUUCAGCUGGAAAGAAGGACACAACUGUUGAAAUCAUUGUACUUGACAAGCCAGGCCCUCCAUCCGGCCCUGUCAGGUUUGAUGAAAUCACAACACAGAGUGUCACUAUUUCAUGGAAUCCACCAAAACACAAUGGUGGCAGCCAGAUUUCAAACUACAUUGUACAGAAGAGAGAUACUACUACAACAACAUGGGAAAAUGUCACCAUCAACUGUGCCAGAACCACCAUCAAAGUGCCUAGACUGAAGACUGGAGCCGAGUACCAGUUCAGGAUCAUUGCUCAGAACCGCUAUGGCAAGAGUCAUGGUCUUGAUUCAUCUGCUGUGAUUGCUCAGUACCCAUACAGAGAGCCAGGCCCACCAGGCACUCCUUUCAUCUCCUCUCUGUCUAGAGACCACCAGGUUGUUGAGUGGCAUGAGCCUGUCUCAGAUGGAGGCAGCCCUGUUCUUGGCUACCAUCUUGAAAGGAAAGAGAGGAAUAGUAUUCUCUGGGUCAAGAUCAACAAGACGCUUAUUCACGAGACUAGUCUCAAGAGCUACCCCUUGGAUGAGGGUGUUGAAUAUGAAUAUAGGGUUUAUGCGGAAAAUAUUGUUGGCAUUGGCAGGUGCAGUAAGGUCUCAGAGGGCUGUGUUGCUCGUGAUCCAUGUGAUCCUCCUGGCACACCAGAGGCCAUUCGUGUGACCAAAGACACCAUUGUCAUUCAGUGGACUAAACCAGAGUAUGAUGGUGGUAGUAAUAUCACGGGCUAUACUGUGGAGAAGCGUGAUCUGCCAGAGGGCAGGUGGGUAAGGGCUAAUUUCACUAAUGUAAUUGAGACCCAGUUCACUGUCACUGGUCUGACUGAAAAUGCACAGUAUGACUUCAGAGUCAUUGCUAAAAAUGCUGUUGGCACCAUUAGUAAACCAUCCUACAACAGUGGACCAAUCACUGCAAGCGAUAAGGUGGAGGCACCCAAAUUCUCCAUUGACCCUGCAUUCACCAAGGCCAUCAUCAUCAAUGCCGGGGAGACAUUUAAGCUGGAUGCUGAUGUGCGCGGCAAGCCACUGCCUACAAUCAAGUGGUUCAAGGAUGAAAAACCAAUUGAGAAUACACUCAGACUAGAGAUCAAAAACACAGAACACCAUGCAAUGAUUGUCAUUAAGGAUGCUGUGAGAAUUGAUGGUGGAGUUUACACACUCCAGAUGACAAAUGAGGCUGGCAGUGAAACUGUGCCAUUCAAGGUUGUGGUUCUGGACAGGCCCAGCCAAUGUGAAGGACCACUCCAUGUCACUGGAGUAGCUGAAGAUAGAUGCACACUGGUGUGGCAUGCCCCUCUACAUGACGGAGGUAGUCCUAUUACAAACUAUGUCAUCGAGAGAAGAGAGACCAGCCGUCUAGCUUGGACUGUUGUUUCCAACACCUGUGACACCACAUGCUACAAAGUCACCAAAUUGCUGGAAGGCAAUGAGUAUAUGUUCCGUGUUAUGGCAGUUAACAGUUAUGGUGUCAGUGAACCACUGGAGUCUGGUGGCGUGAUCAUGAAAACACCAUAUGGUCCUCCUGGACCACCACACAUUGAGGAUGUUUCCAACAUUUCCCGUGAUGGAAUGACGGUCACUUGGUCAGCCCCUGAGACUGAUGGCGGCAGUGAAAUUACUAAUUACAACAUUGAAAAGAAGGACAGAAAUGGAAUCAAAUGGACCAGAUGCAACAGACAGAAGGUCACUGACCUCUCCUUCAGAGUUACUGGUCUAACUACUGGUCAUGAAUAUGAGUUCAGAGUGGCUGCAGAGAAUGUAGUUGGAGUGGGAGAGCCAAGUCUUCCAAGUUCAUACUAUAAGGCCAGUGAUCCCAAGUACAAACCCAGUGCCCCAGCAUAUGUCAAUGUGAUUGACUCCACAAAGAGUUCUAUUACAGUGUCAUGGGGUAAGCCUUUGUCUGAUGGUGGCAGCGACAUUCAAGGAUACAUUGUUGAAGUUUGCAAGGCUGAGGCCGAGGAAUGGACCAUGGUCACACCCCCAACUGGCCUGCGUGUCAACAAAUAUGAAAUUACGAAACUUACUGAGGGUCAGGAGUACAAGAUCCAGGUGUGUGCUCUGAACAAAUUGGGAGUUGGUGAGCCAGCAACUCUCUCUGGAACAGCUAAGCCAGAGGAAAGAGUGGACCCACCACAGAUCCACCUUGACUCUGAGCUAAGGAAGGGCAUCAUUGUGAAAGCUGGUGCAUCUGUUAGAAUCCAUGUUCCAUUUAAGGGCAGGCCAACACCUGAGAUUAAAUGGACUAAGGAAGAGGGAGACAUGACUGAGAGGGUGGUGGUUGAGAAAGCUCUCAACUUUACUCAGCUGUCCAUUGACUCGUGUGACAGGAGUGACUCAGGGAAAUACACCCUGAGCCUGACAAACAGCAGUGGCACCGUGUCUGAGUUUGUUUCUGUUAAAAUCCUGGACACACCUGGAGCUCCACAGAAUCUUGUGGUGAAAGAAGUCAAAAAGGACUCUGUGACUCUUGUAUGGGAUGCCCCACUCAUUGAUGGAGGCUCCAAAGUUAAGAACUAUGUCAUUGACAAACGUGAAUCAACCAGAAAGGCUUAUGCAAAUGUGUCCACAAAAUGCAACAAGACAACAUUCAGAGUUGAGAACUUGAUUGAAGGCGCUAUGUACUACUUCAGAGUCAUGGCUGAGAAUGACUAUGGAAUUGGCCAGGCGAUUGAAACAAAGGCAGCUUCCAAGGCCUCGGAGGUACCACUGCCUGUUGGAAAAGUCUUCCUCACUGACAUCACCAAGACCACUGUCUCACUGGCCUGGGAGAAACCUGAGCAUGAUGGAGGCAGCAGAAUUGGUGGCUACCUAAUUGAGAUGCAGCCUAAGGGUACAGAUAAGUGGGGAGUUGCAACAAAUACAAAGACAUGUGACGGCACUGUAACAGGCCUCACAGCUGGAACAGAAUACCUAUUCCGUAUCAUUGCUUACAAUGAGAAGGGUAAGAGUGAGCCAAAGGCACUUGCUGCACCUGUUGUUGCCAGUGACAUGACCAUUGAGCCAAGCAUUAAGAUGCAAUUUAACACGUACAAUGUAUUAGCUGGAAAAGAUCUCAAGUUAGAGUUUCCUGUGCAUGGCAGGCCCAAACCUAAAGUCACAUGGAACAGGGAUGGCCAGCCUUUGAAGGUGACAUCCAGAGUGAAUUUGAUUAACACACCAACAACAACUGGAAUUCAAAUUUCUGAGGCAUGCAAGGAUGACUUUGGCAAAUAUUCCAUUACAGCAACCAAUACUGCUGGCACAGUCACUGAGGAUGUAUCUAUCAUUAUCCUUGACAAGCCUGGUCCACCAACAGGUCCAGUUAAAGUUGUUGAAGUGAGCAACACAUUUGUCCAUCUCUCCUGGGAGCCCCCACAGUACUUAGGUGGAUGUCAGGUGAAGAACUAUAUAGUGGAAAAGAGAGACACGACGACCACAACAUGGCAAGCAGUCACAACACAGCUUGCUAGAACUGCUUUCAAGGUCACCAAGCUGAAGACUGGUGCUGAAUACCAGUUCAGAAUCAUUGCUGAAAACAGAUAUGGAAAGGGUGUGUCUCUGGACUCCAAGUCCAUUGUUGUGCAAUAUCCUUACAAAGCACCAGGACCUCCAGGAACUCCAUUUGUCAAAUCUGCAACAAAGGAAAUGAUGAUCAUUGAAUGGAAUGAGCCAGUCAUUGAUGGUGGAAGUGCUGUUAUUGGUUACCAUCUGGAAAGCAAAGAGAGAAGCAGUAUCCUGUGGAACAAACUGAACAAGACACUCAUCACUGAUACUCAGUUCAAGAUCUGCAAUCUUGAGGAGGGUAUUGGAUAUGAAUUCAGAGUCUAUGCUGAAAAUAUUGUUGGCAUUGGCAGAUGCAGUAAAGUGUCUGAGUCGUUUGUUGCUCGUGAUCCAUGUGAUCCUCCUGGUGCUCCUGAAGCUGUAUCUAUUUCUAAGAACCAGAUCAAGAUUCAGUGGACCAAGCCUCAAUAUGAUGGUGGCAGCAAAGUGACUGGAUAUAUUGUGGAAAGGAAAGAUCUUGCCUCUGCUGAUAAACGCUGGGUGAGAGCUAACUUCACUAAUAUAAUUGAGACUGAGUAUAUUGUCACUGGUCUGACAGAGAACGAGCAAUAUGAGUUCAGAGUUAUCGCAAGAAAUGCAGCUGGAGUCUUCAGUGGGCCAUCUGACAACUCUGGACCUAUUACUGCUACUGAUGAAGUUGAACCACCAAGGGCCUCAAUGGAUCCCAAGUACAAAGAUGUCAUUGUUGUCAAUGCUGGAGAACAGCUACUUCUUGAUGCAGACAUCCACGGAAAACCAAUUCCUGAUGCUGUCUGGCUGAAAGAGGGCAAGGAAAUGGACAAAGCUCUGCGCAUUGAAGUGAGAACUACACAAAAGCGUACAGCCUUGAGCAUCAAGGAUGUAACCAAGCUUGAUGGUGGUAACUAUGAGCUUAUCCUCAAAAACCUGGGUGGUACAAAGUCCAUUCCUAUCACUGUCAAAGUCCUUGAUAAACCCGGUCCACCCACUGGACCCAUGAAGGUGACAGGAGUCAUGGCUGACAGGUGCAUUCUUGCCUGGGCUGAGCCAGCUCUAGAUGGUGGGGCUAGUGUAACUCACUACAUCUUGGAGAAGAGGGAGACUAGCAGAUUGUCCUGGACAGUGGCUGCACCAAAUAUCAAGGGUCUGUACUAUAAACUGACAAAUUUGCUUCAUGGAAAUGAAUACAUUUUCAGAGUCAGGGCCGUCAACAAACAUGGCGUUGGUGACUAUCUUGAGAGUGAACCAAUUGUUGCACGCAAUCCUUACAAACCACCUAGUGCUCCUGGAACCCCUGAAGCAAGUCAGAUCACAAAGGACUCCAUGGUUCUGUCAUGGACUGCUCCAGAACAGACUGGGGGAAUUGAGAUUGAAGGCUACCACCUUGAAAAACGUGACAAAGAUAGUGUAAGGUGGACAAAAUGCAACAGACAAAAGCUGACUGACACUCAUUUCAAGGUCACAGGCCUGAUGACAGAUCAUUUCUAUGAGUAUCGUGUUGCUGCUGAAAAUGAGGCUGGAAUGGGAGACCUCAGUGAAUUGUCCCUAUUCUACAGAGCAUGUGAUGCCACAACACCACCUGGACCUCCACACCAUCCUAAGGUGACAGACUACACAAAGUAUUCUGUGUCUCUGUCCUGGGGCAAACCUGACUUUGAUGGUGGUGCCUAUGUCAAGGGUUACAUUGUUGAAAUGAGGGAGUAUACUCCAGUGCCUGAAGAGGAAGCAGAAGUAGCACCAACAGUUGAGGCACCAGUUGAAAAAGAAUGGACCAUGUGCACUCCACCAGCAGGCAUUCAAGCCACUAAACUCACUAUCACAGACCUGAAGGAGGGUGGAGAGUACCAGUUCCGUGUCUGUGCCAUCAACUCUGAGGGAGUGGGAGAGGCUGCUAAUGUCCACAGCACUGUGGUCACCUCUGACAGGUCAGAAGCACCAGAGAUUGAGUUAGAUGCUGAUCUCAGAAAGGUAGUAUCUGUUCGUUCUGGAGGAACUCUGCGUCUGUUUGUUGCCAUCAGAGGAAGGCCUGUACCUGCUGUAAAAUGGGAGAAAGUUGAGGGUACUCUCACAGAACGUGCUGCAAUUGACACCACCAGUUCAUACACCAUGCUUGUUAUUGACAGUGUUAACCGCUUUGACAGUGGCAAAUACUCCCUAACACUAGAAAAUAGCAGUGGGGCAAAAUCUGCAACUGUUGCAGUCAGAAUUUUGGAUACACCAAGUGCACCACAAAACUUUGCUGUAAAGGAGCUCAAGAAGGAUUCAGUGACUCUUGCCUGGGAUACUCCACUCACUGAUGGUGGUUCUAAAAUCACAAACUAUAUUGUAGAGAAGAGAGAGUCUGUCAGGAAGGUCUACACUACUGUCACUAGCAACUGCAUAGCCAACUCAUUCAAGAUUGAAGAGCUGCCUGAGGGUGGCAUCUUCUACUUCAGAGUUUGUGCUGUUAAUGAAUAUGGUCAAGGACAGAUGGUUGAAACCAAAGAAAUCAAAGUGUCUGAGGUGCCUCUGCCCCCAAGCAAGGUUACGCUUGUAGAUUUGACAAAGACCAGUGUGACACUGGCAUGGGAAAAAUCUGCUCAUGACGGAGGAAGCAAAGUAAUGUGCUACAAUGUAGAAUUUAAGCCUAAAAGUGGAGAUAAAUGGGGUACAGCAUGCACAGUCAAGGUACCUGAAGCAACAAUUCCUAAUCUGACUCCUAAUGAAGCCUAUUUAUUCAGAGUUCUUGCAGUGAAUGAGAAGGGAAAGAGUGAGCCAAAGGAUCUUGGCUUGCCUGUGGUUGCAAAGGAUGUUGCAAUUGAGCCAUCUACCAGCCUACUGUUUACCACAUACAGUGUGAAGGCUGGAGAUGACCUCACUCUUGAAGUUCCAGUCAGAGGCAGGCCAAAGCCUGUUGUAUCUUGGAAGAAGGAUGGCCUUCCUUUGAAGCAAACAUCAUCAGUGACCAUCCUGAACACUGCAACCUCAUCUAAAAUUCUCAUUAAAGAGGCUAAAAGAGAACACGUUGGCAAGUAUGAGAUUACUCUGGCUAACUCAGCAGGAACUGUCACAGCUGAUAUUGGAGUUGUUGUACUUGAUAAACCAGGUCCACCUAAAGGCAUUAAGGUGGAUGCUGUGACCUCGGACAGCAUCGCACUAUCCUGGUCUCCACCAGAUUAUGAUGGUGGCUGCUGCAUCAGUAACUAUAUUGUGGAGAAAAGAGACACAAACACACAGGAAUGGCAGAUGAUAGCAAGUAAUGUUGCCAGGACAGCUUUCAAGGCUGGCCGCCUAACACAUGGAGCAGAGUACCAAUUCCGCAUCUAUUCAGUCAACCGUUAUGGAAAGAGUACAUCUCUGGAUUCACCGGGAAUCACUGCUCAGUAUAGCUUCAAACAACCUGGGCCUCCUUCCACACCCAUAGUAAAGUUGGCCACCAAGUCCUUCAUGUUGGUGACUUGGAAUGAGCCAGUCAAUGAUGGUGGUAGUGCUGUAUUGGGUUACCAUCUGGAGAGAAAGGAGCGUACUAGCAUUCUUUGGACAAAGAUGAACAGAGGAAUGAUCAAGGAUACAGAAUACAAAGUCAGUAGUAUUGAGGAGGGCAUGAUUUAUGAGUACCGUGUCUAUGCUGAAAAUAUUGCUGGUAUUGGUAAAUGUAGCAAAGCCUGUGAAGGUGUAGCAGCCAGAGAUCCAUGUGACCCUCCAGGCACACCUGUGGUUACUGCUGUUACCAGAACAUCUGUCUCCUUAUCUUGGGAUAAACCAGAGUAUGAUGGUGGAGCCAAGGUUUCUGGCUAUGUCAUUGAACGUAGAGACCUUCCUGAAGGUCGCUGGACAAGGUGCAACUUCACCAAUGUGCCUGAGACCCACUAUGAUGCGACCAGCCUUACAGAGAACAGCCAGUAUGACUUCCGUGUCAUUGCUAAGAAUGCAGCUGGAUUGUUCAGCGAGCCAUCUGACAACACUGGCCCCAUCACUGUUAAGGAUGAUGUGGAUCCACCACGCAUCAUGAUGGAUGUCAAGUUCAGAGAGACAGUGUUUGUGAAAGCAGGAGAAACUCUGAAGAUUGAUGCUGAUCUUUCGGGACGUCCUGCCCCUGUUAUUUCCUGGACCAAAGAUGGCAAAGACAUUGAGCUGAGAGCCAGAAUCCAGAUUAUUUCAACCGAUACCAGCACUUCUGUUGUGGUGAAGGAUUGCGUCAGAAGAGAUUCUGGACAGUAUGUCCUGACUCUACAGAAUAUUGCUGGAAGAGUUACCAUGCCAAUAAACUGUGUGAUCAUAGAUAAACCAGGACCAGCAGCAGGACCUCUGCAGAUCACAGGUCUCACAGCUGAGGUGUGCACGCUCUCAUGGGGUCCUCCUCAGGAGAAGGGUGGUGCUGAUAUCACACAUUAUGUUGUUGAGAAGCGUGAGACCAGCCGCUUGGCAUGGACCAUGGUGAAGGGAGAUGUCACAAAUACAUACUUUAAAGUCACAGGAUUGCUCAAGGGCAAUGAAUAUAUCUUCAGGGUUCUGGCUGUCAACAAAUAUGGACUUGGUGAGUCUUUGGAGAGUGAUGCUAUAAAAAUUACAGAUCCAUACUCUGUUCCCACUGCUCCAGCUAGUGUUGAUGUUAUUGCCAUAACUGGAGAUUCAAUGACUCUUACCUGGUGCAAACCAGUCAGUGAUGGAGGCAGUGCCAUCACUGGAUAUGUGAUUGAGCGCCGUGAGAAGACAGGUAUGCGCUGGAUCCGUGUGAACAGAGAUCCAGUUGUCGAAUGUACUGCAGUAGCAACCAAACUGCGCAAGGGCUGUGAGUAUGACUUCAGAGUCUAUGCUGAAAAUGCAGCUGGUCUGAGUCCUCCAAGUGAACACUCUCCAUCAUUCAGACCAGUGGAUCCUCUGGUUGUUCCUUCUCGCCCAACCAAGCCAAAGAUUGUCAGCUCAACCAAGGACACUGUGUCCAUUGUCUGGAAACCACCAACAGAUGAUGGUGGUGCUCCCAUCCUUGGAUACAGUGUAGAAUACAGAGACUAUAUCUGCAAACCAAAGCCAGAGGUUGAAGAAGAUGAGGAAGAAUAUGAGGAGGAGGAAGAGGAGGUACCUGAGUCACCCGAAGAACUAGCAAGAUGGGUUGAGGCUAUCCCUCUUACCAAGAGCUUAGAGUUCACAAUCACUGGGCUAAAGACAGAUGCACAAUAUGAAUUCUGUGUCAAAGCAAUAAACAAAGUUGGCAGCAGUGCACGUAGCCCAUAUUCAGAUGGAGCUGCAGCAAUGGACAGAACUGCAGAGCCAUCGUUUGAUGUUGACAUUGAGAUGCGUAAAGUACUCAUUGUUAAGCAUAGCUCAGCAUUUACUCUCAAUGUUCCAUUCAAGGGCAAACCCGUGCCAUCAGUGGCAUGGGCCAAGGAGGGUGUUGAUCUAAAGGUCAGAGGAACUAUUGAAUCAACAGUAUCCAGUACUUCACUGACCAUUGAGAAGUCCACUAGAAACGACUCUGGAGAGUACUGUGUUACAAUUGAAUCACCAUUAGGAAAAGCAACGCUGCCCAUGGUUGUCAAGGUGCUUGAUUCUCCCGGGCCCCCUGUCAAUGUUAAAGUUUCAGCAGUGACUAGGGAUUCUGCAACCCUCACUUGGGAAGCUCCGGAGAAUGAUGGUGGUGAUGCAGUGAAGGCCUACCAUGUUGAAAAACGUGAAGCCAGUAAGAAGGCCUGGGUGUCUGUGACCAGCAACUGCCAUGCAAUGACUUACAAGGUGGAAGACCUGCAGGAGGGAGCCACUUAUUACUUCAGAGUUAUUGGAGAAAAUGAGUAUGGAGUGGGCGUACCUCAAGAAGCCAAGUCUGGAACAAAGAUUACAGAGGUUCCAAGUCCACCCAUGAAACUUGGGGUUACAAAUGUUACCAAGGACAGCAUUACAAUUGCCUGGACAAGACCAGAAUACGAUGGUGGUAGCAGAGUUACUGGUUACCUUAUUGAAGCCAUGGAGAAGGGGCAGAACAAGUGGGUGAAGUGUACCACAGUGAGGACCAUGACCCACACUAUCAAGAGCCUGAGGGAGGGUGCAGAGUACUUCUUCAGAGUCAGUGCUGAGAACCAUGCUGGACUCAGUGAACCAAAGGAGAUGAUCGUACCUGUUAUUGUCAAAGAAAUACGGGAGGCUCCAGAGUUUGACCUGAAGAACUACCCCAAGAACACAGUUUAUGUGAGAGCAGGAUCCAACUUAACCUUUGAAAUCCCUCUCACAGGCAGACCUUUGCCAAAGGUGACAAUGUCCAAGAACAAUGUUGUCAUCAAGGGAUCCAAGAGGCUGCUAACAGAAGUAACUCCAGACAGUUUAAUCAUCACCCUCAAUGAGAGCAUUGCAAGUGAUGCUGGCAAGUAUGAAGUUACCGCCUCAAAUGUGGGAGGUACAACCAAGAUCUUCCUCAACUUUGUUGUGCUGGACAGACCCGGACCUCCUAUUGGUCCAGUUGAGAUUGGAGAGGUUGGAGAGACCACAGUAUGUCUGAAAUGGGCUCCUCCAGAGUAUGAUGGUGGUAGUCCUGUUACCAACUACAUUGUUCUAAAACGUGAAACUAGCACUCCUACCUGGGCAGAGGUGUCAACAAGCAUUGCCAGAAACUUGAUCAAGGUGACUAAGCUGACUAAGGGAGAGGAGUAUCAGUUCAGAAUCAAGGCUGAGAAUCGCCACGGUGUCAGUGACCACAUUGACAGCAAGCCAGUCAUGAUAAAGCUUCCAUACACCACCCCCGGACCUCCAUCCACACCAUGGCUCGGCUUUGUAUCCAGAGAGAGCCUGACGGUUUGUUGGAAUGAGCCUGUCAAUGAUGGUGGAAACUCUGUGAUUGGAUACCAUCUCCAGAUGAAGGAGAGGAGUAGCAUCCUCUGGCAGAAGGUCAAUAAAACAGCAAUCUCAGGAAACCAGUGGCGUGUCACAAACAUUUGCCCUGGCCUCAUAUAUGAAUUCAAGGUGGCUGCUGAAAAUGCUGCUGGCAUUGGAAAGUUGAGCAAGACGUCUGAGGAGGUGAUUGCCAUUGAUGCCUGCGAGCCUCCAGCAAACGUCCACAUCACCGAAGUCACCAAGAACUCGGUCAGCCUUGCCUGGCAGAGGCCUCCAUACGAUGGUGGCAGCAAGAUUACUGGCUACAGUGUGGAGAGGAGGGAACCUGCCAGUGGUAGAUGGGUGAAGGCCAACUUUACAAACAUCAUUGAGAUGGGCUUCACUGUAUCUGGAUUGAACCAGGAUGAGUCUUAUGAGUUCAGAGUGUAUGCCAAGAAUGCUGUUGGGUCUGUCAGCAACCCAUCUCUCAUUGCUGGCCCAGUCACUUGUGUCGACGCUUGUGGUGCACCAGCCAUUGACCUUCCUCCAGAGUAUCUGGAUGUUGUUCAGUACAAGGCUGGAUCUUCAGUUAAGCUUAGAGUUGGAAUCAUCGCCAAGCCUCUGCCAACCAUUGAGUGGGCCAAGGAUGGAAAGGAGCUGGUAGCAACCUCUGUAAUGUCUGUUGAAAGCACAACUGAGUCUUCUGCUGUUCUGAUCAAGGAUGCAGCACGCCUUCACACAGGCUCAUAUGAGAUCAAGAUCAAGAAUGUUCUGGGCUCAGCUUCUGCUACUAUCAGGAUUGAAAUCCUCGAUAAACCUGGACCUCCAGCCGGUUUGAUCAACUUCAACGCUAUCUCAGCAGACAGGAUUGUCUUUAGCUGGGAGCCUGUGCCCGAGUCUGACCAGGGAGGUAACAAGGUGACCCACUACAUUGUUGAGAGGCGGGAAACCAGCCGAGUGGUCUGGUCCACAGUUUCAGACCAUCACGAGCAGACACAUAUCAGUGUUGGCAAGCUGUUGCGUGGAAAUGAGUAUGUGUUCCGUGUCAUGGGUGUUAAUAAGUACGGCGUUGGAGAGGCACUGGAGUCUGAGCCUGUCGUCGCCAAGAAUGCCUUCGUAACUCCUGGGCAGCCUCAUACUCCUGAGGUGAACAUCAUCACUAAGACCACCAUGGUGGUAGAAUGGAACAAACCAGGUGUAGACGGAGGUAGCACCGUGACGGGCUACUAUCUGGAAAGACGUGACAAGAAGAGCUCACGCUGGAUCAGAGUUUACAAAGACCCUGUCACUGACAUCAAACAGACGGUCUACCAUCUGACAGAAGGAAAUGAGUACCAAUAUCGUGUCUGUGCCAUUAACAAGGCUGGAGAGGGACCGUUCUCUGAUGCAUCAGACUACUACAAGGCUGCUGACCCAGUUGAUCCACCAUAUGAGCCACGCAAGCUGAAGGUGGUGGACUCUACCAAGACUUCCAUCACUUUGGGCUGGUCCAAGCCAGAAUGGGAUGGAGGCAGCGAAGUCACCAGCUACAUGGUGGAGAAGCUUGUUGAGGGAGAGGAAGAAUGGUCUAUGAUUACCACCAAGGGAGAGGCCAAGACAACAGAGUACACGGUCCACAACUUGAAACCAGAUGUCAAUUACUUCUUCAGAGUCUCUGCAGUCAACUGUGCUGGCCGUGGAGAUCCUUUGGAGAUGACUGAGCCUGUGCAAGCCAAGGAUAUCCUGGAGGAGGCUCAGAUUGACUCAGAUGUGGCCAUGAGGACUCACUACAUUGUGAAGGCUGGUAAGGAUGUGGAGCUGUCUGUUCCUCUGAAGGGCAGACCUGCUCCCACUGCUUCCUGGAGCAAGGGAGAAGAAUGCAUCGAUCACGACCCCAAAUAUGAGUUCCACCACUCAGACACUAGCUCAGUCCUUGUCAUUCGUGAGGUGACCAGGCUUGACACUGGAAAGUACACAGUAAAGAUAGAGAAUGGUGUGGGAGAGCCGAAGACACUGACUCUGUCUGUGAAGGUCCAGGAUACUCCAGCUCAGUGCAGGAAUCUGGUCAUGAAGGAUGUGACCCGUGGAAAGGUCACUCUCUGCUGGGAGCCUCCACUCCUCGAUGGUGGUGCUGAGAUCACAAACUACAUUGUUGAGAAGAGGGACUCCUCCAAGAGAUCCUACUCUGCAGUGACAAACAAAUGCACAGACCUGACAUACACCAUUGAAGAUCUCUCAGAGAAGACAUCCUUCUUCUUCCGUGUGUUGGCAGAGAAUGAGAACGGUGUUGGUGAUCCAUGUGAAACUCUUGAGCCUGUGAAAGCUACAGAGACUCCAGGACCAGUAAAAGAGGUCGCUAUGAAGGAUUCAUCAAAGACUUCUGUCACUCUGCAGUGGCUGAAGCCUGAUUAUGAUGGUGGUAGCAUCAUCUCUGACUAUGUCAUCGAGAAGAAACUCAGUAAGGAGGAAUGGUCAUUGGGAGGAACCAGCAAACAGUGUGAGUUUGAGGUCAAGAAACUUAAGGAGCACUCGGACAUGUUCUUCAGAGUUGCCGCCAGGAAUGAGAAGGGGCAGGGUGACUUUGUUGAGAUUGGACCUAUCAAGGUUAUUGACUACAUUAUAACACCUGAGGCAAGCCUGGCAGAGUACCCAGAUGGCAGAAUAAGUGUUCGCCUGGGUCACAAUGUGCACAUCGAGCUGCCAUACAAAGGUAAACCCAGACCUGGUAUUCUGUGGAUGAAGGACAACCUACCUCUGAAGGAAAGUGACCAAGUGCGCUUCAAGAAGACAGAAAACAAAGCCACUCUGAUGAUUAAGAACGUGAAUAAGGAAAAUGAGGGUAAAUACACCCUUACCCUUGACAACAAGGUCAACAGGAGAUCCUUCCACAUCCACGUCAUUACACUUGGACCACCAUCAAAGCCUGUUGGACCUAUUCGCCUGGAUGAAGUGAGAGCUGAGAGCAUCAUGAUCUCCUGGGAUGAACCCAAUGAUGACGGAGGUGGAGACAUCACUUGCUACGCUGUGGAGAAGCGUGACACCUCCCAAUCUGACUGGAAGAUGGCCUGCUCCAGCGUACAGGGUACUCAGUUCAGGAUCCCCAAUCUGAUUAAGGGUGUCCAGUACCAGUUCAGAGUGUGUGCUGAGAACAGAUAUGGUGUCAGCGAGCCUCUGGUCUCACAGAUGAUCAUUGCCAAGCACCAGUUCAGGCCUCCUGGCCCACCAGGCAAGCCUGUUGUGUACAAUGUCACCAAUGAUGGAAUGACCAUCCAGUGGGAGCAGCCCAUCUAUGAUGGUGGCACCCCCAUCCAGGGCUUCCAUGUGGAGAAGAAGGAAAAGAACAGCAUCAUGUGGCAAAAGGUGAACACAAUUUUGAUCAAAGAAACAGACUUCAGAAUCUUGGAGCUCAUUGAAGGCCUUGAGUACUCCUUCAGAGUCUACGCCCAGAACGAUGCUGGCUUCAGUCGAAUGAGUGACGAGAGCAAGGCAACAAUGGCUGUCAGUCCUGUUGAUCCUCCUGGCCAGCCCGACUACACUGAUGUGACUAGUGACUCAGUGGCACUGAAAUGGGAUGCACCUAAACGCGACGGUGGUAGCAAGAUUGUUGGCUACAAUGUUGAGAAACGCCAAGGGAAUGGCCGCUGGUUCAAGGCCAACUUGACUGAUGUACAUGACUGCCAGUACACUGUCACAGGGUUGGCAACAAAUGAACGCUACGAGUUCAGAGUGAUUGCCAGAAAUGCUAUCGGUGUUGUUAGUCCUCCAUCCAACUCCUCUGGCAUGAUUGCAGUCAGAAAUGAAAACGCUCCUCCAAACAUUCAGUUUGGCCCAGAGUACUUUGAUGGCUUGACAGUCAAGGCAGGAGACAACAUCAGGCUGAAGGUGGCCAUCACUGGACGCCCUGUUCCCAAGGUCAUCUGGUUCAGAGAUGGUGUUGAGAUAACCAAAAAGAUGAUGGACAUCAUCAACGUAGCUGGAUCCAGCACCCUGUUUGUCAGGGAUGCUGAUCGCACACACCGCGGCCUCUACACUGUGGAGGCUAUCAAUGGAUCUGGAAACAAGAAGGAGAACAUCCUUGUUCAAGUCCAAGACACUCCUGGAGAGCCUAUUGGACCCAUUGUUUUCAGCCAGAUCUCAGAGGGCAAAUGCACUCUGUCUUGGACCGCACCAGAGAACGAUGGCUGCUCUGAGAUUUCACAUUAUAUCAUUGAGAAGCGUGAGACGGCCAAGAUCUCCUGGGCCUUGGUGUCUGAUGAAUGUAAGGAGUGCACUUUCAAUGCAAGCAAGCUCAUCAAGACCAAUGAGUACCAGUUCAGAGUCUCUGCUGUGAACAAGUUUGGAGUUGGCAGACCUUUGGAGUCCAGCCCCAUCAUUGCUCAGCUGCAAUACACUACUCCUGAUGCUCCAGGCACUCCUGACUCUACUGAGGUGACAGGAGAGAGCAUUACCCUGUCCUGGACUCCUCCGUCAUCUGAUGGUGGAAACCCCAUUCAGUAUUACAUCCUGGAGAAACGAGAGAAGAAGACUACCCGGUUCUACAAAGUUAUUACCAAGAAACCCAUUGUUGAAUGCGCUCACAAGGUGCUCCAUCUGACAGAGGACAUGGAGUAUGAGUUCCGUGUGAUGGCUGUGAAUGAUGCUGGUGUUGGAACUCCAAGUAACAUCUCUGUGCCUAUCAGAGCUGCUGAGCCAAAGGAUAUUCCUUGUGCGCCAUCUGUGAUCUGUGUGUCAGACUCCACCAACACCUCCAUUAGCCUGGAAUGGACCAGGCCUGCGGAUGACGGUGGCAUGGAGAUCAUGGGCUACAUCAUUGAGAUGGUAAAGGCAGGAGAGACUGAAUGGAAGAGAAUGAAUGAGCAGCUGGUGGCAGAAACAAAUUAUGUGGUAACAGGUCUCCAGACAGGAGCUGAGUACAAGUUCCGCGUCGCAGCUGUCAAUCAUGUUGGUAGAGGAGACGACAAGGAGAUUGAAGAGCCAGCUCAGGCUGUAGACAGGCUAACAGCACCACAAGUUGACAUUGAUGCCACCUUCAAGCAGACACACAUUGUCAAGGCUGGAGGUUCAGUGUGCCUGGGCAUCUACUUCAGAGGAAAGCCAAUUCCCACGGCCACCUGGGUGAAGGAAGAAGGAGAGCUGGGUGUGCUGUCUGAGAUCACAACCACAGAUGGCUACAGUUCUCUGAGUAUUGGAAAGUGCUCAAGAAAUGAUACAGGAAAAUACACCGUUAACCUGGAGAAUACUAGUGGCAGCAAGGCCAUUACAUUCACUGUAAGGGUGAUGGACACUCCUGGACCUCCACAGGCUGUCGCCUUUAAGGAGGUGACCAGAGGCUCAGUCACAAUCACCUGGGAGCCACCUGUGAAUGACGGUGGAGCCCGAAUCCAUCACUAUAUUGUUGAAAGACGAGAAGGUAGCCGCCGCACUUGGCAGCAGUCUGGUGGCAAGUGUACACAGCAUAUCCUGAAGAUCGAGGACCUGCUGGAGGGAGUGCCAUACUUCUUCAGAGUCUCCGCUGAAAACCAGUAUGGUGUGGGUGAGGCAUUUGAGCUGCCCGAGCCUGUUUCUGCCACCGCAGAACCAGCAUCUCCAAAGAGAAUGGACAUCCUGGACACAACAGACAACUCUGUGUUCCUGGGCUGGCUUAAACCAGAGCAUGAUGGCGGUAGCCGCAUCCAGGGUUAUGUCAUUGAGGCUAGGCCAAAGGGUACAGAGAAAUGGGUUGUGGUUGGCACUACAAAGAAUCUCACCUAUAUGGUUGAGAAGCUCAACAAAGGCGAUGAGUAUGACUUCCGUGUGAAGGCUAAGAAUGAAGCCGGCUACAGCAAGCCGAGGGAAACUCUGGCCCCUGCACUGGUUAAAGAGCCUCACAUUGAACCUGCUGCUGACCUCAGCGAGAUCACCGACCAGCUGGUCACAAGCAGGUCUGGCAGUGCCUUCACCAUCGAUGUUCCCAUCAGUGGUAGACCUGCUCCUAAGGUCACUUGGAAGCUGGAGGAGAUGAGACUAAAGAGCUCAGACAGAGUCUCCAUCAUAACAACUAAGAACAGAACCAGUAUCACAGUCAAGGACGCCAUGAGAGGAGAUGGUGGUAAAUACUACCUGACCCUGGAAAAUGUGGCAGGAACAAGGACCUUCACUAUUGAAGUUAAUGUCACAGGUAGACCCAGUCCUCCAACCGGGCCCAUUGAAAUCUCAUGCAUCACCUCUGAGUCCUGCGUUAUUAGCUGGCAACCACCAGAGGAUGAUGGUGGCACUGAUAUUACCAACUACAUUGUGGAGAAGCGUGAGUCUGGCUCCACUGCCUGGCAGCUGAUCAACUCCAGCGUAAAGCGAACAACUCUCCACGUCAGUCAUCUGACCAAGUACAUGCAGUACACAUUCAGGGUCUCUGCCGAGAAUAGAUUUGGUGUCAGCAAGCCCACAGAGUCUGAGACUAUAGUUGCAGAGCAUCCUUUCACACCUCCUGGCCCACCAACAAAACCUACAGUCUUCAACGUCACUGCUAACACAAUGACCAUGAAAUGGGAGGAGCCCUAUCAUGAUGGUGGAAGCAAGGUUACCGGCUACUGGAUUGAGAAGAAGGAGAGGAACAACAUCCUGUGGGUGAGAGAGAACAAGAUCCCUUGCUUUGAGUGCUACUCCAAGGUUGAGGGUCUGGUUGAAGGCCUGGAAUAUCAGUUCAGGGUUUAUGCCAUGAACAGUGCUGGACUGAGCAAAGCCAGCGAGGCCUCCAAGGGAGCAGUUGCUCAAAAUCCAGUUGAUCCACCAAGUAAACCAGAAGUCACAAAUGUUACAAGAACCACCGUCUCCCUCAAAUGGUCAUCUCCGCUGAAUGAUGGUGGCAGUCCCAUUGUGGGCUACAUCAUCGAGCGCAAGCCAUACACCUUGACCGGUGAGGGCCGCUGGCUCAAGUGUAACUACACCAAUGUGACAGAGACGUUCUACACUGUUACCGCCUUGGGAGAGGGAGAGCCCUAUGAGUUCAGAAUCAUCGCCAAGAAUGCCAACCAGGUCUUUAGCAGGCCCUCAGAGACUACCGGCUCUGUGCAGUGCAAGACCGACUUCGAGCCUCCAAAGGCCCAGCUGGAUAGUAAACUCCUGUCUGAAACUGUGAAGGUCAGGGCUGGUUCAGACCUGGUUCUGGAUGCUGCAGUGGGAGGCAGACCUGACCCCAAGUCUUCGUGGUCCAAGGGCAACAGGGACCUGGAGUUGUGUGAAAAGUACCACGUACAGUACACUCCCACCAAGGCAAUGGCCAUCAUCAAAUUCUGUGACAGAGAUGACACAGGAAAGUACAUUCUCACAGUCAGGAAUGUGAGUGGAACCAAGACUGCUGAGGUUAACGUCAAAGUACUUGAUACCCCCGGAGUAUGUGAAGGCAGCAUUGAGAUUAGCAAAAUCACAGAGGAGUCAUGCACACUGAGCUGGAAGCCUCCUCUGGAGGACGGCGGUGACGAGGUCUCCCACUACAUUGUAGAGAGGCGCGACACCAACAGACUCAACUGGGUCAUAAUGGAUGCAGAGUGCAAGGAGCUGACCUGCAACAUCACCAGGCUUUUCAAGAACACAGAGUACCUGUUCAGAAUCAGAGGAGUCAACAAGUACGGACCUGGAGUAUACCUCCAGUCAGAGCCCAUGUUCGCCAGAAACACUUUCACGGUGCCAAGUCCUCCUGAUGCUCCAGAGAUCUUGGUCUCAGGAAAGGACUUUGCCACCAUUCAGUGGCUGAAGCCUGAGAGCGAUGGUGGCAGCCCGUUGAUCCAUUACCUGGUGGAGAGGCGCGAGAGAAAGAGUGCUCGCUGGGUGAAGGUGAAUAGGGAUGGAGCUCACCUGGACACUACGCUCAAGGUGUCUGACUUGAUCGAAGGCAACAUCUACCAAUUCAGAGUGACAGCCAUCAACAAGGCCGGAGAGAGUGAACCCAGCAAGGUUUCUCUGUAUGUUGUUUGCAGAGUGCCAACAUGCACCCCUGCUCCUCCUUCUAUUCCUCGUAUCACUGAUACCCAUGCUGACAGCAUCAGUCUAGCCUGGUCCCGCCCUGUGGAGGACGGAGGAGCCGAUGUGAUCGGCUACAUCCUGGAGAUGCAGGAAGCUGGAGCCGAGGAAUGGAAGAAGGCCCAUGAAAAGACCCUGCGUGGUACAGAGUAUGUGGUGACUGGACUUACUGCGGGCAAGAAGUACUGCUUCAGAGUGGCUGGCAUCAACAUCAAUGGUACAGGAGACUUCAGUGAACCAUGUGCUGAGACUGAGCCAGUGGAGAGAAUUGAAACUCCUGACUUUGAGCUGCACGAUGACCUGAAGAAGACCAUCUGCUUGCGUGCUGGCGGCUCCCUCCGUCUGUUCGUAAAGGUUACUGGCCGUCCAAUGCCCACCCUCACAUGGAGUAAGCCUGAUGUUGACCUCCACAACAGAGGAUUUAUUGAAGUCACCAGCACGUCCACAACACUCAUCAUUGAUAAGGUCCACCGCUAUGACGCUGGCAAAUACACACUGGUGGCUGAGAACUCUGCUGGAAAACAGGAAGCCAACAUUCUGGUUAAGGUCUAUGAUACUCCUGGACCAACUGGACCAAUUAAGAUAAAAGAGCUGACAAAGGAGUCUAUUACAAUCUCUUGGGAAGCCCCAACCGUGGAUGGCGGAGCUCCUGUCAACAACUACAUCAUUGAGCGACGUGAGGCCUCCAUGAGAGCCUACAAGACUGUCACAAGCAAGUGCAGUAAGACAUCCUACAAGAUCGACGGCCUGAUGGAGGGUAUGCUGUACUACUUCCGGGUCCUCCCUGAGAACAUCUAUGGCGUCGGUGAGCCUUGCGAGACUCCGGACGUCAUCCUGGCUUGUGAUGUGCCUCUGCCACCACAAAAGCUGGAAGUGAUCGACGUCACCAAGAGCACUGUUGUCCUGGGCUGGGAGAAGCCCGAGCAUGACGGUGGCAGCAGACUGUCGGGCUACGUCAUUGAAGCCUGCAAGUUUGGCACCGACAAGUGGAUGAAGGUGGCCACGCUGAAGAUCACAGACUUUGAACACACCAUUGACAAGCUGAAUGAGAAUGAGCAGUACUUGUUCAGGGUCAGAGCAGUCAACAGCAGAGGAGCCUCCGAGCCCAAAGAGCUUGUUGCACCCAUCACUGUACAGGAACAGAGAGUCAUGCCUGUGGUGGACUUCUCCAGUAUUCCUCAGAAGGUUGUCAAUGUCCUGGCCGGCAAGACUCUGGAGCUGGAUCUGCCCAUCAUUGGCAGACCUCCUCCAGUCUGCUCCUGGUAUUUCAGUGAUAACAGACUAAAAAUCACAGACCGUGUCAAGGUCAAGAGCACUGGCAAGUUCUCCAAACUGACUAUGUCUGACACCACCAUUGACGACACUGGUGACUACACCCUGGAAGUGAAGAAUGCUGUUGGUGUCAUCAAAGAGGUCAUCAAGGUCAUCAUCCUCUCUAAACCUGAUGAACCAAAUGGACCCAUUAGGUUUGAUGAGAUCGAUGCCACCACCGUCACCUGCAGCUGGGAUCCUCCAGUCAGAGAUGGUGGAGCUCCCAUCAGCGGCUACGCAGUGGAGCAGCGUGAUGCUCACAAACCCGGCUGGGUACCUGUUUGUGAUGUUAGCCGACCAACCUUCAAGUUUGAGAACCUGAUUGAAGGAGAUGAGUACGUCUUCCGUGCAGCUGCCAUUAAUCGUUACGGCACUGGAGAGUUCCUGCAGUCUGAGAAUGUUACCUGCAGGAGCAUGAAAAAUGUGUCUGGACCUCCUGGACGUCCAACUGUCUUUGACGUUUCUCGUGAUGGCAUGACUGUGGCCUGGAACCCACCAGAUGAAGAUGGUGGCCUUGAGGUUUCUGGAUACAUUAUUGAACGCAAAGAAGUCAGGUCUGACAGAUGGGUGCGUGCCAACAAGAACCCCAUCACCAUGACCCGAUACAGGUCCACCGAGCUAAUCGAGGGCCUGGAGUAUGAACACAGGAUCACCGCCAUCAAUGCCAGAGGACUGAGCAAACCAAGUCUGCCAUCAAAACCAGCAGUCGCAACAGAUCCCAUUGAUCCACCUGGCUGUCCUCAGAACCCAAGGAUCACAGACACCACCAAGUCCACCGUGUCACUGGCUUGGAGUCCUCCCGAUGAUGAGGGAGAUGCAAGAGUGGACGGUUACCUUAUUGAGAUGCAGAAGGUGGGCACCAUGGCCUGGAUCAAGUGCAACACCACGCCAUCUCUGAUCUGCGAGUACACGCUGACCAACAUGCCGCAAGGAGAGGAGUUCAAGUUCCACGUGAUGGCCUGCAAUGCAGGUGGCUCUGGAGAACCUGCUGAGGUGCCUGGAACUGUUACUGUGACUGAGAUGCUUGAAUCUCCUGACUACGACCUGGAGCUCAAAUACAAAGACGUGUACGUGGUCCGCCAGGGAGGAGUGGUUAGACUGUCUCUACCCAUCAAGGGUAAACCUCAUCCAACCUGCAAGUGGUCAAAGGAUGGCGGUGCAGUCUCCACUAUGGCCAUGAUUGCCUCCACCGAGGACGCCAGUGAGCUGGUGAUCAAGGGAGCCGAGAGGAGCGACACAGGCGUGUAUGACCUCCUGCUGGAGAAUAAGGUUGGCAAGAAGAAAGCCCAAAUCAAGGUGAAGGUAAUCGGCCGCCCAAGUGCUCCAGAGGGACCACUGGUCUUUGAGGAGAUCCAGGCCAAUUCUGUCAAGGUGUCCUGGAAGGCACCCACGGAUGAUGGUGGCUCAGAUAUCCUGGGUUACAUUGUAGAAAGACGUGAGGCAGCCAGAAACGCCUGGUACACUGUGGACUCCAGAGUGACUGACACUCAGCUGGUUGUCAAGGGCCUGAAGGAGGGAACAGAGUACCACUUCAAGGUUACGGCUGAGAACUCCUUUGGAAUCAGCUCCUCUCUGAAAUCAGAGCAGCCACUGGUGCCCAAGACACCUCUCUGUCCCCCUGAGCCUUCAAGCACUCCACCAGAGAUUAUGGAUGUCACAAAGAGCUCUGUGGCAUUGGCCUGGUCCAGACCAAAGGACGACGGUGGCUCUGCAAUCACUGGCUACUUUGUUGAGUACAAGGUGGUGUCCACUGAGACUUGGUCCCGCCACGAGAACAAGAUCACUUCCACUAUGUUUACUCUGCCUGGACUCACCCCUGAUGCAGACUACCAGUUCCGCAUUGUUGCUGUAAACAACAUUGGCGAGAGUGAGGCUGGUCCUGUGUCUGACGCAGUCACAUGCAAGGAUCCAUUCGACAAGCCAAGCCAACCAGGCGAGAUCGACACAGUGAACGUGAAAAACAACUUCAUCACCAUCCGCUGGCAAGCUCCAGAGUGUGACGGUGGAAAGGAGGUCCUGGGCUACUGGGUGGAGUACAGGAAGUCCAUUGAGAGCACCUGGAAGAAGUGCAACAAGCAGAGGCAGAAGGAAAUGGAGUUGACCAUGCCUGGACUGGCUGAGGCCACAGAGUACGAGUUCAGAGUGUUUGCUGAGAAUGAGACAGGAAUGAGCAGACCUCGUAGGACUGCCACAUGCAUCAAGACUAAACUGAGUGUUGAAAAUAAACCAAGCAUGAGAAAGGAAAUGGAUGAAGUGACUGCCAAGCUUGGCCAGCCUGCUGUCAUGAAGUGCCAGAUUAUUGGCAGACCUGUCCCUGACAUCAAGUGGUAUCAUGCCGGCAAGGAGGUUGUUGAGUCCCGUAAGUACGAGAUGAGCUCUGACGGCCGCAACCACUCCCUCUCUAUCAUGACUGACCAGCAAGAGGAUGAGGGUGAGUACACCUGCAAGGCCAUUAACGACGCCGGAGAAGCCGAGACCUCAGGUGUCCUGGUGUUGGAGGCUGCUCCAUCCUUCCACCCUGACUACCCACUGAAGGAAACUUAUUAUGCCGGCCUGGGAACCACUCUGCGCAUCCACGCCGUCUACAUUGGUCGUCCUGAGCCAAAGAUCAUGUGGCUUCAUGGUGCAAAGACUCUGGAGAACACAGAGGACAUCAGCAUUGAGACCACUGAGCACUACACUCACCUGAUCAUCAAGAAUGUGCAGCGUAGAGUUCACGGAGGCAAAUACAGGAUCAGACUACACAACCACUUCGGCAGGGCUGACACUGCAUUCAAUGUUGAAAUCUAUGACAAACCUGACAUGCCUCAGGGUCCCAUUGUGCUGGAUGCCCUCCUGAAGAACUCUGUCAUCAUCAGCUGGAAGCCUCCCAUGGACGACGGAGGCUGCAUGAUCACCAACUACAUUGUAGAAAAGCGUGAGGACAAGGAGGGCACUGAAUGGGAACUGGUGUCAUCAUCUAUCAACGGCACAUCUUGCCGUGUGCCGAAUCUCACUGACAGUGCUGGAUACUUCUUCCGUGUGUACGCCCAGAACCGCUACGGCAACAGUGUACCACUGGAGCUCGCUUCACCUAUCCUCAUCAAGAGCCAACUGGAGAGACCAUCACCACCUCAGUCACCAGUUGUUUCUGGAAUCACCAAGGACUCCUGCGUGGUUUCCUGGAAGCCUCCACUCAGCGAUGGUGGCUCCAAGAUCAAGAGCUACUGCCUUGAGAAGAAGCACAAGAAGGACAAGAAGGAAUGGACUGAAUGGACUCCAGUGACCACAGACGAAAUUAAACAAACGGUGCUGUCCGUUAAGCGCCUGACGGAGGGCGUCGAGUACAUCUUCCGCGUUAAGUGUGAGAACCUUGGAGGACAGAGCGACUACAGCGAGGAGACCGCUCCCAUCAUUACAGCCACAGCCAUUGAUGUUCGUGCUCCUGCCUUCAAGGAAGAGCUGAGGAACAUGAGCGUCAAGUACAAGAGCAAUGCUACCCUUGUCUGCAAAAUCACAGGACAGCCCAAGCCUGUUAUUAAAUGGUUCAGGCGUGGAAAGGAAAUCCACUCUGAUGGAAAGAAGAUCAAGAUCCAGGAGUUCAAGGGAGGUUAUCACCAGCUGGUCAUCACCGAGGCUGAUGAGGAAGACUCCACUGUGUACCAGAUCAGGGCCACCAACCAGGGAGGUUCCAUCUGUGCUACAAUCUCUCUGGAUGUUGAAAUUCCUGCUCAGAUCCACCUGCCGAAGAACCUGAAGGACAAGGAAGCCAUCCCUGCCCUGCGUGGAGAGGUGGUCAAUAUCAAGAUACCUUUCGGUGGCAAACCAGAUCCUGUCAUCACAUGGCAGAAGGGACAAGACCUGAUUGACAGCAAUGGCCACUACCAAGUCAUUGUCACCAGAUCAUUCACAUCUUUGGUGUUCCCCAACGGAGUGGAGAAGAAGGAUGCUGGAUUCUACAUUGUUUGUGCCAAGAACAGAUUUGGCAUUGACCAGCAGACAGUUGAGCUGGAUGUGGCUGACGUGCCUGAUCCUCCACGUGGUGUCAAAGCCAGUGAUGUCUCCAGAGACUCUGUCACACUGAACUGGGUGGCCCCAGCAAAUGACGGCGGCAGCAAGGUCAUCAACUACAUCAUUGAGAAGAGCCCCACCACUGCUGAGAGGUGGCAGCGUGUUGCCCAGUCCCGUGACACCCACUACACUGUCAUCAAUCUGUUUGGAGGAACCAGCUAUCAGUUCAGAGUCAUCGCUGAGAACAAGUUUGGACAGAGUGCUCCAUCUGAAACCAGUGGACACGUCAUGACCAAGGAGGACAAAUCAAGAGUUCUGCUCUACGACAGAGAGGUUGAUGAUACCGGACGUGUACCAAGAGGCAAGGCUCAGCACUCCGAGGCCAAGAACCUGCACAAUAAAUAUGCCAUUGCAGAGGAAUUGAGCAGAGGUCAGUUUGGUAUUGUCCACCGCUGUGUUGACAUCAGCUCUGAGAAGACCUACAUGGUUAAGUUUGUCAAAGUGAGAGGUGCCGAUCAAGCAAUAGUUAAGAAAGAAAUCGCAACACUGAAUUUGGCCAAACACACUAACUACCUCCUCCUCCAUGAGUCCUUCGACAGUCCAGAGGAGCUGGUCAUGAUCUAUGACUUCAUCUCUGGUGUCGACAUCUUUGAGCGCCUUAACACAGCUGAGUUUGAGCUUAAUGAGCGUGAGAUCGCUAACUACAUCAGGCAGAUCUGCUCAGCUCUUGAGUUCUUGCAUGCUCAGAGCUAUGGACAUUUUGAUAUCAGACCUGAGAACAUUGUGUACACAACCAGGACCAGCUCCAAUGUGAAGAUUAUUGAGUUGGGCCAGUCCAGACACCUGACUCCUGGAGAUCAAAUCAAGGUCCAGUAUACUACUGCAGAGUAUGCUGCCCCUGAGAUUCACCAGUGUGACAUGGUUAGCACUGUCACUGACAUGUGGUCAGUCGGUGUCCUUGCCUAUGUCCUUCUCAGUGGACUUAAUCCAUUCACAGCAGAAACCAACCAACAAAUGAUUGACAACAUCUCCAACGCAGCAUACAGCUAUGAUGACGAGUCCUUCAAGCAGGUCAGUGUUGAGUCAUUAGACUUCACUGACCGCCUCAUGACAAAGGAACGUAAGCACCGUAUGACUGCCGCUGAGGCUCUGGCACAUCCUUGGCUGACCAAGCCUGCAGAGGAGAUCAGCACCAGAACGAUCGCAACUGGCAGACAUAAGAGAUACUACCAGACAAUGGUGAGGAAGGAGUGGAACACUGUCGUCUCUGCAGCCCGUGUGGCUAGCGGAGGAUCCAUCAGGUCCCAGCGUGGCGUCUUUGUUGCCAAGGUGAAGAUUGCUCCAUUUGAGAAUGGCCCUGUUGGUGGGCAGAUUGGCCAUGCUGUGGUGAACGAGGGAGACAAUGUGAAAUUCACCUGCAACAUUGAAAACUACGACAGCACUACUGAGGUGACAUGGUACUGUGGCGUCAGGCAACUUGAAGCUGGUGACAAAUAUGAAAUUGAAUACGAGGAUGGUCUGGCUGUGAUCACCAUCAACAAGGUCACAAGGUCAGACGAUGGUACUUACAGAUGCAAGAUUGUGAAUGAGUAUGGUGAGGACAGUGCCUAUGCAGAGCUGUUCAUCAGCAGUGUUAGAUCUUACCGGGACUUCUUCACCACCCGUGUGGUCAAGAAGACAAAGCGCAGAGUUGACACUGCCAGGAUGCUCCAGAAGCCACCAGAGUUCACCCUGCCUCUCGUUAACCAUACAGCCUACAUGGGCGAGUCUGUGCGCUUUGGCGUCACCAUCACCGUUCACCCUGAACCUCGUGUCAUCUGGCACAAAUCUGGACAGAAGCUCAUCCCUGGACAGGAUGACAAGAAAUACACCUUCCUCACUGACAAGGGCCUGUACCAGUUGAUUAUCCAUAACCUUGAUGAUCAGGAUGAUGCUGAGUACAGUGUAGUGGCCCGCAAUAGGUACGGUGAUGACAGCUGCAAGGCUCGUCUUACUGUUGUUCCUCGACCUAGUCCUGCAGAUCUCACCCUGAGACCCAUGUUUAAACGCCUGCUCGCAAACGUCGAGUGCAGGGAGGGCCAAAAUGUGCGCUUUGAGAUCAGAGUCUCUGGCCAUCCAACACUGAAGUGGGAGAAGGACGGCACACCUUUGGCCUUUGGACCUUCUAUUGAGGUCGUCCAUGAAGGUCUGGAUUACUAUAUCCUUCACGUAAGAGACACUCUGCCUGAGGACUCUGGUAUCUACAGAGUUACUGCAACCAACUCUGCUGGGUCUGCCAGUUGUCAGGCCACACUUAAAGUUGAACGUGUCAUUCAUGUAAAGAAGGAAUAUGAGAUGAGUAAAAAGGAGAAGGAGGAGGCAGCCGGAAAGGAGGAGUUAGACAAAAAGGUGAGGCUGUCUCAGAUUUUGUCAGGCACUGUUAUUAUGCCUCUACCACCGGUGGCGGUACAGGCUGUCAGGGAGGCAGCCACCAUGUUCAAACCUGCUGUGACAACCAAGAAGGGAGAGAAGACUGAGGCCGAGAUAAAGAAAGAACAAGAGGAGAGGAAGAAGCGUGCAGAUGAGAAGAGGCUGCGAAUGCCGUACGUCGUUCCCACUCCUCGUGUUGUUAACCCAGCUGUCCUCGAGGAGGACGUGGAGAUUAAGCACUUCAAGCCUCUCUCUGACAUGAAAUGGUACAAGAAGCUGAGGGAUCAGUACGAGUUCCCCGAGCCGAUGGAGAAGAUCAAGCAGAAGAGGAUGAAGCGUAUUCGCCUCUCCAGGUGGGAGCAAUUCUAUGAGGUGCCUAUCAGGAUCAAGGACCAGUAUAAGCCUAAGUGGCGCAUCUCAUUGUUGACCCAGGAUGACUUGGAGACUGUGAGGCCUGCAAGGCACCGCACUCCUUCUCCUGAGAUGGAGGCCUACCACAGGAUCAGGAGGAGGUCUCUGGGUGACCUGUCGGACGAGGAGCUGCUGCUGCCCGUUAACGAGUACCUGUCAAUGAAGAGAACUGAGGAGGAGAGGCUUCGUCUGGAAGAUGAGCUGGAGCUUGGAUACUCUGCCUCUCCACCUAGCCUCAGCCCAGUUCGCUUUGAGCUGUCCGCUUUGCGUCCCUCAUCUCCUAGAAGAGUCUACAGUGAUGACGAAGAGGGAGAAGAAGUCCGUAGAUAUGACUCCUACAGAGUUCCCUCUAAAUAUGAAGCUGGCCCAAGUUUUGUUGAUCUUCGCCAGCGUCACGACAAAGCCACAUACAAAGCUCCAAGACAGAAGCAGAGGGUGUAUGAAGAAAGAGAAGAUCAGGAGCUGCUGCGCCCACACAAAACUGCCCAGAGAAUCUCCUCUUACAAGAGUGAACUCAAACGCAUGGAGUUUGAAGAGAAGACUCGUACCACGAGGAAGGAAACAACCGUCACUGUUGCGACAGUCUCUGAGGAGCAAUCAGAGCACCUGACAAGUUUGACCUCUGAAUAUAUGCCUAAACCAAUCAAGAAGCUCCCAGUGCAUGAACCAGAGAGAUCUCCUACCCCAGGAAAAGCUGCCAAGGCAGACGUGACCCUUCCAAGGGUCGACUUUGCUUCCAGAUAUGAAGAGAGAAAGCAGGCGCUCAGAUCUGAGAGGAGGUCAGUGGAGAGCAAGGUGGAGGUGGUGACUCAGGCUCCCUUCAGUCUUGACCACGCCCCACGUAUCACCAUCAGGAUGCGAUCUCAUCGUGUACCCUAUGGCUCCAACACAAAAUUCACUCUGAACGUCCAGUCCAAGCCAGAGUCUGAGGUCAAGUGGUUCCACAAUGGAAAAGAGAUUCAGCAGAGUAGCAAAUACUACAUGAGCAACAUCAGCGGCGUCCUGACUCUCCAGAUCACCAACUGUGUGACUGAAGAUGCCGGCACUUACCGUGUGGUCUGCAGGAAUGCUAAAGGAGAGACUUCAGACUAUGCUACAUUGGAUGUAGCAGGAGCAGAGUACGCUGCCUUCUCCUCACUCCGCAAAGAUGAGGAGCCUCCAUCCUCCCAUCUGCCAGAGAUGACCGUAACAGAGGUAUACCAUGUCUCCUCCUCUAAAACAACAGUGCAGGAAACUGUGACUAAAACUGAGACCCAGUCCACCACUGUUGUUGAGAAGCCAAGUGAGAAGCCUGCUGAGGUUGAGAAGCCAAAGGAGAAGCCUAGUGUCCCCGCCAUGAUCCUGUCAAAGCCACAGUCCCUGACUGUCGAGGAGGGAGCAGUUGCCAGAUUUGAGUGCAAAAUGGACGGCGAUCCAGCACCUUCUGUCACCUGGCUGCACGAAGGGGCAGUUGUUUGCACUUCUGCCCGUCAUCACGUUGUUUCAACUCACAACAACUCCCAUUUUGAGAUCUCUGCUGUUGAGAUGUCGGAUGAAGGUAGCUACACUGUGCUGGUGGAAAACGCUGGAGGCAAACAAGAAGCCCAUUUCAGUCUGACCAUCCGCAAGUCUGAGUCCAAGGAGAAGGUUGUCGCCUCUCCAAGAGUCACCUCUCCAGAAGCAAAGUCCCCUCUGGCCAAGUCCCCUGAACCAGUCAAAUCUCCCCGGAGAGUCAAAUCCCCUGAGCCAGUCAAGUCACCUCAGAGAGUCAAGUCUCCAGUCUCACCAAAAUCCCCAACACCAAAAUCACCGACUCCCAAAUCACCAACACCAAAAUCCCUACCUCCAUCUGAGAUGGAACAAGUGACUUCUCCAAUCAAGUCACUAAGGAGAGUGGUGUCACCAACACUCGAGGUCACGGCGCCUCACUUCCUGGUGCAGCCCAAAUCCCAGAACGUGAAUGAAGGGGAAAACGUUAAGUUCACGUGUGAAAUCGAAGGAGAUGCUUCCUCUGAGGUGGAGUGGUUGAAAGACAACAUGACCAUCUCUGUCACGUCAAACAUCCGACUGAGCCGCUCUAAGAACGUGUUCACUCUGGAGAUACGUGAAGCCACAGUUGCAGACAGCGGGAAAUACACAAUAAAAGCCAAAAAUCAGUUUGGACAGUGCUCUGCAACAUCCUCCCUGAAUGUCCUCACUGAAGAAUCAACAAAAAUGAUAAUUGUGGAGCAAAGAGCUUCUUCUGAGGCUGCUGCCGGCAUGCUGAAAGGUUUAUCUGCCUCUUCAGUUAGUAUGGAGGCAGCUUCCAUGCAGGCCAGCAGCUACAGCAGCAGCUCCCGCUCUGCUGCCGCCGCCGAGUAUUCGUUUGAGAGCACGUCUGCAAGUAGCAUGUCUGCCAUGACGGCUGGGUCAAUGACGGCUGGGUCAAUGAUGGCUGGGUCAAUGAUGGCUGGGUCAAUGAUGGCUGGGUCAAUGGUUUCCAUGAGCUCCAGCAGCCAAAUGAUAGAAAUGUCUACUCACUCGCAUGUUGAGGCCUCCUCCUCUUCGAUGAGAGCCCUCACCACCGGGGUUAAACGAGGCGUUCCACCAAAGAUCGAAGCUCUUCCGCAGAAUGUGAACGCCGAGCCGGGGAAGACUCUGACUGUGGCGGGGGUAUUCUCCGGAGACCCCACACCAUCCGUCCAGUGGGUACGCUCGGGUCGGACCCUCCCCAACGGGGACGAGCGGUAUCAUGUGGAGAACACCGCUGAGCUCUCCACCCUCGUGAUCUCUGCGGUGAAGGAGGGCGAUGCUGGAGCGUACACCCUGCGACUGUCUAACGAGCUCGGCUUCGACACCGCGACUGUCAACGUUCACAUUCGGUCCAUGUAAAAAAAAAAGAAAAGUUAAUUUAUAGCCCCUGUUCCCUCGUCCAGAACCUUUUUAUUUAGUGAAUUAGCAACAAUAAUACUUGAUAAAGAUCUGGAUUUCUGUUCUUGUAAAUAUGAACUAUUUUUGUACCAAACUUGACAUUAAUUUAUGCCAAACUAGACUAAAGUCUAAAGUUGUUAUAAAAUGUGCCAUAUUGGACAAUUAUGACUUAGGAUUUUUGAACCACUUUUCUGUGACAUGUACAUAAUGUAUAUAGCCGAAUUUAACGGUUAUGGGAAAUGUAUGCAUUGUUAUUUAUGACAAUAAUAUGAACUGAAACAAAAGAACAAAUGUUUAAACAGGAGAAAGUUUCACCUGGAACGAAUACCCUGUCAAACUUAGAAACUAAACUCUGUGCCUCAACGAUAAGUUGAAGUCUUUAAGAUUGCCUCAACAGGUAGAGAGGCUCCCUGUUGACGUUCUGAACCACAAACAGAAAGACUAAGUUAUUGUUUGAACACGCGUCUGUGCGUGAGAUAUUACAGUUUCCUAUGAGUUGUACCAUGAGCGUAAGACCCUGAGUGCUGUUUGCAUUACCCUCAUGUAAGCAGCAUGAACCGGCCUUGUGCUCAGACUGACUGUGUCAUACCACCAUGAUUUGAUGACCUGCCCGGAGUGCGAGCGGCCUGCACUCUGGGUGUUGAGAUCAUUUUAAUAAAGUGCGCUGUUUCUGGCGCAGGACGGCCGGACUGGCUCUUUAAAACGUAACAUCUCCUGGCCAUGAAGAAGGUCAGAGCCGGCUCUGCUGCGCAGAAGCAGCGCCACCUCUUGGAGGAUAGCUAGCUAAACGUGUUUGUGUGUUUGAGUGCGAGUGUUUGUAGCUUUUAGUCGUUUCACCUUGUCAGUAGUCGGGGUCCGCCACAGUGACAUCAUCUCCUGUGUAAAAAGAAAAGCAGACGUGUUACCCUGCACUUUGAAUUAUUGAUCUGUUGAUGUAGAACUAUAUUUCAUCCUCCUCGAGUUUUAUGCAUUACUGAUUUAAUAAAGCAUGAUUCAGCACUA